AAAGGGGAGAGGCUUAUGGCUUUCAUUUAAAGUAAGAAAAAUACAGAAGUUAGGAGUUUAACAGACAUCUCUAAAAAGUAGUGAAAGCCAAAGAGAAACAGGGGAGAAUCAGGUGGACAGAGCUAAGAAAGAGGGUGGGAGAUUACAUGUAACCAUGGUUCCUUGGUCAAGGACCACAUCGGAGCGGUAUGGUGUAGGUAAGUCUGUUGAUUUGUGUGUGUGCCUUUGUUUGUGUGUAGUCACAUAUACAUGCUGCUGCAGGGCUUCUCUGUGAAGGUAUGAUAGUAAACUUUACAAGUAAUGACAAAAAUAAGACGCCCGUGGUUUCCUGAUUCACAGGAUGUGAGCAGGUGCAUACGGCCUGAUGGGACUCGAGGAUUUACUCUUCAGAAGCAGUGUCCCUGAACAACUUCAAACCUAAAAUCAUUAUGGCUAUUUAAUUUUAGUGCAACAGGACUCAUAAAAGUCUAAAUGAAAUGAAAGCUAAACAAAACUGUGAUACAUCGACAGCUGAUAGAGAGGUGUGAGUGAGCAACUAUAGAUUACACAUGAUACAGCUAACAAAUGCAUAAAAUAGAUAACAAAUAAAUCCUAAAUCUGACAGUAUUGGAUGAGAAAGGAUUGAUUUUUGCACCAGGAAAAAAUCUGACUGGGACAAUUUCUCUGUGCUUUCAGCAGUUUAUCUGUUUGUGGUUUGAAUAUGGCUGGGUUGAUUAGCAUGUGUUGCUGGAAGAUAUGGAAGACAUGCAAACUUUGGAAACUGAGUACUGACUUCUGUCCAAAAUAGCUAUUUUGGGGUGAACUGUCUUUCACAAAUAGUGCCUGAAUUCAUUAGUUGCAAUAAGGUGGGCAAAUGGUUAGUUUUGUUGAAAGUGAGGGAAUAAAAUAGUUUUUUAUGGCAAUAUUUCUCUUGCUUAUUGUUAGGGCUUAACACUAAAGGGAUAAACAACACUUGGGAUGAAAUAACUAUAAAAUAGCACACUGAAUAACGUCUCUGUGUUGUAUCUAGAGUGGUGUCUUCCUGUUAAGUGUUACAGACCUACUACAACACAGGAAGUAGAGGACGGAAGGUGGUGUGUUUAAGUUUGGUACCGUUUAAAAGCGUGACUGUGAGAAAAACAGAAACCACAAAAUGUUAUACACUGUGCAUACAAUUUCUGUGAUAAAUUGUUAGCCCAUAGGCCUAUUCUGCUGUAAAUUGAGUUGCCCAGCGGUCCAAAAGUGGGCUAUUUAUUCUGGACACAUAAUAUGGAUAUUUGAAACUGAAUUUGUGAUGAAGUCCUAAAUCCAAUCUUAAGUCUAGGAGCUAAAACGACACCAGUUUUUGGAUUUCUCUUAUCUUUUUAACUUUUGAAUAAGUUGAAAACGAAUGGAUGUUUAAGGUAAGAAAUUAUACUAAAGCCCAUCUUUAAGACCAUAGUCCACAGUAGUCCAAAUAGGGGUGUUUUCGAUGUAAGUGUUAAAACAGUAGCAACAGGGGCUGUUUUUUGUGUUUUUCCAAUGUGCCCAGUUUUUUUAAUUCAACCUUUUGUUUCUAUAAUGUUUCGUAGUGAAGUGGAAUUUCGUCAGCCAAGGGGAGAAACAUCUUUCCCUCGAAGUAGGAGAUAUGGUGUUCAUCCAGGAGGCCUGUGAUGGUAAGACUAUCCAAAAACAACAAAAGAGAUUAUUUAUUUCAAACAAAAAGUCCAAUCACAUGCACCUUUCCUGAAUUACAAAUGUUUCUGUGUUUAUCAAUGUUUCCUUUCUUAAUCAUAUUGCAGUAUUUCAUCACAUUUAGUUGUAGAAAACUCUAUAUAAACCUUUACUAUACAUUCAUGAAUUAGAAUAUAAGGUUAAGAUUGUUUAUUCAGUUUAAGACAAUAAGCAGUGUGUCAUGUUUCUCUUCAGUUUUUAGUCCAUAUACCUCCACAUUUCUUCAAAGAAACACUAAAAGUCUUCUGCAAAUGUUGAUAUAACUGACGGUCCCUUUGUCUUCUAGGAUGGUAUAAAGGUUACCUGGCCAGAAACAAAGCUCAACAGGUAAGAGCUCAAUCACACAUUAGCUUGAUUUACACCAGACUUAUUAGAUUGCUCAUAAGGUCAGACAUUUAGCGUGCUUCUUUCAACUUUUAAUCUCUUGCUUAAUCUUCCCAAAUAUGAUAUAAAAAAUGAGAACUACCUUUUGUUUUUCAACCCUGAUUCACACACAUAACUUACAUUCCUUCCUAGGGAGUGUUUCCUGCAAGUUUUAUACAUUUGAAGGAGGUCGUUGUAAAAAAACGAGGGUGAGUCAGACUAAAAUAUCUGAAAUCGCUUUGCCUCAAAAUGCAUAUUUUAGUCCUAAAAUAUAUUUUAUUUUCAUUUUUCAUUCAAAACAGAGAUGAGGAGGUAGUGGUCUCUGCAGAGAUGCCCUUGGUGAAGGAGGUGACCACCACACUGAGGGAGUGGGGUACUAUCUGGAAGCAGCUUUUUGUGGUAAAUACAAAAAAAUGAAGAAGCAAAACCACCACACAUAUUUGUGUGUUUGAGUAUAACGACAUUAGUCUGCCUUUCCAGGCCAAUAAAGAAACUCGAGUGAGACAGGUCCAGAGACUGAUGUGGGAGCUGAUGGAGUGGCGUUCACAGCUCCUGUCUGGCACCCUGCCCAGUGAUGAAUUUAAGGAGCUGAAGCAGAAAGUCACCUCCAAGAUUGACUAUGGCAAUAAGUAUGUCUGUUCACACCGUAUCAUAGCCGCAGUUUAACGUUGAAUCUUCUGACCCAUUCAGAUCAGUCACACAAGCUUACUUGCUUCUGUUGUUCUGCCAUGUUCACACCAUUAAUUUCCCCAUUAUCUUUCGUCCUUGUUUUUUUAUCACCUCCCUUUUUUUCUCCCACCACCUCUUUCUCUUGCUCUCGUCUUUGUUACCAACCAUUCUUGUGGCUCUUUUUCUGUCCUUUUACACUGACAAUCAAUCGCCCCAAUCUCCACCUCUCUUUCUUGUCAUUACAGAAUCCUGGAGCUGGACCAGGUGGUUCGAGAUGAGGACGGGAACAUUUUGGAGCCAGAGCAGGCGAGCGUCAUCAGUCUUUUCCGGGCUCACGAGGCGGCAACGACAAAAAUCAAUGAGCGUAUCAAGGAGGAACAGGUAACAACGGAGACUCCUCUUUUUUAGGAUUUGACCUGUUGUCACCUUUCAGGGGGGAAAGCAUUGAAAGUAGAAAAGUAAAUAUAGAUAGGACCUGUCUCUUUUAUUUAUUAAUCAUACAAAAGCAAUAAAGUGAAACAUGAUUUGAAAGUGGCUGCGGUGGGUUGUACAUUUCAGUCACCAAUCAUUUCUGCCUGCCAAACCUCAUAAAGACCUCCUGUUCUUACACAUCAGCUCCAGCUCCAUACAGCCCAGUUGGAGAGAAUUAACACUUUCUUGCUCUUAUUUUUUUUCUCCCUUUCAAACCCACAGUUAGGAUUAUGUUGCUGACACAAAACUAUAUAGAUUGAAAUAUUACAUUUCAUAUAAACCAACCAUCCCAGGACUGUGGUCUAUAAAACUGUGUUCAGAAUGAAAUCCUUGUCCUGCUUUAACCUUCUAAAACUUAUGUCCUGUCCUGCAGUCCAACGUCCAGACAGACCACAGCGGGAUCUCAGCACGGAUCCAGUCCUCCCCCACCCACAGCCUCUACGUCUUUGUCAGGAACUUUGUCUGUCGCAUUGGAGAGGACUCCGAGCUCUUCAUGUCCCUCUAUGACCCCCUCAAACAGGCCAUCAUCAGGUGUCGCUUUCGUCCCUCAACAAAUUGCAUGACUUCAUUGACUCCAUUGUUUUCUUUAUGAAUUGAUAACGUCUUAGCCUUUCUUUCACUUCUCUCUCUUUAUAUUUUUAUACAGUAUUUCCUCCUGUGUUGUUAUUUCUUCUUCUCUCUUUCCCUCGUUUGUAUCUCUCCACUAUUGCGAAACUCAAAAAAUUAGAACAAUGGCAGCCAAAAAUAAGUAUACAGAUAUCACAAAUUAUAGGGCAGGAGAUAGUGACUGGCAGUGCUGUGUGGUUCCUGACAGGGCUGAUGCUAAGCCCUGUCACUCACUGUCACUCUGUCUAUAUCUAAGCCUCAAACACUGCAGCUAUGUGAACAAAGAUAGAAGAAGAUUCAACAUCAAAAUAAAUCUGCCGCUAUUCCAUGUCUCUUAUUUUUCCAGAUGUCGUGUCACAACUUCCAUUUCCUGCCAUUGUGUAUAGUUUUUUGAUUAGAUAUUCUGAUGAUACUGAUAUUUGGCACAAAAGAUUCAUUCCCUCUCUGUGAUAUUAUGACAGCCUAUCAACUUCCUCUUCGCUUUGAUUCACUCAGUCCUACCAGCUGACAUCUACUGUGUAUACAUGUCUGUCUUGCUUUUCUGUGUGUCCUUUUCAUCCCCCUGUCUCUUAAAAAAAAACUUGGGAAUAGAGGGGUUGUAUUUUUAGCUCUUGAAAAUCAAAAUUAUUAUGCAGCUGCUGUGGGGUGGCAUCAUUGGCGUCUCAUGCCUGUCAGAGGAUAAUUAAACACUUGAACUUGAGAGCAUCCCAAGAUUCAUGUCACAUCAGUAAGCUGUAUAUUGCAUGCUCAUGUACAUUUGACAGGCUGCUCUGGAAUACUGAAUGAUGAGAGAGUCUAGGAGUAUCUGUACCAAACACUUACUCAGUCCUUCAUUUGACAGAUAACAUUUUAUGUUUUUGAUUCAGCUUGUCUGGUAGUCAGAAAUAUACAUGACCCAAAACAGGUUUUUACAGGUAGUGUGACUUCAGAGCAAUGAGUAGAUCUCAAAUGUACCUGCAUUUGUGAAGCUGUUUGAGGCUUCAUGUUAAAUUAUUUAGAAGCUCGAAUUCUCAGAAAAGUAACUUUUUGGAAAUUUGGUGUGUUUUUAACUUUUUCAAUGUCUGCUGCAGUGAGAACUACCUGGUGCGAUGGGGCAGCAAGGGAUUCCCAAAGGAGAUUGAUAUGCUCAAUAACCUGAAGGUUGUCUUUACAGUAAGUGGCCACAAGAGGGCAUUAGCACAUCGUUUUUCAGCAUAACUGACACAGAACUGCAUGGAAAUGAAUGGAUUUAUUUGACCUUGUUGAAGAUUGCAUUUUUUAUUAUUUUCUCUCUCGGUCUCGACUCCCACAAACUUUUUGCCUCAUCUUCCACUUCCACCAUCAUUUCAUUCAUACAUAUCUCUCAUUCUCACGCAUAACUUGACAUUUGUUGCUCUUCCUCAAUCUGUUCCCCCUUUCCUGUUUUUUAUCUUUUAGGACUUGGGCAACAAGGACCUAAGCAGAGAAAAGAUUUAUCUGAUCUGUCAGAUUGUUAGGGUCGGCAGAAUGGAUCUGAAGGAGGUGAACAACAAGAAGUGGACUCAGGGUCUGAGACGGCCGUUUGGAGUGGCAGGUAUUUCCAAAGUAGCAUACAUACAAACAUGUUAAAGGCUGAAAAUGCUUCAUAAUCACUCAUCUGAUUUGUAAAAAAAUGGGAGGGUUGACUCAUUUUUACACCAAAAUGUUAAUCAGCUACGUUUUCAUGAAUUGUCAACAUUAUUAAGUAUUUCCUUCAAGAUCCUUAGUUAAAGCUGCAAUACACAGGGUAUCAGAGAAAGGCUUUUUUUACCUCUUAAUCCAACAGUUAUGGCCUUUAAUUGCCUCCUCGCUCAUUUUUACCCGCUCCCUAAAGGUCAGAGUAAUUCUGUCUGAUUUGUCAGCAGCAGCAGAAGCCACCGCAGGUGUUAUUGCCAAUUAUUUCACCUGGGAGCUCCGACCCCUGCACUCUUGAGACAACCAAAGCUUAAAUAUUGAUGAUGACUGUGCACAUUGGUUUCAACCCUUAAGUAGUGUAGCACCCACUUGCUUAAAACACGGCCUUGUAUCUUCAUCUAAACUGAAAAAGCAGAUAGUAGGCUGGGUCCUAAGAGUUGAUGUUUCACAGAUGCUGUCACAGUUUUGAUUUGAAUCUACAUCAGAAAGUGAAAUAUAGAAAACACUUUAAUAUCCCAUUACAGACAGAUUUGUUUUUUCUUUCCACAGUGAUGGACAUCACUGAUAUCAUCAAAGGGAAGAUUGAAUCUGACGAGGAGAAGCAGUUUUUCAUCCCCUUCUUUCCGUAUGUUGCUGCUUGCUCUAUCAUUUGGAGCCAUAGGGGACCAUUAGGAACAUUUCUGUUCAUAUUUCAUCCAUGUAAAAAAAUUGUGUACUAUAUGUAUUUCCAUUUGCUGUUUGUUUCUGUGUGUUUGUUUGACUCCAGGGUAGUUGCUGAGAAUGACUUUCUUCACAACCUGCUGAACAAAGUGACAGCGUCACGAGGGGACAGUGGAGGCCAAGGUACUGUCCCACGCUUACAAGCUUUGCUUUAUAUUUCCCAGUGUGAGCCAUUUGACUGCUCUGCCAAAGUUAGCCGGUGUGCAUGGCUGGCUGAAUUGCUCCCACUGGACUGUGCAUGCUGGAGCCAUUUGUGGGCAGACUAAAUGGCCAUUUCUCACUGCAUCCUCACCUUCUCUCACUGCACUGUUUGUUAAAACCAGGACAUUAUACUGAUGGAUAGCAUACUCCCCUGCGUCAAUUUUUUCAUACUACUUGCCCUCAAUUUUUCCUGCCUACACUUGUGAUGCCCACUACCUCACGCUCAAGGCUAACUCUGCCAUCCCUUGUGUGUUAUACUGUCUUGUUCCUCAUAUAGUGAGUGACCCUGUAAGUUGGACUGCACUGGUAUAUCUCUCAGCUUUUAUCUUUCCUCCUGUUCCUUAAGGCCCCCAGCAUAACCCAGAUAUGAGAGGAGCAUUUGGACAUGGAGAUAUGGAAGCGUAACCUCAGGCCACCUGAUGUCUGCUCUUAACACUGCCUACCUCUAAUCUCUCUUUCUCUCACUUUGGGAUUUAUUUUUGCCACAGUGCGCACACACACACAAACACACAUACACUGUAUUUAACAAAACUUUUAUGCAUAUAUGUGGUUAGACUCUGAACUGUUGGUUUAUGAUGGUACAAUUACCAGCUCUGUAUUUUCCUCAUCCUCUUCUCUGAGAGUGUCCUCCUCUCUCUCACAUAAUUUCUUUCAAAGCUUUGAGAGCUCACAUACCUUAGAAAAACAUUUCUGUCUGUUAUAAUCAAACUUUUAUCCCGCCUUUGUCUCUUUCUUACCCAUAUCUUGCAUUCUUUCACAACAAGGACAUUGAAAAUUUAUAGUUCUGAUUACGGUGUAUUCUGCGAUAACAGCAGAGGCUUUUACUUCCCAGAUUCAUCUUGGAACUCUUACACAAAACAGUCCCCUUAUAAGCAAUAAAAUUUCACACAACGUGAGCCUCACUUUAAGUACAGCCUUCAGGCUUCGCCUUUCAGGGUUUCUUUGCGCUAUGAAAACAUCUCAAUAUGUUUUACAUUCAGUUCUGUUUGUACUGAACCUUGGAAUCCUUAAUUCAUCGAUUUGGCUGUAAUAUGGAUUUACUUACCUGCAGAGAAAAUUGAAAACCCUUCGCUGGAAACCUCCUCUCUUGUUUAUCACAGCUCAGCAUGACAUGUGCUUUUCCAAUUGAAUGUUCCUGAAUCAAUUAGUUUUGGUCUAACACAAAUUUGAAAAGUGCUCUGUCCUCACAAGUUGUUUGUUUGAUCAACUUUGUUCAUUACAGACGAAUUGUUGUCUUUUCAAGGCUUGUACUGUAUUAUGCAGAAAGGAGCAAACCAAUAACCAACAGCUUUACUCAACUUUAUACUUACAGUUGGAAUCAUUUAAUGAUGGAUUUCUUAAUUGAUGUCAAUAGCUGUGUUUACAUGGGCACAAAGAAUCGGAAUAAAUGCCCGAUCAGAAUAAAAAUGAGUCAUGUAAACAUGUCGAUCGGAAGAUUCUGAUCCAAUUCGGCUCAAUCGAAAAAAAAAAAUGUAUUUGGAUCGAGAGGGGUGGUUUAUGCUGAUCGUUAUUCGCGUCCAUAAACACUUAUUCCGGUCGUGUCUCUAUUACCUGACUCGAUCUCCUCUCUUUACCCUUUGGCUUAUUUGUUGAGGCCAGUUCAGGAGGUUUCAUUUUUAACACUGACGUAAGACAGAACCGCAGGUGCCGUGUCUGCUCCUAACAAGGCGUUCAUACAGCGUAAUGAUGUCACAUCUGCACGCACAGUACAACCUUUGACAAAGCAGUAAAUGAAGUAUUCAAGGGCGCCAUCUAGUGACAACAUUUAACAGGGGAAAACUCCUGAAUUGGAUGGAGUGAGCCACUACCGCGUUUGUUGGUAUGUUGACAGCACAGGCGGAAAAACAACUCUUCCUCCGCGGUUGUUUUAGCGAAAUUAGACAACUCUGCGCAUGUCCAAAUGCUUCUAAUCUGAAUAAAGUAUGGUGCAUGUAUACGCACGUCAUGAUCGGAUUAUUUGAUUUUGCGCCCAUAUAAACAGUGGAUUCAGAUUAUCCGAUCUCUCAAAUUUUACCCAUGUAAACUUGGCUACAGUGAACUUGUUGACUUACUCGUAGAUUGAUGACUAAUACAGAGGUAGUAAUUCAUUGCUCACAUUGUGUGAUCAGUCAGCCAUCUGAAAUCUGAUGUUAUUCCCAUUUCAAUUCGCCUUUUCUACUCUUCUCCCCCUUUUAGGUCUGUGGGUGACAAUGAAAGCUCUGGUAGGGGACAUAGUUCAGAUCCGAAAAGAAUACCCUCACCUGGUGGACAGGAGCACAGUGGUGGCCCGCAAGCUUGGCUUCCCAGAGAUCAUUAUGCCGGGAGAUGUUCGCAAUGACAUCUACCUCACCUUACAGGCGGGGGACUUUGACAAGUACAAUAAGACAACACAAAAAAAUGUGGAAGUCAUCAUGUGGGUUUGUGACGAGGAGGGCAAGGUGAUACAGGUAAGCAGCGUGAAGCAAGAGCUAGUCAGUGUGUGUGAUAGGAAAGGGGUUUGUGUAAACAGGGAUUGGUUUGUGUGUCUGAGAUAGAAUGUGUAUGUGCGUGUGCCGUAAAUGCAGUGCUCUGAGCGAUAGAAAUGAUAUGGGUCAGUGAGCAGGCAUGAAAUGAUCAGGAGCUUACUCACCCUCUCCUGGUCAGGGGCACUCAGACAUGGUUUUGUCCCUAGUAUAAAAAUCUCAGGCCUUUGUAUGUAGAUGCACACACAAACACAAACACAAACACAGACUCUAACAGGUAGAUUUUAUUCUUUGGCUCAAUAUCACACAUGCUUUCUCUGCCUCUCUCUUUCUCAGAACUCAAUCUGUCUUGGAGCAGGGGAUAAGGCCGUCAGUGAGUACAGAUCCGUCAUCUACUACCAAAUCAAACAGCCCCGCUGGAUGGAGACAAUUAAGGUAGGAGUGUGUGUAUUUGUGUGUGCAUAUGUGUGUGUUGGGGAAGUCGCAGAGCUGCAAACACUCAAUCUACUCUAGGUACUUCUUUCAGUUUCCCUGCAGGUGUCUGGUGUUUGCAUAUUAUUUUCACUUGUUUGCAUAGCAUUUGCAUUUGUCUCUUUCUUCCAGACUUGGAGUGAAAAACCAAAAUGUUAUAUUUUACCUUUAAGAUUUGAAGUUAUCUUUUAUUUUAUACUUAUAACAGCAUGUGUCCUUCAGGUGGCUGUCCCUCUGGAGGAGAUGCACAGAAUUCAUUUACGCUUCAUGUUCAGACACCGCUCCUCCCAGGAGUGUGAGUAUCAGCCCCUUGUCCUCUGCCUGUCUGCCAAUUGAAUUGAAUGCACCCACAUUCUUGAAUCCUGCUCCCUGAUCACCAGGGCAUUAUGUGAUGCUGAAAGGACCAAGUGAUUGGAAGCAAUUUAGAAAAUGACCUAAGGUUUCAUUACUCACACUCGAUUAUACAAAUCAACAGACGCACUUGUUCCCAUGCCUGAAUUCUAACCCUUGCCUCUUUCAUUCCUAUUCCUCUGAUGUGUUUUUUCCCCUGACCCACUCUUCCUCUGUUUACAAAUCGGUUUCCCUCGACUCCAGCCAAGGACAAGAGUGAGAAGAACUUUGCCAUGGCUUUUGUGCGACUGAUGAAAGACGAUGGGACUGUUCUUCAAGAUGGAUUGCAUGAGCUUGUAGUCUUUAAGGUCAGAAUCAGGCAGAAAAGUUUCUCAAAAACUCUCACUUGUCAACAGUUCUGCAAAGCUGAAGAUGCAAAAAAACUCAGAGUAUAAAUUAAGGACAUAGCGAGAGGUCACAGCUUAAUUGUUUUUCAGGAGGAACAGACUUCAACCUUCCAAAAUACUUGCCAAAAAAAAUAUUUUAAGAUUUACGUCUAAAGAUGACGAUAAUCAACUGACUCAUAACCCAUGAAAUUCACAAAGUUUAUCCAGACUGAGGCUCAAAGUUACCCUGUCUAAUUCUAUAGAUUUUACUGAUUUAAAGCCCAAAAAAAGAGCCAAUCACUUAUUUACUGCCUCGUUUCAUAAGUUUUAAUCAGAGAUCUAAGGCUUCUUGAUGUUCAAAGAAGCUGCAAACAACCUUUGAAAUUGUAAUCCUUGGUUUCUUGAAGCCCGUGACACUGAAAAUGUUUCCCUUACCAACAUAAUCUAUCAACUUGACUGGUCUGAUGAAAAAAGAAGAGUGAUGGGCUUGUCACAGUAAAACAUCAGUCUUAAAAAAUGCAGUUUUAUCAAAUAGUGUCACUUGGAUGUAUUAAAGGAGACUCUGAUCUUAUUUCAACUCCCAGGAAAGUUUUUGAGUUUAUACUAAAGCUGAGAAAGAGCCUGAAGACCAUCAUCAAAGCAGACCUGGUAAUACAGUAACUCUGGACUGGGGAUUACAGCCACCUGGACAGGUUGAGUGAAGCCAAAUAGAUUUCCUGCCAAAUCAUCCAGAGCUACGGCUGAAUGCACCUUAUUGAUUAAAUGCCAAAUGCAAUGAAGAUUAAUUACUUGCGAUUCACUCUAAAGACCAAAUGGUAGGUCUCCUUUAGCCCUCUGUUUCGAUUGUCUCUGGUUAUCUCUGCAGACCCCUCCCUGUCAGUGCCAUUCUUGGCUUUGAUCUCUAACUCCUGUUUUUUUCCACUCACUCAUUGUUGACGUACGGUCUGGCAUUUAAGAGGGAAAAGUCAGGGAUGAAUCUUUAACUUCUAUGAUUUAUGAAUGAAUUACUUUGAGUACAAUCAGAGAAACAAGCGAUCAUAGGAAAAAAGAAGUAACCGCUCUGGACGAAAUGCAAACAGUUGUCAGUGUUUUUGAACCUGUUCUGGCUCCACUGUUUUCAGAAUUAUAAGUUUACAAAUUGAAACUGGGAGGGGAGUGAUUGAGCCUCAGAGAUCACUAUGAAUUACUUUUAUGGAUCUUGCAACUUCAAUCAUCGCCAUUUCUCUCAAGUGCUGGCCUGACAAAUCAAUUCAAACUCUAACAUCUCCUUUAUAUCAAGACAGUUUGGCCAUUUCAGGCAGGAUAGCUCUUUCUUAGUCCAAGUCUUCUUGUCUAUGAGACACACCAAACAUCCAUGCCAUCAUGAAAGUGGUUGUAAUAUCAGCAUUAUUUGAAUUUGAAAUAUUUCUCCAAAUCUUUGGUCUCAGGGGGACAGCAAACGGAUGGAAGAUGUGAACUGCUAUCUGUCCUUGCCCUCGACCCGCCACCAUCACGGUGACCUCCACAAGGUGGCAGGGCUAAGCCGCAGCUCCAGCAACGUGUCAGGGAGUGGAGGAGGCCUGUCAGUCAGCUCUAGAGAUAGCUUCUGUAUCUCCACCCUGGUGUGCUCCACCAAACUCACCCAAAACGGUAGCUAUAUGUGUUUUUACAUGUGUGCCAAAUUCAAAUAUGGGCCAAUUACACACACACACACCAAUUUACUUGCUUAAAUUAUUGGGGGUUAAGGAAAAAAUAUGAGAAAGGGGGUAUUUAAAAUUUACUUGAGAUGCCAAAAAAAGUAAACACUUUUUUUGUUGAGUAGUUCUGUCUGGCCAAGACAAUGAGUCACAGUUGGCAGCAAAGAUGGAAAAUGAUAAAAACCAUCAGCUAGAAGUUUUUUUUAAUCUAAACAAAUGCAAUUGGUCAGGUGUAUGUAUGCUGUCAAUGAAAUGUUUCCUUUAUAAAGAUUUGCCUUCAGAAAACUCCAUGAGAUUGAAAGUGAGUGCUGGUGGUGAAAUAUUUAUGACCUUGUAUGCUUAUUUGAGGUCUGGGGCUAAAAGUUGAGUCAGGAUUACAAAAGUUGAGGGCUGAGGUUAGAGAGAAAGAGACAGCCAGCAACCUGGCCAUGAGUCAACAGUAUGACAGCGAUGGUGACGGUGCCAGAACUGCCUGUGUGUGUACUUUAGUGUCUAUGUAUGUGUGUGUGUGUGUUAAGUAUGGUCAUCAGUUUGUAAGCAAAAACAGGGACACUUUGUGUAUUCAUAGAUUUUAUUGCCAGGGAGAGUUGCCAUUUUGUCCUACACAGUCUGGCUGGCAGACACACAAGAAGGGACACAUACACACACAUACACACAGAGUGUACAGCCACGUCAACAAAUGCAUUCACACACUCUUUAUUCAGACAGUAUGGUGCAUCAGACACAGGUGCAGUGCAACAGCUGUUAGUGAGGGAGCCAGUCCAUCACCAUAAUGAAUAUUAUCCUGCAGUAUUAAUCACCUGUACUAUAGACACACUCACUCACGCACAAAGACACAAAGCGACACAGACAGCCUCACACACAUACACUGGCUUACAGAUAGACACAUGCAAUCUCAAACACACAAAGGCUCUGGGCUUGCAGGCACACGGUGUUGUCGGGGCCACCCACCAGAUGUGCAGUUUGGCUUGGUGAGUCAGAAAUUACUGGUCAGGGAAAGCAGUGAGCUUCAAGCAGACUGCUCUACAGGGAUGUGCAAGUCUGCCCUGUGUCAAACUGCAGCAGAAUUAAUGACACAAAUUGUGCAUGAGAAUGUUGGGCUGGAAGUCUCUCUUAGCGGAGGAACAGGGGCUGUAUACCUGACAAAUUAUCUUAAUCACUGCUGCUUCUCACUGUGUGAUUAAUUCAGAAAAAAACGAACAAAAGUGUUGUAAAUCAAAGAAAUAAAACAAUUCAGCUGUCACACUUAUCUUCAGAUAUUUGUAAAAUACAAAAAGGACACAAAAGACAGUAUUUUGAACAUUACAUAUCUUCCAAUCAAAAGUAUACAUCACUUAGUGUGUUUGCACAGUUACCAAAACCCCCCAAAACUUCAUAAAUUGUGAUUAUAAAGCAGAAAAAAAUUCCAAAUGCCGCAUUGGCGAUGAUUACAUUUGUUGCCUGUUACAUAUAUGUGAUAUAUGAUCAAUAUCAAACAAAUGAUUAAGCCUAUUUAAACAAUCUAAAACACACAGUCCAAAGCACACAACGCAGAGUGAAUUUUGGUAAGUCUGACAACCUUAUCAAGCACUACCAUGGCACUGUAUAUGAGGCCCAGGGUGCCAAAAGGUUGCGUUAACUGCUUGGAUUAUUUACUGGUGUAAUUUGGCUGUAACAGACCUAUUAGUGUGUCUGCUCAUCCCUUAGAGCUAGAUGCUCCUACAGACAGGCACUUCAGAGGAUUUCAGCCUUUCUACUCAAAUAGAGAGCGUUAUUGUGGUGUUGAGACAAGGGAAUACUUGCGCCUUGAGGCCAUCUAUCUUAAUAGAAAAACACAAUUUUCACUGUAUCAACACAAUAACAGAUUUAUUUAUUAAAGACAAAGAAAAGCACCGUUUAAAUUCAUGCUGAUCUUGCUUCCUCACUAAUAUGUCCUCUAAACAGCAGAAAAAUACUGAGGAAAAUAAUCAUGACACAACAUCAAAAUGCUCUGUGCUCUCUAGCUUUGUGUCCAAACUAAAAGGGCUGAAGUCUCUCACCUGUUGCCUGGUUUGAGGAGUUUAUUUGUAUUGAGAAUAUUCCAGCGAAGAAAUCAAAAAAUGAAUGAAACACAUUUUCACAAAAGUAGAUUUAUUCAUAUUUAUUGUAGAGCAGAACAGUACAUGUAUGUCAACCAGAUGAAAACCAAAUCCUCUGUGUUCUCACCCCCCACACCUCUGCAGUCGGCCUGCUGGGUUUGCUCAAGUGGAGAACUCGACCUGAACUCCUCAAAGAAAACCUGGAGAAACUUAAAAUUAUCGAUGGAGAGGAGGUGGUGAAGGUCAGUGGUGUGAAUACGAGUGUCCUUGCACAAGUGCGUAGACUGGUAUGUGUGCACUCUCAAGGUAACUCUUCUCUGUCUGUCUGUUUGUGUGUUUGUGUUUGUGUUUGUGUGUGUAGUUCCUGCAGGAUACUCUGGAUGCCUUGUUCAACAUCAUGAUGGAACACUCUCAGACUGAUGACUAUGACAUCCUCGUGUUUGACGCCUUGGUGAGUGUGUAUGUGUGUGUGUGUGUGUGUGUCUGUACCUUGUUGACAGAUGCAGCUGAUACCUUGACAGUUUGUCUGCAUGUGCAUCAAUUCAUACAUUUCCACCUGUCCAUCUUUUUUUUUCUAAAUAAACACGUCUAUCAGACGAUGUACAUAACCUCUGAUCUAAUGGGUAAACGUCUGCCUCCAUGUAAAUGAGUCGCUAUCUUUGUUUCUCUUUCUCUGACAGAUUUACAUCAUAGGGCUGAUUGCUGACAGAAAGUUCCAGCACUUUAACACGGUGUUGGAGGCCUACAUCAAGCAGCAUUUCAGCGCCACACUGGCCUACAAGUAGGUCACUUCCUGGAUCACACUGCACUUCCCGUCAUUGUGUUUUGUUAUGGGUUUACUUAUUGACUGUGGGCAGAGCUGUUAUUGAAGGUGUCUGCAACAGAUGUGAUCUUUUGAGUCUCACAGUUGGGCUCAUGCUAAAAGUGUUUUUUCCUCCUAUUAAGUAAAAACAGGAUGAUUAUAAUCACAGUGGGCGUGAAGAGAAUAUGUUGCAGUUUAUUGAGUAUUUUAAAAAUAAGACCUUUUGCUUUUUAUCAGGGUUACAAAUAGGAGAAGAAAUGCUCACUAAUCACAACAUCAAGCCCACUAAUGUCUGAAAAAGUCUGCUAAUGGCAACUGCUUGAAAACUUACAGAGCAUAGCUGGCUUUUAAAUGUUCAGACAAGUUCAUUAAGGGCUCCAUCAGCUUCCAGCUGAGUGCUUUGUUUAGUUAUGACCUCAAAGAUGUGUAAGGAGAUUGUAAGACUUUGAGUCAACAAGUUCAUUGUAAAAAAAAAAAAAAAAAUCACACCGUCUCUUUUUGUGCGAAGCCUUAGCUUUAACUCAGCAGUCGUCAAAUAUUUCAAAUAGAGGAUCAGGUGAUCUUUAACUGCUAUGCCCAUCUAGAACAUGAAAUGAUCGCAACCCCAACAGACAACCUGAAUAAAUCUUUGUCAUCAAAAAAGAAAAAAAAAAAAGAACCUGCACAGGCUGAUAUGUACAUAUAGUCAUAUUAAUGGCUUCUCCAAGUUGGACACUAAUGCUAAUCCCUUUCAAAGUGGAUUAGCCACUGACAAUACAUUAAGAUUGAUAAGGCAUCUCCAUGCCUCUGGUUGUAUUUGACUCCCUAUUGUGUUGGGUGUUAGUAGAUCAGCAAAAUUAAAGAGUAGCCAAAAUAACAGAAAUAAUGUUUGAGACAGAGAAUUCUUUGACACGUAAAAUUAUUUUUACAGUUUGACUUGUGGCUCAGGUGUUGACAUGGAAAGACCGAUUUGUUUUGGCUUUACUUUUUGGAAGCUGUGAUGCUGUUCAUCUUUUAACAAUACACAUGUUGUACACAUAGUUGUGAUUUAAACGUCACCUGAAAAUGUAACGUUAAAUGACUCUAAACUGCAUUGAUUUGGUGUCCACUGUGUGUGUUGGCUUCAAAAGCACUUAACUGGACAGGACCACUCUACUUAACUGUUCACCGAUCGAGCAGAAUCUUCACCCUGCCUCUCUGUGGAGUUGCAGCCAAAGCACUCAGACAUGCUCCUCAAACACAACCGUCUGCCACUCACUUUGCUUAUUCUUUCAGUGGGUAUUAAACAAAACAUCGGUUUGAAUUGGCAGAGGUUCACUAAAACAAAAACUUACUAGUCCCCCUCUGCACUCGUUCUUCUCCUUUAACCUCCUUUUCCAAUGAAUGCUGCCCCCUCUCCAAACCACUUGUCUCUCUUCCUGUCUAUCUACCCUCCAUCACUUCAUCCGUCUGCUGCCCUGCUCCAGUGUUGGUGUUCAGCCUCUUAAAGAGGGUCACGGCAGCUUAAUGCCUGUCAGCUCAGAAGCUGUUAUGUAAAACUCUUAAACUCUCUCUUGCUACAUUUUAAACUCUCUCAUAAAAACCCUCCUGUUCUUACCUUAAAGCCACGCUCUAAAACAAAAUCAAGGAAGACUAGAUUGUAAUAAUGAUGGUAGUAUUUUCGAGGCCACCCUGGCUUAGACUUAAUUUUUAUGAGGACUUUUAUUGUUUGGGAGGAUUUGUUAGCUUUAACUCCAGUAAGUGGAUGAUCCUUCUUGCAGCCAACAAAAGCCAAAUGUCUUGACCCUCUGGAGACCGACAUUAUAGUUUCAAGUGUUGUAAAUAUGCCAAUGCGCUAUUGCAUCCCAUUAAGGUAAUUCAGACAGAGAUCAGGCGGAAAACUAGAGGUAAGGCAUAAACUUAAACUGAACUCUGUGCCACCCACACCUCUCUGGGGCUGCUUUGACACACUGGAAUAUUUAUGUGUGUCUGAGGACGCCUGUGGGGAGUGUGUGUGCUGGAGAAUGAUUUUUUUUCACCGUGCAUCUCAGGGCAAAUAAAAUGUCUGUGAGUUGUAUGAAAGGUACAUCUGUUGAGGUGUGAAAUACUAUUUUGCCAUUUUUUCACCUCCAACCCCGUACCCAGCUUCCUCUCUCACUCUCUCCGUGUUGCACCUAGUCUUUCUGCUCUAUGGAAGUGAAAAAUAGAGUUGUUGAUUAACUUUCCAACCUGUGGAACAUCAGGGAAGGGCUGACAAUUCUGACUGAAUCAUUCCUUUCCUUUUUUCUCUCACUCACACUUUCUCAUCUCCUUCCUCUAUCACACGCCGGCAGGAAGCUGAUGUCAGUCUUGAAGAGGUACCUGGAUGUGUCCAGUCGAGGGGAACAGUGUGAGCCCAUCUUUCGCACCCUCAAAGCCCUGGAGUACAUCUUCAAGUUCAUCGUGCGUUCACGUAUGCUCUAUUCCCAGUGAGUGUUGAUGCACCUUUUUGUGAAAUUUUCUCUUUUUAAUGACUUUUUGUUUCUUAGCGAUCUAUAGCUAUGCAAACAGGAAAUCUCAAACACACACUGCUCAGUGACUCUGCAUUGUUGGCGUAUUUGUUUCGGACAGCUCUGUGAAAAAAAACAAGCUGAUUACAGCUCUAAUGUUGCUAAUAUACAUUGAUGAUAAAGUGAAUUGUCCAGGUGAAAGACAAUGAAAGGUCAGUGCUGCUGAAUGGGGCACCAACCAAACACCAGACAGAUAAAGUACCUGCGGAGAGACUUAUGACACCCACUGUGCCAAACCAAGAGCUGCUCUAUAUGAUAAGUGUAAACACUAUUUAUAACUGUGGCUCAGGAGCCGAUGCUGACAGAUGAGAAACAUGAUACACAGCUGUGAUUCACCCUGCUUGUAGAUGAUUGCAGUGCCUGUGUUUGUAAGUUUGCAGGUAUUUCACACACUGUCAGGUUAAUGUGUGAGUUUUUUAUGGGUUGUGAGUCUCUGUUAGGCGUCUAAAUGGUUGUACAACUAAGACAAGAGGAGGUCUCUGUCAUUUUGUGCGUGCGCCUUUCAUUUGAAGUCGGAUGAUCAACAAAUUUUUCUCUUUUUAAUCUUCUAGGGCGCAUCAUUGCUUUCGUUUGUUUGAAUUAAUGUGUUUGUUCGAUGAGUUUGUUUAUUUAUUCAUGCAGAGUUUGAGAAUUACGGGGUCGCUUUACCCUGGUUUUUAAAAUGUUUGAGAGUCUGUGUGCGCUCAUUUGCAUGUGCAAGGGAAUGUGUGUGUAUACCAGCUUUUACAUUCAAGCAUAUGCUUUGAUAUAUGUCUAUGCACGUGUACAUGCAUUAUAUCAUCACUAAACUGCCAGGAUUGAAUGAGCUCCAGUCUCUCCAGGGCAUCUCUGAACCGAUAAAUCUGUCUCUCCCUCUCCGUAUUCCUCUCCCCCUCCCCUUUCCUCUAUCUGUUGUCCCUCCUGCAGCGAUCAGCUCCAGCUUCUGUGCAUCUAUCAAAAGUUUUCAUCAUGUUUCUUCUCUUAAAUAAUCCUUAUCAUACCUAUAGUAAAAUCAGGUAUUCAAGGGAGCGAGCAUCACUGUAGGUGCAUCUGCAAAGCUCCAGCUUUAUCACCGUCAAGACUGGCUGUCAUUAAUAGUUAAACAGGCAUCAUUGAAGAUUUAUUAGCUUGUCAAAGCAGCUUUGUGGUCAUGCAGAGUCUAUUAGGAGCAUGUGAUGUUUACUUUAAAAAAAGUAAAGCACGCUGUACCAGAUUCUGCUCUUACUUUCACCUUGUCUUUGACCUUCACGCCCUAUAGCUCUUAUUGCACUCAGCUUGUUUUUUCUUUUCCCAGAGCUCAAGUAUCUUCUGCUCUGUUGUCCUCCUAUUCUCCACUCUAUUUCUGUCUUGAAAUCACAGCCCUCUGUCUCGCCGUCAUUCAUUAAGUCACUCUGUACUAAAACUUUUCAACCUUGUUUUAAACAGUGGCACCUUUCAUGAUUUUUUUAUAAUUUCUCAUAAUGUAAGGAAAUAGCAUCUGCAUCUACGAACAUCAAAAGCUUUACAACACUUUAUUACACUUUGUUACACUUUAUUUGACGCCUAUCUCUGUAACACAUUAUGAAUAUUUGUAUAAUGCGUUAUGAUCACAUUAUAGCACUGUAUAACUAUAGUUAUAAACACUCAUAAAUGAUCAUAAUGCUUUACAGCUAUAAUCAUAACACAUUAUAAAGCACUUUAUCAUGACUAACAAGGUCAGUAUUAUAAUGUGUUAUAACUGUUUUGCAUUAUCUAUGUGGGCAUUGUCAGUGAGUUGUUAACAGUUAUAACACAUUAUAAUACCUGACCUUGUAAGUCAUGUUAAAAUGAUUUAUAAUGUGUUAUGAUUAUUGCUAUAAAGCAUUAUGAUCAUUUAUUAGGGAUUUUAAUACAUUAUACAUAUACGUAUAAUACGCUAUAGAGAUAGGCCUCAAAUAAAGUGUUACCAUUCAUUUCAUAUAACAUUUCAAUUUCUCUGGAUUAAUUUUCCAGUCUCCAUCUCUCAUAAAUAUAAAUAAAAAACUUUUUUCUACAAAACACAAAAACUUGUGUUUGAAUCAACAUACAAAUUGACAAAGGGAGACGACAAUCUGUAUUCAAUUGUCUGCAUGAAUAAACCACUUAACUAGAAUUGGAUUUAACAGUACCUGAGGUUGUGUGGUGACUCACUGCUCCAUUUACACAUUUAAAAAGAUGCUCAUCACCUUUACAGAAGUAAUACAUUUCCUUAUGGGGGGACCUUACAGCAUUUUUGAUCAUUGCAUAACUUAUUGUCUCUUUCGUAAGAAACAUCAGAAUGUAGAGUUUAGCGAAUCCUGCGGCAAAUCUUGUACCACCUUGCGAUUUAUUACACACUGAAUGUGUUUCAUGAUUAGUCCAGGGGGAACAGCAAUAACAAACCAAAUCAAGGUGACAUUUUUGACUGAUUUGCUCAGACAGAGAUUUCAUAACACUCGAGGGGACAUGUGAAGUGCUGCUUUGUUGUUCCCUUUUUGUCUCUUCCAUCCGUCAGCCACAUCUACAACCAGCUGAGCUGUUCCUCUUCGAAACUUUCCCCUCCCACAUCAAAAAUUUCCAAAGUUUCCUCACACUGUUUUUCCUUCCCCUGACAUCCCUUUAUCCCUCUCUCUCCUCUCCAUCUGUCUCUGCUAUUAAUUUGCUGAGCUAAUGCGAUGUUGUAAAAAUGUGUGGGUGCUGAGCGCUUGUGUUUAUGUGCGUGUGUUUGUGUGCGUUUGUGGAUAUGUUGUAGAAAAAGCCUACAGUCAUUUUUAGUUCCACAUUCAUCAUCUGAGUUGGAUUAGAGAAGUACUCCACAGCUUGCAACAUGCAAUACUGUACUAAUGGUACACAACUAUUUUCGGUGGGUCUAAGUGCAUAUGUGUGGUGUGAGAGCAAAACCUGGUGUUAUCACACCAAAACUGACCCGAGCGCAUCAAGACAUCAUCUCCUAUCUCUCUCUCUCACACACACACAUAUGGACACGCUCACUUUUAUGCACAGACAGUAUACUGCUGGAUUAAGCAGGACAAUGCAUCUGUAAUCAUAACUGUACUCUGCAAAGAGCUGAGUGAUAAUACCUCUGUGUGUUACCACCUAAUCCCUCCCCCCACACGCUAAAAUUGCUGUGUGCCACAUGCUAAUCCUUCCCUCUAGCACUCCUAACUUCUAUUCUAAUUAACAUCUGCACAGCUCCACUGAUUCACGCUGAGUUAGGGAAUAGAUGUGGGAAGGAAAGGGGCGGAAAGAUGAAUGAGAGGGAAGUUUGUCAGGGGAGGAGAAAGUUGGGCCAAAGGGAUGACAGAGGAAUGAGUGGGUGUUUGGAUGUGAUCUGAAGAGUAAAACACAGAGAUCUCAGUUUAUUUUGUUUAGUUCGAGGUAAAUUGUGAGCAUUGCACCGCCAGAGUUUAGUUUAACUUCCUCAACAAUAUACCGCGCUUGUUUUCUGCUGUACUGGUUGUAAUGCAGUCUCUAGAAGUCGUUUGCUGGUAGCUCUUAAAUCUCUUUAAUUUUGCUGUCGUGGUCUUACAGCUGUAUAUGAAAAAGUAAAAAAUAUUUUUCGGCUAACAGUGCAGUUUGUCUGGCCUGGCCUUUUCAUUUUCGCUGUUGCAUGGGUCUGCAUCCGUUGGAACUGUAAUUCGAAAUGAUUAGGUCAGAUAAUCAUAGUUCCUUAUAUAUAGGGAGGCAGGUUUUAGUAGUAAACAACCAAGACGAGAAGGUCUGAGGAAUAUCUUAUUGUGGCUGUCUAGCACAAACUGUGUGAAGUAUUUUCAUUAAACAAGAACAGAAAAAUACUCUUAAGGUGUUCAUUGAUAAGAAAGGUGUGUUUGUUUCCUUUUCUGGCCACUGUCUGUAUACAUUUCUGCUGAUAUGCACCAUGCUGCAUGUUGCUUUAAUCGGAUUAGCUGCAGAUCUGUACAUUUGCUUCCACAUCCAAUUAUUGCUGAUGUCACCUUGAAAACUGAAAUGAAGUUAACUGUUCCAGACCCUCUAACCAAGAUGAAUUGGUCUGAUGAGGCCAGGCGACAAUAUAUCACGUUCAUGUUGAAAAUAUUCCCUCCCAAGAUGUUGAAAAAAAAAAAGAUACCCGGGAUUUCAGCCAGGCAUUUGAUUACCCAUUUGCAUAAACAGCGAGUUGUAAUUUUUCACUUGUUGCUAGAUAACUCUCUGUAGAGGAAAUCAGGGCUGGCUUGAUGAAGAUAACUUCCAAAAACAUUGUCAUAACCGUCUUUGGAUCAUUUUAAACUUUGAUGAAAAACAACUGCAGCAGAAUGAUUUACAUCUCAGUGGAGACUUCAAAAGUUUAGUAAUUGUAGAAACAAGGCUGCACUUACACUUUUUCUUGUAGUGAUAUUAAAUCUGUUUUAAAAUGCAGUGUGUGUGCUAUCGGCUCUUACUCCGAAAUCUUUUUAAGGAAAUGUAAAUCCACAUAUAGGAAUCAUGUUACAGCAUUAGUACUUGCUCUUGACUAGGAUGUUGUGUAAACGUCUUUGGUUACUUUCUCCUCUGAAAAGACCUUCAUAAUAUGAGAAGUCCUGCCUCUUCUUGAUUGGAUUAGUCGGGAAUGAAGAGGUGACAUUGAGCUGUCAGAACUUUGGCAAAGAAAUAUAUAAAUUAAAUUAAUAAAACACUGGGCUCUGAAUUCUCUAAAAUGUUUGAUUUGUACAUAAAACUGAUCCUGCCCUCAUACAGACAUGAGCCCCGGUUCACUUGCCUGUCUUUGUAGGUCUAGCAAAGACACAUCUUUCAUACUGUUAUAUUUUGUUAAUGUGCCUAAAUUUGUCACUUUCGCUGCGUUUGAGUUACCUCGGAAGUUAGAUGUGGGAGCUGGGAAUCACACCCGAGUUACCAGCAUUUCAGUUACCAAGUUGGUAAAAAGCAAAACCGAAGGUGGAAAUAAGAUAGGUACAUCUACGAAAGUUAUUUUGAUGCUUGCUUAUUUUCAGGCAAGACAAGCGCUAAAAUAACUUUUGAAGAUGUAGCCAUCUUGUUUCCGCCUCCGAUUUUGCUUUUUCCGACUUUGUGACUGAAACAUUGGUAACUCAGGUGUGAAGUCAUUCCCAGCUAUGAUAUCUGACUACUGAGGUAACUCGAAUGCAGCAUUACCCCUGUUUGACUUACAAAAUAAUCUAUUCAUAUUUCUUUUGAUCAGGAAAAAAUGCAAAAAAAUACUCUUUCUGUUUGUUUAGAUUCACUGUGUGAUUCUUUCUUCUUAAAAUUCUUAAAUUUUCCCCUUUGCACCCCGGCCUCCCUGAUCAUUUACCCCCAUCUCUUCAUCAGUAGCCUUCAUCCCCCUUCUCUACUUUCUCAUCAUGCUGUGCCAUGUUUUUUAAAAGUUCCUCUCAUUCUUUUUUUCGCGUACUGCUGUUCUCCAAUGUUCCUAUUUCAGUCCCAUUAAUUUCCCCAUGCACUCCCAGGCUGUACGAGGGGAAGGAGCAGGAAGAGUUUGAGGACUCACUGAGGAGGCUUUUUGAGUCCAUCAACAGCCUGAUGAGAACAGACUACACCGCCACUCUGCUGCUCAGGGUAAUCAUGCACAUCCUCCGCACACCUAUACUUCACCUCAGUACACCUCUUCAAAAAUUUCUUACCUUUCUUCUUCACAUCUUUCUGAUGCUUCUUAAGUUUUUCAUAUGCCUGUCUGAUUUUUCCGCUUCCUCUCACGCUCCAACCUCAAUGAUGGGACUCUAAAUCUGAUUCUGCUGCUUAAUGUCUUCCCCUCAUUCUUACUACUUACACUGAUGUUCAGACAAAAGGAGUCAUAAAAAUUUAGGCUGACAGACAAGUGGCCCUGUAAAAAAAAACUAGCUUUUCUUUUCUUACACUCUUUGAGAAACUGUUUUAUGGCAAAGUCACCUCCAUUUAAAAGCAUCUACCAAAGGAGAUUAUUAAGAUGGUAAUAAAGCAAUUUUUACUUGUUAUGUGUGUGUGCCGUCAGGUUGCUGCUCUCAAGUACCUUCCAACUGUCCUCCAUGAUGUCGAGAAAGUGUUUGAUGCCAAACUCCUGAGGUAAGCUCAACUCACAACCUUGUCUUUGGUCUCAGUCAGGGGCUUUGACGGAGAGGACAUAGAGAGGCUAGAUCUGUUUGGCUCGAAUUUUCUUCUAGGCUCUGCUCAGUGACCCUCAUCUUUUUGUCCGCCAUACAUUCCAUCCCAUUCAAGACUUACUUUCUUUAUCAGGUGAUAAAAAUCUCAUCAGACUGCCAUAAACACAAGGACACACAUUCAAAUACACCCUGUACCUCCGUGGUGGGCCCCCGACUGAAAUUACAAUUCCAGAAAAACCAUCGAACAAAAGCCAUUUAAACCUCGACUGUUUUAUCCCCUGACUACCAAAGAGGAAAAAAAACAGGAAUGGCUUGUUUAACCUUUUUUUGACCUGGAUCCUUAUUCCAAAUUCACUGUGAAGCCCUUUUUGUAAGAACUACUUUUAAAAAAUAGGAAUUUCAGAGACUUUAUUUUACCUCCAGCAACUCCACAACCAAACUUGGAUCCAUUGUCUCAUCGCUGCUGUUUCCCUUUUCACCGCUCAUUGACCGCUGUGUGCUUUCCUGUGUGUACAUAUGCGAUUGUCUGCCAUCCUCAUCAGCUAUCGUAGUCCCUCAAGUGGCACCAUGUCAACACAGUGUCACAAAAGUGCUGCCUUUUACACCAGUCACACAUACAUGACAUGGAUGAAAAGGCAAUGAAAAGUAAACUGAAGGAUAAACGCACGUAUUCUCACUUUGUCGUUCAUUUCCUCCCUCUCAAGCCGUCCCUCGCCCUUAAUUUGUGACUUCUGAACUUUUAACACACAUGCACAAACACCGCAGAGAUGCCUGAACUUGAAAGUGAAGUCCCUGUUGAAUGCCUGAUCAGAAUUGCCUGAGGCAGCCUUUCCUAAAGCAGCCUGUGUGAAUUACAAUCACCGUGCAUGAGGUGCACAUCAAAGCUUUGUCUCGUCUUCUGAACAGUCACAUCUCGACACCUUGUAAACUCACCUGCAGUGUGAUCUGCAGAGUACUACAAGUGCAUACAUUGUCAGCUGUGCAUGUGUUUGCUUUGUGCAUCCUUUGCAUAUCCAUGUGGGAAUCGUCUGACAUUUUUGGUUUUAAUUAAAUUCAGCUCAGAUGAUUAGUGGGCGUGAUAAGUCUGCUCUGAGCCUCUGUGCCCCAGUGUGUCCUUGUGCCAGCUUAUGCACAUCAAAAGUCACACAAGGCUUUUUGUUGUGUUUGAGUUCGGGAACAGAGGUGGUUCAUUUUAUUCUUUUAUGCCAUUACUGAAAGUGCUCGCACAACCUGUGUCGAGUAAUUUAAGAGGACAGAGACAAAGUGAGAGACAGAUGAAAAAAUGAAGACAAAGGGUUUGCCCUGCUUUGAGCAUUCAAUCUUUCUAAGUGGCGUCGGAGCUCGCAACCAGCCUGUUUAAUUAUUAUGAAAUUGAAUUCAGGGCGGAGGAUGACUCAAACCUGUGUCUUCAUUAAAGUGGGUUUGGACUUUGGCUCAUUUGUUUUCAUACAGCGCACACCAUUCUGUCCAUGUCUGCACUACACUUUGUUCCAACCUUUGCUUUUAGUUGUUGCAUAUUUCAUGACUCUUAAGGAGGCAUGUUUAAAGCUUGACUAACUCAAGUUGUUUUUCGAUCUUUUUUUUAAUCAGUUUCAUGAAGGAAAUAAAUAGUGCAAUUUAUUUGAAUUGCAUUAUGCGCGCUAACCUGGAGACAAUAGUUCUUGAUUAUUUAUUGGGCUCAUCUUUCAAACAAAAAGACCUGUUGCUUCUCCGGUAUAAUAGUCUGACUGACCAUUUAUUCUUUCUUUUUCAAGUGAACUCCUGCAUGAUUUUUAUUCCUGCAUCCCUCCUGAGAAACUCCAGAAACAGAAGGUGGCCUCCAUGACUGAAAUCGUGGGCAGCCAACUCUUUCAGAGACAAGGUGUGUCAAUUUUCCAGUUUCACUCCUCAGCACUCAGCUUCCAACCAGUCACAGAUUUGGCGUUUGUGAUGAGAUGUGCACAGCACCAAACAACCGCCAACCCAUCCUGUGUGAAAUCCUGCAGAGCAUUAGUUGCCUCUCACUUAAGGGUUGAGAUCGCAUUAAAAGGUCUAUUAUCCAGUGAGUGAGUCCUGCUCUGCUACAAGACCGGGCAGACAGCUGUUUUCACUGUACUUUAUGAUCAGUAAGGGGGUUCUUUGCUGUAAAGGCUUUAUCUUGAUGCAGCACAGUGGAUAAAAGUGUGCUGCUAAUACUGCAGGGGUAAUGUUCCUGUCUCUGUAGGGCAAUCCAGUUAAGCACUCUGGAUAAAAGCAUCAGGCAAAUGGGAAAGGCAUAUACUGGUGUUUAUUCAUUUAUCUUUUCUUUGGUUUACUGCAACAUGCACAAACAGUCCAGUCACUUUGAUUUAUAUUUUAUAGACUUUGCCCGACACGCCACAUCAUUUCCAUCCUUGUCUUUUACUCUGUUUGUUUGCUGGUUUUUAAGAUAUUUUUAAAUAGGGAAUUACCUCCCGAAAAACCAUCUUCUCUUACAGUCAGUCAGCAUUCAAGUACUUUUUGCUUCAUUUUCUCGAGAACUAUUUUCUGUUCAGAUAAAGAAAACAACAACAGAGAAAUUUGAUAUUAAUGCUGUAAUACACAAUUUCAGUGCACCGCUGUUGACCUCCACUGAAAUUAUAUUUAGUACAACAGACAGAUACCAUCUUAAUACAAUCACCACAAAUGGUACCUAUUAAUGUACCCCUCCUCUGCAAUGGUUAAGGUCACUGCAAGUCAUCCAUGCUGAGAUUAAAUAGUUUAGAGGCUAAUGAAACAUCAACCUUAAAUGGUGUUUUGUAGUCAUUGGCCGUAUCUGAUAUUUUUGUCCUUGCAACACUAAUAUUCCCUCUACAACCAAUCUGAGAAUGUUGAUGAACCUUCAAAUGAAUACACCACUCAUGUCUCAGCAGGUGUUGGUGGUGAAUAUUAAGAAAAAUGAGUGUUUUCUAUGUUAAAUGUCACAGGUGGCAGCUGCCGUUCACUAAAAAGAAGAACUGAAAUUACCCCGUGUUUGAAGCGGACAGAUAAAGGCACACAAAGUGUUUUCAGUGUCAUUAUCGGAAGUGUGUAAAUUUUCACACCAUGUCCAAUCUACUUCAAAAGUAAUUUCAGACAGAUGUGAUGUAAUUGCCAAUGACACGAGUUACUCUGUAUUGUACCUCUAAAGUGCUCACUGCACAUCAGUGAUCACACGCACUCUCGCCCCAGUUGAGAUCACCCCCUACCUCUGUUUAGCCCUAUUAUGUCUGUCUAAUUUGCUUGUAGUACGCUGAUAAGUGGUGCUUUCCCCCUGCACAGGACCACAGUGACGGAUAGAAUAGGGUAGCACUGUGCUGCUGGAUAAUAGAGACUUGAUAAGGGAGCCCAUAAUCGAGCCUCUGCGGAGCAAACUGAAGAAAUGGAAGUAGACUGUAAGUGAUUGGAGUAGAUGGCAUUUAGUUUCAGACAGAAAUGGGUCUGGUAUAGGAUACACGCUGGGCUGCGCUCAACAGAUACAGGCCCCGGUUAUACGUACCCAGUUAUUUUUAAAAAUGGGGACAUUAACCAUCGUUUGCACCCUUCGUUUGGAUGCAAAUAGAAAUUUUGCCCCUAAAAAUGAUGGAUUUUAAAAACUCCGACCAGAGUAGAGAUUUUGGAAAAUGCUGUUUUGGCAGAGUGUGCGCAGGAAAGAAGGAAAAGAUGUUGUUGCUGCUAUGUGGGAUUCUGAUUGGCUAAUGUGUUCUGGCUACACUGUUUGAUUUGCUCUUGACGGCAUUUAUACAUGGGUUAGUGUAAAAGAAAACUUUUCUGAAAACGUAGUGGUGUGCACACAUUUAUUUUGUAAACAGAGAGGGUUAAAUGUCCGUUUAUGAAAAUAGCCGAGCACGUGUAAACGUAGUCUCAGUCACACCAUGGACGUGCACUCAACGCAUUUCCACAUGCAACCUGCAGAUACAGUCCGAUGUAUUUGUUACAGAGUAAAUGAAGACACUAAAUCCUGCUGUGAUGUGCAUUUCUGUUUGUGCAGCAAUGCAUGUAAAAUGCCUGCAUGCACUUUGUUAUUGUUUUUUGGCCAGUGUAGCAGUGGGUCAGCUCAUCAGUCAGUCAGUGCCAGCAAAGUCAGUAGUUGGUCCAGGAUACGGUCCUUUAGUAUUGAUUCUGGCUCAGAUGAUUGAUUCCUUAGGGAUCUAGACGACGGGCUUGGCCCACUGGCGAGCUGUCAACACACUCAGAGUCACACUCUGUCACCAAGAGAGGAAAGAAAGAGGAAAGAAAGUGAUGAAAGUCGCUGCAGAGAGAGAUGGAGACGGCAGUUAGGAAAAGCGAUAGAAUAAUACAGAGAAAAGAAGCAAAGUGGUUUAGUGGGUUGAACCAAAACGCUUUAUUAUGUUUUGUCAAAGGACCUUUAAAUUUCCAGUCAGUGAAAAAUAGACAAAUGUCCUCCAACUUCAGAAAUUAAGUUUUGAAAAUUAGUUUUAUCGGCCUGAGUUCAGACAGUGAUUUGAAAACACGCCAAGAGUCAUUCGGAGUGCUUUUUCUGAAAUGUUGGAAGUUUCCUUUUUGGAAACAUUCUCAUAUGCAAAUGAGAUACUGAUAGAGUUGGAGCUAGGUACAGGUAGCUGAGGAACCAAUGAGAUAAGAAGGAACAGAAGAGGGAAAAAUUGGUAUUAGAAAUAAAAAGGACAGAGAGGGAGGCUGAGAAGACGGAAAGAAUCAUGGGAAGAAAAGAAUUAAUUGAGACAGUGCAGGGAGCAACCAUAACAUAAACUUGGCAAAGGUGAAGCUGAGGCAGGGGGAUAAGUGAAGGGAGGGAAAAGAUAGAUGAUAGAGGAGUGGGGAAGAGACAAAAGUCUGCUGAAAAAGGAGAAAAAGUUUCUUGGACAGAUAUAGAGAGUGAAAAGAACAGGUGGAUGGUGGUGCUGGGAGACAACCAAAUAGCUUGGGGAGACAUGAGAUGGGAGAGUGAGAGACAGGGAGAGGCUGGCCUUGUUUUGCUAUUAAACAGUCCAAAAGUGAUUAAAGUUUCAGGCCUGCCUCACACGUAAUUUAUCGGCAGACCUGCAUGCUCUUAGCCAGUGAUGGCCGCCCCCUCCCCGGCACCCAACCCCCCCAGCACAGCGCUUAUUUAUUUAGCUGUUCAUUUAUACAUUGGUCUUCCACAUCUCGAUCCCUGCUUCAACAAAUGAGGGCUGACACUCAGUCUAAUUGAGAUGCAUUUUUGCAUUGGGAUGCUAAUCAGAGGGCUUGUAUGCCAUGGUGCUAUUGGCCCAGCACGCUGAAAUAUGCAGCAGAGUAAAAUUAUAUAUUUAUAAUAGCUAAUGGCCCCCGGUGUCCUAUCACUGCACUGCAAUACAUAUUUAAUAACCUACCUGCUUGUCUGUCUGACUGUCUGUGUGAGCGGGCCUGCCAAGCUCGCUCUCCAGGGAAAAAUGUCAGCCACUGACAGUGCAGAGGUGGGAUGAUGGAAGAAGAUGACAUGAGUGUGCGUUUGUGUUUGUUUGUGUGUGUGAGAUUGGAGGAUCACUUUUUUCUGUUUCACACAGAGUCAGAAUAAAAGACGGUAUGGUGUUUGUUUUGUUUUUAUCUUUAAAGAUUUCUUUAUUAGUAGGCCUUAUCAGAGAAGAGAUAUCAAAUCAAACAAGACAAAGAUCUAAGAGGUAAUUCGAUUCUAAUUUUGUCUAAGAAAUGCAACAAUGCUGUAUUUUAGUCAGUGUUUGUUUUUCAAAUCAUGUUUUGAUAGCCUUGGUGUUGUAUAAUGAGCUUCACGUUGUGGGAAGGGAUUCAUCUUUUCCUCAAAUGCUGUUACUAAAAUACUUGAUCAGUCUUUCACUGCAAGAUAACUUCGUUCACAGCAAACCAUGUCGGUCAUCUUUUAUCAGAAGAAAAGAUGAUGGCUUUAAGGUGUUUGGUGACUGGAGUGUGGAUGAAAAUUGGUUUGAAUGAGGAAAACCCACAGGAACCAGAAAACAGUCCCAAACCACUCAGUGUGUGCAGCAUGUUCGGUUGUUUUGUAGUGACUCGAAGGGAACACAGUUUCUAUUUUUAUAAUGAGGUCCUGUCACAUGAUCACUUGUCUUUGUUUUUCUCCAUCACUGGUUUAAAAUGUAUGUAAAUGUAUGUAGAUGUGUUUCUGUGCAUGUGUAUGUGUGUGUGUGUGUGUGUACUAGUUUGUGUCCAACCUGCUGAGUUUGCUCUCUCUGCUCAGCCUCCUCCUAACUGGUUGGCUCUCUUAUGACUGGUUUCAUCCCUGGACAGUGUUUUGAAAGGAUUGGAUUUUUUUCCCCCUCUCUCAAAAAUACUUUGGUUUAUUCAGCAUACGCUCCUGGGAUUAUGGGUCUUGGCGAGCACACAUUGCAUACACACACAGUUACACAUAACACACAUGCUGGUCAGGGACACAUGCUCAGAUACACAUUUGCGUCCUGUUAAUCUGGUUUUGAGACAAAAUUAAAUUUACAAGGCGCAUUAUGGCUCAAUUUAGGCAAAUUAUAAUUCCCUGCCGCAACCACUAUGACAGAUUGAGAGCAUCACUCGCUAUAUUGGGGGGGUGAAAGCGUGAGAGAUCAGGGGGAGCAAAGAGCAGAAGGACAGAGGGAUGAAUCUGUCAUUUUGUUUGCCCACUCAUUUCCCAAAGCUUGUCCAAGUCCCUGAUACAAUCCAAUAACUGGAUUUUCUCAGCCAUUUCUCUCUUUCCAUCUGUACAGCUGGAAAAAAAUCACAGCAUUCAUGUAACCCGUCUUAUGGUACGUUUACCAGCUCAAGAGAAGUGUCGUUUAAGACUUAUUCCAGCUGAUAUGGCAAUGACAAAAACAAACCACCCCAUCAUAAAGAAAUCAGAGACACUGCCUUGCCUCCGGUGUGAAACUGUGUUAAUGAAUCUUUCGUAUGAACCCACAGUAACGCAGCAGUCUCAUUUCUUAAAUUGCUUGCUUUUUGCCACAGUAUUGUUGACAUCAUUCACACCAAUUUAUACCUCCCCCUGCUGCUGCGAUUACUUAACAGAUGCAUGCCAGGGCAUGAUGAAUAUGGAUGAGUAAUGUACUGUACAGUCAUAAUCAACAGAAUUUAAUCAGUGCUGAGUGAUUUUGGUUGUCAGCACAUUCUCUACCAAUCAGCAUUAGUGACGGGUCACUUUGGGACUCACCCAUAUUGAUACCAAAUGUGGCUUUGUACCUCCGGCUUCCCAAGGGACUUUAGACGACAAGAGUGAUAUAAAUCUGAAUUUAGCUUAUUGACUUCAUUCACUGUUUCGCAUAGUGGCCAUUUUCUUUUCAAGCCACGUUCAGCUUGAGAGCUAAAUUCUUUGAAAAUGAUGUGCUGCCAUGUUCCAGGUUGGGGAAAAUUGUAGUAACUUUCUCAGUCAGUCAGAGAGUGGAGGAGCAUUUUCUAACUCUAGGGCUGCAAACUCAGACAGUUCAGCUAUGGUCAGGAAAUGGAACAGUGUCCUGAAAUAUGGGGUACACUCACAGUAGCACAAAAUGGAAUAUAACUGCAUAAAAUGGCACCUUCUGGAUCCUGACAUCGAUAUAAAGAUGUAAAAUGACAACUACAUGUUCAAAAACAUGAACAAGCACAACAAACCAGACAUUGAGUUCAGUGCAAAGCAUGAUGGGAAACAGUGAAAGUUAAAACUUAGAAGGUCAUCUGGCUAUAAUUCAAGUUUUAACAAGUUUUAUCUGUCAGUGAUUUAACAUUCAGACACUCUGAAAGUUGGAGCAGAAGUGUCACUGUAUGCCAUUGUUACUUGUACUGCUGCACCCAGUGUGACUCCUGUCGUAUACUGGGAUUCACAGCCAGCUAAACUUUUUAUGGCAUCACAUCCACCAAGGGACAGGCAGAGUUGAUUUUGGGCUAGAUUUAAUGCCAGAAAUAGUGAAACUGAAACAUAAAAUACAGACAGCAUCGAUUAACGGCUGAUACGAAUUCAUAAAUAAGUUCAAAUGAAUGAAUGAUGCUGCAUUCCAGUCUGGAUUUUCCGAGCUCUGAGUCUGAAAUGCUCCUGGAACCCCCCCAAGUCCAAUUUCUGACUCGGAAAGUCAGACGAUCCUUGCCAACCCCGACUUGACGAGCUCUUGUAAUGUAUUAUUUAUUAGCACUUUUGUUUUGUUUUUGUGAAAUUAAAUUAGUGGUAUAUGUUGUGCUGCCCAACGUCCAACUGUGAACACAGUUUUAUGGUAUUUGAAGAGUAAAAUACUGUGUUGUGUGUUGUUUAAAACUGGUAUCGCUAACAACCGCUGAUAACUGCUAACAGCGACUGACAAUGGCCAAUAACAGCUGACAACUGUAAACAACAGCUAACAAUGGCUAACAGUAGGCGUCCAUCUUGGUUUACCGACUUGUUUACUGGAUCGCCUUCAACUCAGGUGUAACGUGAUUCCCAGCUCCGACAUCCAACCUCUGAGGUAAAUAGAACACAGCAUGAGAUUGCGGCAGGGACCGGGAACACAUCUGGUAUAAAUUAACAAAUCGCUCGUAACUUGUAACUUAAACGUUUAAUAAAUGAAAUAAGAAAUACUUCAUGUCUUGCUUAUUUAUAUUGCCACUCCAAGAGCUGAAACUGUAAGUUGAAAAGGUAAUGAGUAGAAGAAGAAUAUAUCUCCAUUACGUCACUUCCUACUAGGUAAUGGCAGCCCACUUAAGAAAAGACACACAUAAAUAAGUGAACUGCGCCCUCUAGAGGCCUAUAAAGAGCAACUGCGAAUGAAACCGAAACCAUUUCAACAUAUUACUGUUUGGUAAGACAGGUGUAAACUCCUGUCAUGAAGUGAUGUUAGCAAAGAAGAGGUUGAACGUUAACAUUAGCUGCUUCCUGAUUGUAGCUAAUGAGAUAUCCAAUUUAGUGUAGCCUUGAAAUACGCUGCAGUGUGACACAUUCUUUUCAUAUAUUUUUCUGUGACCUUGCAUCUGAAAUAAACCCCUUCCGCGGUUUUGCUGCAGCAUGGCAGUAAGGUAGCUGCCACAAAAACAUAAAUGAAUCUGUUGUGUUGUAUCAUCAGACUGUGUUACUGUCUUAUUUUCACACAAAUAAUACUGAGAGUUUAUGGAAAAAAAAGGCUUGAAAAGCUGAAGGACAGGAUGUGGUGAUAAACAUUGGAGGUAACCCUGAGGGAGAGCAAUUGUUUGUUAGCACCAUAAGGAGCCUUCAUUUACUGUUGUGUGUUUCCAGCCUUUUUCAAAGCACCUGCUUAAGCUUUUUUCUCAAAGCUGUCAGCUUCAAUGCUGUACGGAUGUGAGCGUGCUUGUAUGUGUAACAGGUUGUUUGGAGGUCCAGUAAGCCCUAAUGUGCAUGGAAGCUAUAUACUGAGUUUUAUAGUAAUAUUAAGAGACAGGUGUGUGAAUCAUAGAAAACAUUAUUGUCAUAUGGCUGCUGUGUACCCCCAGGCUGCUCUCUGCUCCUGAUGAGCUUCUGUCUUUGUUUACCUCUCCUUUCCUUUCCUCUCCUCUCCUCUCCUCUCUUUCCUCACACCUGCGUUGCCGUGCUGUAGGAUAUUAUUUUUGCUUUGUUUUGUUACAUUAGCUUUGGUUAUAUUCUCGUCACGUCUCUCGACCACCUCAUCGACUCUGCUCUCUCCAAAACACUAACUGUCCACAAUACCUGCUAGAGAAUGGGUAAUACUGAAAGGACGUUACAGUAAUUUGUAUGUUUAGCUGCCGGGCCUCAGAGGAGACAUCUGCCAAAAAUGAUUUUUGACUGUUGAUGCACAGACUGACUUAAACUGGCAGUGUUUUCAUUAGAGCUGUGGGAUCCAGAUGGUUAAUGAUGGAGAGACAGAGAGAGAUAAGAAGUGUCUGUCACUGGUAUACAGAGUCUGCAGGGCUUACAGUUUGGGAGGAUGUGGAUGAAACAGCAGAAGAAAAGAAAGAUAGAUGCAUCUUAUGAAGCAAAGUGAAUGGAGUUUAAUCAUUUUGGGAAAUGCCUCUCUCUUACUCAUUUAAAUUCUGAUCCAUGCUCAUGUCAGCGGGUUGAUCUCCAUGGAAAUGGGAUCCAGACAAGGACAGCAGAGGGACAAAAUAGACAGAGUAUUAAUACGAUAACCUUUUUAUUCAUUUAGAGUAGAUGUAAACUAGGAGAAACCUGACAAACCAGCAUGUUGCUGUCGAUAACCGGCUCUCCACUGCACAGGGUGGCGUUAACUUUUCGUGGCUGUCUGUCAAGUUAGCGCAAAAAUCGAAUUUCUGGGACUGCUUGAAGCUUAAUGACCCCAGUGGUACACAGGAACAUUAUAAAGCAGAGGUAACAGAAGAUACAAGACAAAUGAUUACCACACUUCAAUAAAUUUAUGAUACUAUAAAGAAGAAGUGAAUAAAAAUGUACAGGUGGAGUGUUUAUAUCACAGUGGGGCUUAUUCUUUUAGUUGUUCUGGACAAAUACAAAGCAAGAUUUAAUAACUGAAAUCAGAUUUUGGCUUAAGUGGAGCUCGGAGCUGAGUGAUAUAUUACCUUUCUAUUAGAGGACACUGGGAAUAAGUCUGCCCAUCAGUCACCGCAGGACAUUCAUCCACCAUCCACCUGCUGUGGUUAAAAACGCUUUAGCAUUGAACACUAGCAACAGACUAAUUGGUCAAUCAAUUUAGUAGUCAUGUGGAAGACAGAGCAGAGGAGGAGAUGAGAUGUGGCAAUUAGAGGGUGACUCGGUGACGGUGACUGAAACAGGUGGGAAGGAUUAGAAAGAUAAUUUACUGACUGUUUGAAACAGAGGGCAAAAAGAUAAAAGCUGCAUUUUCAGGCUCCUCUCCUCUGAACAAAGUGUCAAGUGUUUCUCGUACGUCUUUUCCAAAAAGCACUUGCGCUGUGAUAAAAAUCCAUACUAAUUACACAAAACUUCUCUUUGAAUAAGCUCUGCUCUGGUUUUUAUUUUUAUGUGUGCAUGAAUUCUUGGAGGGAAUCGUAAAGAUUAGCAGUUUCGCUCAAGACAGCAUCCUCUAUGCUGAUUGUGUUUACUUUGGUUUUGCUGACAGUGCGUUUUUCCUCAUGCCGGUUCCUCUCAGCAUCAAAGCAAUUAUUUGAAAGAAAAAUGUACUUUUAGGCAUCGCUUCCACUGUCUAUCACCAUCGCUCACAAGUGCACUCCAUCAUCCGAAACUUAUGGGCAUAUACUUAAGGAUUAGCACUCUCUCAUUUACUCAUACGAGACAACUUUAUGAAGAAAAUAUUACAACGCUAAACCAUUCUCAGACAGUUUUCUUACUUUUACAAAUCAUUUUAUCGAACAUAUUUCACCAACACACCAGGCAGGGCCGGCGAUUAAGAGAAGUGGCAUCAGUCAGACACAGCCUAAAUAAGAACACAGAAAAUGUGCGGCUGUAAAUUUCUAAUGGGGUUCAAAGAUGGAAAGAGAGAAACCAAGAAAGGAGGGAGGAAGACAAAUGAAGUACAGAGGGGGAGUGGAUACGAGAAGACACCCACAGUGACACAGAAAGACGAAAAACCUGCUGAGAGAGACAUUUAGUCAUCACCAAGCGGGAAGGCAGUUGGCGUGGUCCCAGCCCCCUCUCAAAGCAGGAGAUUUACUUGUCGUUGCGCCUCCAAGCCUCCUCAUUAUCAUCUUUUCUAUCAUUCCAGCUUCUCCAAGGCAAGGCAGGGAGAGAGAUAGAGAGGCACCUCUGAUUUACGCGCCUCAUACAAACUGAGAUUGCAUCUCAUUAGCAUUUGCUGUAGUUUAUUGUGUUUGGCUGUCAAAUGAAAAAAUGGGACAGAGAAAGGAUGAGCAGGAUGCUGAGCCAUCAAAGCUGCUCUCUCUCUCUCUCUCUGUGGUGGUCUGCCAGCAGCAGCAGCAGCGGCUGUCUGCUCUCAAAAACUUGGUAACCCAAACACAACACCAUGCUCUCGCUCAGGCACAAAGAGAUUUUCAGCUCUUACACAUCAAAUGGCAGUAAAGCACCUAAUCAGACACAAAAGGGACAACUCACACUUGGGCACACACUGGCAUCAAUAAUCAAAGGCUGAGAUUACAGCUUGAAUAAACAGACAUUUCCAACUGAAUUUUGAUGAGUACUUGCAGCUGUGUUGGUUUGUGUCAUGAAUAUUUUGUGUGUUACAUGUCAGCACCUGUGUGUAUUUCGAUUUCUUUGAACAGGUGUGUGUCUGUCUGCUUUCGGUGAAAGCUAGAUGAAAAUAAGUUAGAAUUUAUCUCAAUUCUCGCCCCAAGACCUUGAUUUCCAUUUGUCUGUUCGUGUUGGUGAGACUCUCUACCGCACCAUGAAUGAAUUGAUUUACUAUGCUGCUGCACUGCUGGUCGACACACAUAACAUACUGCUAAAUCACGCAUGCAAGUAUAACACAGACACAGAAACACAGGUGCACAGCUAUUAGUCCCUUACCUAAUGCAUAGGUGUUUGUUUGUGUCUGAUUGCUGUUCCAUUAUAAAGUGGCUUGUAAAUGUUUGUGAAAUGUCCUCAAAUUGAUUAUUUGAUUUAAAUUCUUUCUCUUUUUUUCCUUGGUGUCUUUUUCUCUUUAUCUCCCCCGACACCUCCUCCUUACCUUUAGUAGAGCCUCUAAGGCUGUGAAUCUUUUAGGCUUCUUUCUUACAAAACAGCCUCUAGCAAACUCUACCAAACAUACCUCAAAUGGUUUUAGGGUUGCAGGAUUAGGGCUACGACUGCGGUUGGACCCAACAAAUCCUGGAGAAGGAUGCUGGAUUUGCCUGAGAGGCAGUUCUGUGUGUCGAACUAAAGUCACAGCAGAUCUAGAAUACAAAAUUCGCAUUUCUGCUCUGCACUCUCAGAGAUGAGAUAAGAUACACAUCCUUGGACAAACUAGUUAGUAAUUGGUUCGAGAGGUGGACGGAUCAUAAAUAAAUGGAAGUUUAUGGUGAAAUGAACUUUAUCAAAAACUCGAUCAAAUAAGUAACGUGAUUGGAGGAUGAGUAAUAGGAAUCCUGUGGAACAGUAGCCACGUUUACAUGGGCAAAAUUUCUUGAUCCGAUCAAAAAUUUGAGGGAUGGGAUAAUCUGAAUCCACUGUUUGUAUGGGUGCAAAAUCAAAUAAUCCGAUCAUGACGUGCGUAUACAUGCACAAAUCUUUAUUCAGAUUAGAAGCAUUUGGACAAGUGCAGAAUUGUCUAAUUACGAUAAAACAAAUGCAGAAGAAGAGUUGUAUUUAUGCCUGCGCUGUCAACAAACCAACAAAUGUGGUACUGGCUCGCUCCAUCCAAUUCAGGGGUUUUCCCCCUUGUUAAAUAAUGUCACCAGAUGGCGCCCUUGCGUACUUAUUUUACUGUUGUGUCAAAGGUUGCACUGUGCGUGCAGAUGUGACAUCGUUACACUGUAUGCCUAUGUACGCCUUAUGUUACCAGAGGAGCAGACACGGCACCCUUCUGUACUGGCCUCAACAAAUAAGCCAAAGGCUAAAGAGUGAAGAUCGAGUCAGGUAAGAGAGACACGAUUGGAAUAAGUGUUUAAAGACGCGAAUAACGAUAGGCAUAAACCACCCCUCUCAAUCGGAAUAUAUUUUCUUUCCGAUUGAGCUGAAUUGGAUCAGAAUCCUCUGAUCAACAUGUUUACAUGACGCUUUUUUAUUCGGAUUGUCCAUUUAUUCCGAUUAUUUGUGCCCAUGUAAACACAGAUAACCCAUGUAAAUGAAUGAGGAUGAGAAUGUGCAACGGGAGAACAACAGUAUGGAAAACAAAACACAAAAGAUUGAGAUGGUUGGGGUUCACAUAGAAAACUGCAUAACAAUGAAUACCAAUUGAGCUUUUUUUCUUUUUACCCGUCCCUGUCUUGGUGGAUCUGCUUUCUGCAUGAAGGUUGGAGUGUACAUUCCACCACAGCGCAGAGCCCCAAAGAGAGAGUUUCUUUAAAUAGUAAUCACUUCCAGCGCUCUUAAAGGAUGACCUGGGAAGCUGCACACACCACAUUGGCUGGUGUUCUUACAAGACUGAAAGCCCGGAGGACCAUGAUGCAGUUCAAAGAACUCCGUGAGAAAGCUACUAUUCAGGCUGAAGCAGCUGGUAUUAACAUUACUGAUGUUGUUUCAGGUCAAGCAAGGUGCAAAAAAAUACCUGCAAAAUUAAAAGCUGUUCUGCAUCAGUGAGUGAAGACUGCCGGCCACUGAGUCCGGAAGCAGCCUGUAGUUGUCCAUUUUAGAUUCACAUAUUCAUUAGCUCCGGGGGAUUUUGUAUGGAAGAAGGAACCUUGGCAAAACAGACAAUUCACCCUGACAGGUCCUUCAAAGAAGGAUGCUGGAGAUGAGCAAGCUAUUAGGGUGCUCCUGGUUUUCUGAAUCGAAGAGUGAAGAGCAGCUGACUGGACCAAAGGUGUUUUACUCUGCAUACAAAAGCUCCCAGUAGUGCACAGGUUGUACUGAGAGAAUUCAAUAAGCCUGAAAUGCUGCUAUUUUUCCAUUACUUCAUAAAUUGCUGAGUUCAUAUGCUUUCCUGAUGUUAGUGUGAAAGGGUAACCUGGGUACAAUCACAGCAGCGUUUUUUUUUUUUUGUUUUUUUUGUAAAGAGCAGGUCAAGCAAUCAAAGUCGGGUAAGAACGAAAAUUGCCAGUUCCAGUGACUGUUGCUGAAAGUCUCCCUUUAUUUGUUUGUGAAGGAACGUUCAGGAAAAAAAAAUCCCUGUGAGUGGGUGUUGGGGUGGACAUUGAUAUUAUAAGACUGGUGCAAACUUGGAAGCGUGACACACAACAGGAUAACUCAAGAAAACCGUAGAUGCAAAAGGAGAACAAGAAAAAUAUAGAUGUCUGUGCAUCCACCAGUUUACACAUUGUGUUGAUGUCAAGAGAAAAACUGCCAUCACAGCACAGUUGCCUGUUGCUAUAUUCAUUAUCAUUUUGUAAACAUUAUUCUGUGGUUUCCAGGGUGAACUUUUGAUGCCUCUUCAGACUCACCUCUCCCUCUUAAGGGAAGGCUUAAACUUCCACUCCGAUUGUUUUUUUUUUUUUUUUUUUUACUACUUAAAGCGUUAUUAGUGGUCUUUAAGUUGUGAUUAUGUUAUUUUAUGUUAAGUUUUUAGCCAAAAUCGUGUUACCUGGGAGCUCCAAUAGAUCAUUAGCAAAUCGCCUCUGAGUCGUGGGCGGAGACAGCGCUCCUCUGCACACUCCUCUUCAUGCUAGCUUGCAGCCUAACAUCGUCAGUGGUGUAGAAAUAAGCUUUCUUACAAGAAUUGCAACCCGCUAGCGAACACUCUUGUUCCGCAAUCGCCCUCUCAAUUUCUCCAAGAAGACACAGCAGGGCUUCGGGGGGCGGAGCUUGGAUUUGCUACAUAAGAAUUCUCACUGUAUCUGAACCUGCUGUUUGGGUUUGUGAGAAGUUCACAGCGAUUCGAAUGCAGAAAUACUCAAAAAUGCAAUUUCACACUUAGUUUUCUCAUGAUAUGUCAUGUAGCAUCAGAAAAAUGCCAUAUGAACUUGUAGACAACAAAAAAAACAUGAUUUUUAGCUGCGCAAAGUUUCUGCAAAAUUUCAGCAGUUUGUUUUAUGUGAAAAAGGAUGUCUAAAGCUUGUUUGUCCAACAAAUCUCUAUUACAUGUUGUUUCAAGCUGAUUGUUGUUUUUCUAACCCUCAUUUUCCCGCCAAGGCAGCACUUUGUGGAUUGAGUGAAAGGAUAAUAAAGAGAGACAGAUCCACUUAACUUAAGACACGAUUUAUGUAUCUCUCCAGAAAUGGCACCUUGACAUGUUCUACUCAAUCACCUUAACUCUUCUGCAAACACCAGACACUAGGCUGCAGGCAUUUGGCUGGCCUGAGCAGUAUUUAUUAUAUGCAUUAUUUUUUCUGCUCUAGAUCUGACCUGUUACCUAAAGUACAAUGCCUGCAGAUUCAGUUAUAGUACUUUUAAUGUGGGUCAAGAAACUGUAGACCUCAACAUUUGGUUUCCUUUUUAUCUUGUACUUUAUUCAUGAUGCAGUAAAACAAAACGCACACAGUCUCUCAUUACAGAGUACUGUCACUCCCCACCCUCUUUGCAGUCCAUGAACAUGAUGUGCCUGAAAAUACCAGCUGAAUUUGUUUUAUGAAUCGAUAGCAUAAAAAAAAAGAAGCCAGUGUCUGGAAGGUCAUUACACCAGGGAAUGGAGGUCUCUGAAGGUUUAAUGAUACAUCCAGCCCCCCAGAAGAGAAAUGGAUUAAUUCUAACCCGACAGUGUUGCUUGCUAGAAUACACAGCUCAUUGUUUCCCGAGUCUGAAGGGACAAAAGCUGAUGAGUUCCAGCUUUGAUGGAUUAAUCAUAUUAAGUCAUGUUUUGACUCCAACAAAGCUGGAAGCCUUAAUAAACAAGUCUGUAUCUCCUCAAAGGUUCCCCGUCUCAUAUUUUGUACCUCCACUGAUCGGACAGUUUUUGCAUUUAAGAAGUUCCAACAAAUAUUUGGAGAUACAGCGUUUGUUCCUCAUCUUGUCUUCCUCGCUGUUUUAUUAUUUUAAGCUUCAUUGGGAAAUCUUUUACCUGUCCACAUUCCCGUCUCUCUUUAGGUGUCUGAGUCACCGAGGGCGUUCAGGGACUCAUGCUUUUCCCCCUCGUUGCCUGUUUGUGUGACAGACUGUGGAUGUUGUGGUGAGGGUCCACUCAGCAGGCUUAUGGGCUCGGCUCAGUUAAUAAUGGAGCUAACGAGCAUCGGUCCAAAUGAGCUUUUAAUGGGUCCUGUCUACCUGCAGCUAUAAGAGAAGAAUGACGUGGUGGAAAUGAAAAGAUAAAAAGAGAAGGAAACAAGAAGGGUACAAGAGUUUAGGUUGAGUUAUAGAAAUAAAAAAAUAAGUAUGGUCUGUAUGAUUACAUUCACAAUCCUACUUUUAAAUUAUGUAUUUCACAACACUGACAAAUUUGAUUGGCAGUUUAUUAUUUACUCCUGACCCUGGGGUGAAUGAAAUAAUUUCUCUGUAGCAGAGUUCAUUUAGAUCAAAUUCCGAUAGCCUUGGACUUUGUCUUUUGUAAAUUGGUCACAGCAUCGCAAACGUCCAAACAGGAUCAGAGCUGUGACUAAAUUACCAACGAUGGGGAGAAUUUAAUUUAGAAAUUCAGUGAUUUGAUUAAUGUGUAAGAGCAUGCCUAGACUGGCAAGUACAUUACACAACAAAUGAUGGAGAUAUCGUCCAUUAAUAUCAUAGUUUCCAGCCAUUAAAAUCUUUACUUCAGUGAAGUGAAACAAAUGAGUAUGAAAUCCUUAAGAACCCAUUAAUCAUUUUCAUAAGCAGAUACAGUGUCUCAUAAAAUGAUGGUAUACUUGCUGUACUUACAGUGGUGGUGGUGGUCGGGUUGGAGGGGUGAAAAUUCAAGAAAUGGCCUGUACAUGCUGUGAAUGCUACUUUAGCGACCAUAGAAAGAAGAAACAAGAACAAGAUGUUGUUAAAUAGACUUGGGCAGCCAUGAAUUACCUGGGCAGGCCACCCAGGUGUCGUCUAUGUGUUGAGAGGACAAUGAGAGUUAUUAGUAGAUGGCAGGGCAGAAGAGGCAAAUUAAAAACAUUAGCUGGUUUAAAAGCUCAGCAUUUUGUCAGAAAUUGUGAUUGUCAGAACAUGAGGGAUGGCUGUGGCUCAGUGGUAAAGUCAGUUAUCUCCUAAAUGAAGGGUUAGGGUUGGUCCCACUGUCCACCUGCUUACUUACUCUUGUGGCUGUUCAAUGUGAAUUGGUUUAAUUAUUACUGUUGGGUGCCACAGCCAUCAUUGUAUGAACAUGACUUGUAAUGCAGCAGCACUUAAAGUGUUCAGAAAAAGAACCACUUUGUAAAUACAGUCCAUUUACCUCUUAUAUGGAGAGGUCCAAAAGACUCAGACAGGUACUGUAAUUGACUCUGGUCUGCUUUGGGUUGGAAUUCUCUCUUCAGUGCUUUCCCACUUAAGUUUCAAAGUGAUUUCCUAUAAUUCCUCCCAGAGAAGAGAUGUGGCUAUCUGACUUCCAUGAUGAGUUUAGAAACUGGUUAAGCAGCGAGUGUAAUUGGAUAGAAACACAACAGAUACACCCAUGCACAUGUGGUCCAUUUCGAUUUGCUGUAAUCAAUAAAUGUCUUUUUUCCUUUUAACAUUAUCUUUUGUAGAUGUAAUCACUGACAAUGAAUUGUAUGUGUGUCCAAAUCAACACAUGAAUAAAAUGAAAUAGUUAAAAAUAAUAAUGACAAUAGUGACCAGUGUGUUAACGCUUUGGCUGACAGAGCUGUUAGACUGUUAAUGGACACCUGAUUGAUGUCGCUCUAUUGUGCCGUGUGGGGUCGAGGUUCAGGUUGAAUUCCUCCUCGCUGUGCCGUUUCAUCAUUACUCAUCACUGGCCCAGCUGCCUCUGCAUGUGCUGGGUCGAUUGAUGGAAAGGUUUUGCUCUUGGUUUUGAAGCUUUCUUAUUUUUAAGGAGGAAUCCCAUUAAAGUAAAUCUUGAUGUUGUGACUGUUGAUAUUGCUGUUGAAACUUCUUGAAUCAUUUUCAUCUUUUAGAGCCGGGCUUAAAAGAAGUAAAUAAAACAUCACUCUUGCAUUCUCGGCUUUACUCCAUCCAAUUUAUCCUUCAGACUGACAAGUUUAUUUUCUGUUGUUGAAAGCCUAAUCGGUCCUCACUGAGUCUGUCUGUGUUUAUGUCAUUGUGUACUGAAUACAAAAACUCUCCCUGUGUGUGGGUUUUGUUUCUUCUCAGAGUGCCGUGAUAUCUUGCUACCCAUGAUGCUGCGGGAGCUGAGUGGAGCUCUGGCCAGUAUGGCUGAUGGGCCUCAUGAUGAGAGAAGAAAUAGUCUGGAGCUUCUCAACAACAUCCUGGAAGUGCUCAGCAGGGACAAUGUGGUAAGUUCAACUCUUGUUUGUAUUGAGGCACUUAAACACCUUCUUCACAGUUAACAGCUGUUGAAUAUGUUCUUGUUGGUGGUUUAAAAGUUCACAGUAUAUAAGAGUUUCAAGAUCUAAGUGCUUUUGGAAAUGCUUUAUGAAUAGUGAAUAGAUAAAGAAGGAGUUCAGAUACUAUAUUUCAUAGAAUAGAGAUCAAAACCUGUGACUACUCUAACUGAGGUAAAUAUCAGGCCUGUCUUUGUAGCUGCUUAUGUUAGAGGCAGGUGUUUAUGUCUGUUUUGAUUGGUUUAAGAUUCACAAAUGUUUGAUGUGGUCACACUUUGAAUGGAAAGUAACUAAAGUUACUAAGUUUAAAGGCAUUUGAAAUGUAGAAACAUAUUUCAUGUCUUGUGGUACUUGUGCAUUGAUUCAAAGUUUGACAAACAAUGUGAAUUUACCCAAGACAAGAUUAUAUCGUCUAUUUCAGUGUUGACAAGCAAUCUAUAUGUGGGUCUCCCAUGAAUAUUAAUGAGUGUAAUUAUUGGAGGAAAAGCUUCAAUGCAUCAGGGCAGGCUGAUCUUUGCUAAAGAAGAAAUACAAUACCAACCAAGAUCUUGUGUCAUCUGAUUAUUUUCAUUUUAGCUGUUAAGGUUUCUGUGUUUUGAAUGAUCCCAGAAACAAGUACCUUGUAACUGUUGAUUUGUGGUUUAAGUUUCCUCAGUUUAAAUCAAAUUUCUGUGGCAAAUUUGAGAAGACACUAUCAACAAAGAAAGAGGCCAAGAGAUUAGUACAAUGAAGCCGGACACUGGGGAUUGACAUAGUUGCAGCAGGACAGUCAACAGGAUUUCAUGAGUGGCUGAUCUGUAAAGCGCAAUUUGCUCUAAGAGAGCAUGUUGGUACUUCAAACAAAGGUUAGAGUUGUAAAGAUGUACAGGCCAUAAACUACAGGACUCGUCUUUUAUCCUUUGAGCAUCAUUGGGUAAUUCAAAGUGCAGUGCCUCUUAGAUACACGCUGCCCCAGAGAAACUGGACUUCACUGAAAGAGUGAAGUCUAAAUAGCUUUAAGCUGCUUUCCAUUCAGUCAUCCAGUCGUGCAAUGGAGCGGACCUUGACCAAUUAGAAUCUAAUUGAUUUUGUUUCACGUGGGCCGCUGCAUGUUGGCUUGUCGAAACAAAAUCCAGUUAACUGCUGAACUAAACACCUUUAACACAGACACACACAGACACACACAGACACAGAACAAAUACAUCGUCAGUAUCCAGCUGAGGGCUUUUUAAUUGCUCCUGCAAGUUGUUGACAGUAUGCUGAUGCUUUGAAGCGAAGGUAUGGCUUUUUUAUAGCUUUGUUUGUUUGGAUAUUACUAAUGAAGCAAACAGAGAAGAUAGAGGGAUGAUGAGAGGAGUGGAGUGAAGAUGAUGAGAGGAUUUUGUGUCAUUUGAGAUAUCAAAGACAGUGGGGGGAUAUAACAGAGUUAAUGAUGAUGAUGAUAUACAUCUUCAUGCGCAGAAUAUUAAACCAGUGACGCACAGCCACAUACGUUUUCCUUUGAUGCGCGACUCAGUAUGUGAGACCAUUUCAUCCUGAUAUUAGACUCAGAGUGGGAAACUGUGAUUUGACCACAACUGUGUGACAUUAUAACAAAAUUGGAGUUUCUCUCCCUGACUGUGAUGUCUGAUGGCAGAGGCUGCUGUGUAUUUGGUCAAUAAGAUGGCUCAUGAGUGUUCGACUUUUAAAUAUUUACUCUUAAAAUCCCCACACACAAACACACCAUGUUAAUAAAAAUAUUUCAGGGUAAAUAUUGGAUAUUCAGUAACACUUUAUCUGACGCCUAUCUCUAUAACACAUUAUAAAUAUAUGUAAUGCGUUAUAAUCACGUUAUAGCACUGUAUAACUACAGUCAUAAACACUCAUAAAUGAUCAUAAUGCUUUAUAGCAAUAAUUAUAACACAUUAUAAAUCAUUUUAUCAUGACUUACAAGGUCUGGUAUGAUAAUGUGUUAUAACUGUUAACAACAGUUGCAUUGCAUUAUCUAUGUGAGUUGUUAACAGUUACAACACAUUAUAAUACCUGACCUUGUAAGUCAUGAUAAAAUGCUUUAUAAUGUGUUAUGAUUAUUGCUAUAAAGCAUUAUGAUAAUUUAUUAGUGUUUAUAACUAUAUUUAUACAGUGUUAUAACGUGAUUAUAACACAUUAUACAUAUUUAUGUAAACAACAAAUAAAGUGUUACCGGAUAUUCUAUAUAUAAAAGUAACUAUUUAAGGGCAAAAUGCUCCGACUCAAACAGCCACUCCUUUACAGUGAAUGCUGUUGACUGUAGAGGAUACUAUGUCCUAUUGAAACCUUCACUAUGACAUCUCUAUAAGGCUUCUGUUCUCUAUACUGUACUACUCUUUGUUAAACCCUGACCCUGUUGAAUAGCAGUGUAAGGCCUCUCUCUCUCUCUCUCUCUCUCUCUCUCUCUCUCUCUCUCUCUCUCAAACACACACAGAGAUGUGUUACUUGGCCCAUAAAGCAAACUAUGGAUUAGCGCUUAAAAACAGACUAGGACAGGAGUGGAAAGGGCCGGAGAAAUAAACAUGGCUCUCGGCUAUACAAGGAGGAUGACAAACGGUUGACAGAAAAGAAGGACAGAGAGUUAACAGCUUAACAGAUGGCGCUGAAGAUGUUUGUGUCGUGGACAAUAAGGUGGAAGGGCUUUACAAGAAAACAAUAAAGGGAGUUGGAGAGAUUGCAGUCGGCAAAUUGGAAAAGGGAGAGAGAAAACAGAUGAAAGAAAAACAACAGAAAGAGGGGCAGAAGAGGUGACGGAGGAUGAUCUCACCUCACCCUCCACCUUUUUAUUUUCUGCAUCCUCUCCUUUUGUUUUCCUCAUCUCUCUCUUUCCUUGCUCUGUGUGGUACCUGAUUAAGCUGUCACCCCACAGAUGUCUCCAAACUAGAAAGAGAUGCAGAGAGAGGGACAGAGAUAGAACAGAAGACGACACAUUAGACAGAUGCUCAUGUCUGUGGGAGAGUUUGUGUCGAAUUUACAACUAACUUUUGUGUGUGUGUGUGUGUGUGUGUGUGUGUGAGAGAGAGAGAAGGGAUGCUAACAGGGAGAGACAUGAGAAACACGGCUCUCCAGAGCUAUUUAACUUUUCUCUAGCCCUUCCUCCCAAACCCUGUUUCUGUUUUCUUUGUUUUCUUAAAUCAUUUUUGCCAGCAGAGAUGAUAAAGCAGUCUGGCUACAGUGUGAAACAAAUGAACAAAGUAUUGACUUUCAUGUGUUUGUAUCCCACAGGAGAGAGAGAGAGAGAGAGAGAGUGAAUGAGUGAGCGAUAUAGAGAGACAGAGAAAGAGAGAGAGAGCGAGCGAGCAUUGUGCCUCAUCUCUCGUCUUCCUCCCCUCUGAUGACGUUAUCGUUCAAGGAGACCAAAAUACCGACAGUGAGCCUGAAAGAUUAAAGCUUAUUUAGGAUCACCAGCUGCGCCUCAACCCACAACAUGUCUGUGUGUGCGUGAGAGAGUGUGUGUGGCUGAGUUGGAGUUUCAGGAAGUAUGGAUGAUAUGUUGGAUCACACACAUUUACAGCUUGUCUUUUCUGCGUCCUGCGGCUGUGAGUCAGUGCGUUAAAUAUGGUUUAAUCUUGAUGGCCUGAUUUCUCAUCAAACCUUUUACAAAUCAUCCGCCUAUCAGGCCGGCACGCACACACUCACACACUCACACUGACUGAAACAUGCACACUCACACAAAUGAAGAGAGAGUGGUGUGUAGGAGCUUUUGAACUUCAGUACUUCUUACCUACUUCUAGUUAUAUUUUUAGACCUUCACUUUUCCUUUCAUGCUUUGCUGAUCAGCUCAUACAAGGACACGCACAUGCAGAACACACAUAACACCUAUGUGGGUCAGAUUAUGCAAACAGGGACAAACACAAGCGCACUCACGCACAAACACACACAGGCGCCUUGCAGCGUUAUUGCUAAGGUGUGUAGAUGUAGCAGAUGCUGAACUUGUGAGUUAUACCCCCUGGCAAGUCUGACUCAGCUUCCAUUGACUGACUCCACUGCAGCAUAGAUAGUGUGAAUGUGUGCUUGCACGCACAAGAGAGUGUGUGCGUCAGUGUGAACCUGUAUUUGGGCUCGAGCUCUAUCACUUUGAAAGUGCAUAUUCGAUAUGUGCAUGCUUUGAUUUCUUGAAAAGGAUUUUCUGUUUUUCUAUGUGAGUCAUCAACCAAGCAUCCUUUCUCUAUAAUUGCAGUCUCCAUGGGUCAUCGAUAAUCAAUUUUAUUCUGUCAUCUUUUGCAAAAUUUAGUGUCAAAUUAGCCAGAGCGUUUCUGUUUAAGCUGUGAAAGCGAUUUCAAAAAUUAUUUAAUACAUUUAUAUUCAUGAUCCAAUUAAAGGCCCUUUUUUAACCCUCGGGGGUUUUAAUUACAGUCAUUUUUCCAUAAUUGUGAUAUUGAAAUUGUGAUGAAAGCUGAAGCACAAUUUACAAUUUGUUUAUCUUAAUAUAGAAAUAUCUGUCUUUUGAAAUAUGGAAUAGUAUAGUGAAGAGUGUGGAGUUUGACUUUUCCAGCUUCUGAGAUGUUUUAAUUAAUAUUAUCAAAAGUUUGCCAUCUAGUUUAUCCCUUAUCAUAAAAUACUAUGAAAUACAUAUACUGUGAUUGAAGACUUAUCUUAUAAUAUAAACCAAUACAUGAGAACUAGACUUGUAAAGGCUGUACUCUCUCUUGCUGUCUAUAGCCACGUUUACAUAGGCAAAAUUUAUUGAUCUGAUUAAGAAUUUGAGGGAUCGGAUAAUCUGAAUCCACUGUUUAUAUGGGUGCAAAAUCAAAUAAUCCGAUCAUGACGUGUGCACACGUCAUACAGCAUUUGGACAUGUGCUGAGUAGUCUAAUUUCGCUAAAACAACCGCAGAAGAAGAGUUGUAUAGACGCUUGUGCUGUCAACAAACCAACAAACGCGGUAGUGGCUCGCUCCAUCCAAUUCAGGAGUUUUACACUGUUAAAUGUUGUCACUAGAUGGCGCCCUUACGUACUUAUUUUACUGUUCUGUCAAAGGUUGCACUGUGCGUGCAGAUGUGAUAUCACUAGCUGUGUGUGCGCCUUGUUAUGUUACCGGAAGAGCAGACACGAUACCUGCGGUUGUGUUUUAUGCCAGAGAGGUAAUAAUGAAAUCUCCUGGACUGGCCUCAAUAAAUAAACCAAAGGCUAAAGAGUGAAGAUCGAGUCAGGUAAGAGAGUCACGAUCGGAAUAAGUGUUUACAUGGACGCGUUUCGGCAUGACGAUCUGCAUGAACCACCCUCUCGAUCGGAAUACAAUUUAUUUCCGAUCAGCCGAAUUGUAUCAGAAAGUUCCGAUCGACAUGUUUACAUGACGCACUUUUAUUCUGAUUAUCUGUAGCUAUAAACGCAGCUAAAGAGGAAAGAAAGAAGGACCAACAACACCAAGCAAGGCUAAUGACAAAGUGUAAAGAUUAUCAGAUGAAGGAAACCGAUUUUGACUCUGAAUACAUUUUGGGGAGGAAAAAACACCAAGACAAUAAGACACAUCCUUUUCUUGUUUCAUUUGCUUUACCAUCCAUCAAUUGGACCAACCACCUGCAGUCUGUGGACUGUAUAAUGAACCUGCCUUUACAGUGAGAAGAGGUCAGAACUGCAGAACAAACAAAACCUGAAGACUGGACAAAGUUUUACAGAGGAAAGGUUCUGAAAUGUCCCUCGAAGCAGCUCUGACGUUAUGCUUGAAUGGACACUUCAAGAAAAGGACAAAGAACUGUUUAAAAUCUCUACGUGUGCUUUGGUGUGUGCACCGUAGAAAGUCUAACACUCUUUUUCUGUAUAUUUUCUCUCCUCCUCCUUUGUCAUUCUCUUUCUUCUGCUCUGCUCUCACUGGUUCUCACAGGGGGAAACAUUUCAACACAUCCAGGACAUUGUGGUGUCUCUGCUGAGGAUCAUCAACCAGACUGUCAUCACCAUGGGUCGAGAGCACGCUCUUAUUGUAAGUAUAACUUUAUAUAAGCAUCUCCAGACUUGAUUAGAACACUUGGGUCAUUAAUUGCAGAGCUGUUGCGUUUUUUUCCCCACUCUUUGUAAAUGAACAACCAUCAAUCCACCCCUACUUGUGAGCAAUAUCAUGUUAAAUAGGAAAUUAUGUCAACAAUAACACAUUUUGUUUAAAAUACACACUUUUAUUGUACAUACAAGAGGAAGAUCAGGAAGAUUGGGGCAUCAUGGGAGCUUACAGAUUGUUUUGAUUAAUUAGCGAGUGUGGUGUCAUCUGGGACUCUAAUUUGUGGCGUCUUGUCUUCCAGCAGCAGCUGAAGUAGGCCCUUGUGAGAUUAGUGGUUACGCUUAAACUGCUGUAAUCUCAGCAGUGUGCAAAUGGUUGUGUCCAUGUGUGAUGUGUGCAAAAUGAUAGUGUGGAUGUAUACUUGCAACAGGGAUGGAUCCAUACAGAUGUUUUUGCAGGUUUUUGAGGUUUGAUGAUGGGUGUGUCUGACAAAAUUGCUUGAUCUGCAACAUCACAAUUUGUGAUGUUUAAGUGUUAAGAAGAUAUUAUUAUUUGAGGAAAACUGUCACUUUUGAAUGUAAUAAUGCUCUCCUGGAAGCUUUAACAUGGAUUUGAUUUAUAGACCAGCAGGGUCAGUUUUCCUGUGACUUGAAGUGUUUUGUUGUAGCUCGAUGAUUCAGCUGGCAGAAGUGUGGCUUGAGUGCUACAGAACAAAUAAUGAUCGAGUAGAUGCAAGAAUAAAUAUCUGUGUUAAAUUUGGUUUCAAAAUGGAUGGUUGUGAUAUAAACUUUGUUUUUUUUUAAGAUGAGAUAUGUUUGAAUUUUUCUGUGGUUCAUUAGUUCAUUAGAAAAUCUGGAUUCAACUUCUGCAUAACUCGAGCAAGUGAAAUUCAGAAAAACUUUAGACACAUGAAUGUAGCCUGGAUGUAAAUUAGGCAAAAUCUAAAACUCACAUUCUGCAGACAUUGAUACAGCUUUAAAAUGUGUUUAAUAAAAACAGCGAACUACAGUUAUCGCUGUUCUGUGCCUGGUUUGCAAUGGUUGACAUGUAUGUGUGUUUACACGUGUAUGCCUCUGUUCCAAAUAUUAGUAUUUCUCUAAGUUCAUACUGCAUAUGUUUUAAAGUUUGCCUCGUAUUUGGAUGCAAGCACACGUGUAUAAUUGAGCACACAUAAAAAAAAAAAAACGCCUCCAUUUUGAAUUAUGAUAAAGGACAGAAUCCAUCAUCCUGUCAGACAGCAUUGACAGAAUUUUGAUGUUCUGACAGGGCCUGUCAGUCUGCGAUCAGCUGCCCGUCACAUUGUCUCUUAAUGUAUUCUUAAUACAAUCAGCACGCUGCGCUCCGACACUCUGAUACCCAUCCAGUCAGCUUCCUCUUUGUUUCCAGAGAGCUCAUCAGCUUGUUUAAUCCGUAUCCUCUUGGCCCUUCGGUUGUUGCUACAUUAAAUUUUUGGCUGUCAUGCUCUCUGAAGUCACAGUAUUCCUAUUAGUCGUGUGGCUCCAGAAUUGUUCUAGCUUUCCUGCUUAUUGCUGUGAUGUAGCCAAAGUUAUUAUGAGGAUUUAUUCCCAGCUUCAGGCGUGGAAUCAGUCUUGGCUCGAAUCGGUUCAUAUAUCUAUUUGUAUAGACAACCAAUCAUCCAAGUGACAGACAGCGUGCCAGUUUGUCAUCCAAAGUGACUGUUCUCCAUCUCUGUGUCAUAAAAUUGUUUUGGGAAAACAGUAUCCUCACUUCAGAGUGAAAAGUUAAUCACAAGUCAGCCAAUGAGGCCGGGGAUCUUCCUCUUAGAAAGAUCUAAGAGUAAAGUUAAGCAGCUUUUUGGUCCUCUUCCUUUUUUGUGCAUUUUACUCUUUCCUUAACUGUUCCCACGUUGAAUAAUCUCAUAGCCUCCGAAGGAUUGCUCUGGGAAAAGUGCCUCUUACAGGCAUGCAGCCUUGAAAAUUCCUCAGCUGAUGAUAAUGACAGGUAACCAAACAUCACACCCACAGGAUCGUGAGAGAGAUGCCGUACCCCAAAGCCGGGUGGUGGUCUUUUACAUAAUCAGUCUUUUUGUGGUUCUUUAAAGUUCACAGCCACCAGAAACACUUCUUUCGGAGUUUCUUGACUCGCGUCUUGGUGCUGGGACGGCUUGAGGUGGAAGUGACUGGCGGAGUUUUGGGCAGGGUUGGUGCAGGCACAUCGUACUCCCCCUCCAGGGCCUCCAUAACCCCCUGGAAGCGUCCCUCCUGCUGUCGGAAAUCAUGCUCCACACUGGAGGGGAGAGAGAAAUAGAGAGAACAGCUGAAGGGGGAGAGGAGGGAGCAUGAUUUAGAGGUUGUGCCACAUCAAGGCAAAUUUAUUUAUAUAGCUCAUUUUCCCCAAAAAGAGAUUAGAUGCAGGGGCAGAGAGAGUGGGAGGGGGGAAUGAGAAGAGGGAUGUGAGGGAGAUUUGAGGUCCACGGAGCAGAAAGAUUAGAAAGAGAGGGAUGAGGGAAAAGAUGAGCGAAGGAGUUUAAGUGACAUUUAUAAGGAGUCACAAAGUGCUGACACCUUAAAGAGAGGUGAUACUUCAGCAUAAUGUAGUUUUACAUGGAGAUGUAAAACCAUGUUAUGUUCUCAACUCAGAUAUAUGCAGCUUCAGCACACACACACACAUUCACACAGGUCCCAACUCAGCACUCAUUUCACGUCUGUAGCUUUCUUCUGUGCUUCACGCAUCCAUAGAUCACAGACUGCUGGGAUGGGAGGGGUGGUAGGAGAAUGAAAAGGAGACAAGAAAGGAAAGGUGAGGGAUGGUAAGAGAAGGAGAAGAGAAUUUGCAAAACGGGGGAGCAAAAGGAAGGAGCAGAGUUUUUUUUUCUGUUCUUGUGAUGUGUUCAAAGCAGACCCUCUUGGCUUUCUUUUUCUAUGCUCCUCUCACCCUCCCUCUACUCUGAAGCUCCUUCUCUCAAUAUCCCUCUGAAGUGUCCACCGCUGCGGGUCAUAGUGUUGUAGACUUUGAGUUUUCUUCCCCUCGAGAUAAAUGUGUUUUUGUGUGUGGGAGUGUGUGUGUGCAUGUGCUGAGUCGUGUUAUAGGGGUGGAGCUGCAGCAUAGGGGCCUGGCAUCUGGAGUUAAUGAGCCAAAUGAUGAGGCAAGAGGAGCAGAGAAAAACUACCCCACCCUCCCCACCUCCAGCAUCCCAACACACACAUACACACACACGCUACACAAACAUAAACCUGCUCCCUGACGUCCAACGUGUACAUCUUCCACAGAAGCAGAAGUGGCUGAAGAGGGCAAAAAAAAAAUGAAACGUGUGGGGAAAGUGUCUCUUCAGGGAGAUGGAGGGAAGGAUAAAUGAAAGAAGGGCAAGCUUUAAUAAAACAGGGCAGAGAGGUCAGUUCAGAUAAAAAAAGAAGUAAAGACAGAAAGAAAAGUGAAGGAGGAGAGGAUGAGUGCCACAGGAGAGGAGGAGGAGAGAGGAGGGCAGAGAGGUCUGUGCUUCCCUAGAAAGAGCGAGGGAUGGAGGGAAGAGGGGAGGAAAUAAAAGCUCAAGAAGGGAGAGAGGAAGGGAGACAUGAAUAAAUGAUAACACACAUACAUACUCACAGAGUAACGAAAAGAUAAAGUGGCCCACCUGUCCUACAUUCACUCGAUUUAUAGUGUUCUUCAUUUCAGAGGAGUAGUCUUUUCUUAGCGGGGGUCCUCUUAACCUACACACUUCACUUCACACUUUAAAUCUUCCUUAACAACCUCUGCGCUCAUAUCAACCUCUCUCACUAUUGUUCAUGGGGUUAGAGCGCAGUGGCAAAAGCUUCUGCUCUUAGUUCGCUCUGCAGGCUAUCAUCUUUCAACAGUUUUGCAUCAGUACAUGUAACUGCGACGGGCCUGUUUAAUUUUUAAAGCUUCACUCUCUGGUUCAUGUCGAAGUGAAGGUGAGCCAUGUAGCGGACAGGGAUGAGAUGAAAGUUGAACAUGAGUGAAUUUGUUCUAUAAAGAGCUUACCCAGAAGUGCAGAAAUAUACAGUAUAUGGUGUCUGCAUAUGUCAGAGUGUUUGUUUAAGCUCUUAAAGCUCUGCGUGGAAACAAAGCCGCCGUCAGAAGUUCCCGUCGCCGUUGUCUCUCAUCACACAGAUUAAUUAGGACUGACAAAAGCAAAACAUCUUCAGGCAGCCACCCCACAUCAAAACCUCUUUUUUCUUAACCAAUCAUCAGCGAGGAUGUUUCAUUCCCACGUGUAAUUCACCCCCUGCUUGUGUGUCUAACUCUGCCUAUCUCACAUCCUCUUUACCCAUAAUCCUCUCUGAGGGUUUCUUAAGGCAAAGACUGCCCAAUCAAACAAGAAAAGCUUUUGUACUUUUAGCUUUUAUGCAAGACUGUCACUGAAAGACCCACUCAGAUGAAAAUCAUGUUUUUCUUGUUUUUUUACAUGUUCAUAUGGCAUUUUUCUGAUGCUACAGGACAUAUUACGAGAAAACUAAAUGUGAAAUUGCUUUUCUGAGUAUUUCUUCAUUCGCUGUGAAUCUCUGGCAGACCUAAACGGCAGGUUCAGAAACGGUGAGAUUUCAUACGUAACCAAUUCAAGCUCUCCCCCCAGAGCCCUACUAUGCAGGCCAGACUCAGAGAAAUAGAGAGGAGGAUCGCAGAACAAGCGCGCGUGGUAGUGGUUUUCAAUGCUCGUAAGAAAGCUUAUUAUGAUAAUAGCUUUCAUUAUGUCCCCAAAGACAUAAGUGUCCACGAGCUGAGUAUCUCCUAUAUUAACUGUUUCUUCUACUACACCUGCAAUGGUAGGCUGCAAGCUAACACAAAGAUGAGUGUGCAGAGCAGCGCUGUCUCCGCCCACGACUCAGAGGCGAAUCGCUAAUGAUCUACUGGAACUCUGCAGAAGAAAAGCCCUUCAAAUGACACAGGCAAAGCGAUUUUCGGUAAAACCUUUACUGUCACAAUCUAAAGACCACUGAGAACACUUUAAGUAGUAAAAAAAAACGAUCGGAGUGGGACUUUAAAGUGUGUUUUUACUGUGUGUUUAAGUGAGUGUUUUUUUUACGCAACACACUCGAUGCACUGUAUCGGAGAAAUGACCAGGGAGCAUUUAGAAUAUCUGCCCAAGUCAUUAUCAUCCUCCUCAAAGAUUCAGAAAUGUACAACCUUUGUUAAUGUAUGUGUAAGAAUGUGCUUGAAUGUGUGCAUGUGGCAUGUGAACACCCAAGUAGUUUUUCAAGCUUCAGGAGGAACGACAUUUUCUGUUGUGUAAUGUUGAUAAGUACAUGACUACAUUUGCAUAUGCACUUGAGAAACAAAGGGAAAGUGGAGCAGGAGAGAACAUCUCCGACACUAAAAAAAAGGAGAUAAGAGGGAUGAUAAUGAUGUGAGAAGUAGCACAUACCCUUGAGAUCAGGGUUAGCCUCAGGGCCUUUAAAAACUCCCCAAAAAAACGUCUGGAGUUAUCAAAAUUUAAGGCCUUUUAAAGAGUUGUAGUGUUGUCAUUACUGUGUUCGAUGUUCUCUUUGGGUUACUUUAUAACAGUAGGUUUAUAUGCUCUGAUGUACCUGAGAAAACUGUAUGUCUUGUAAAAAUUCAUGUUCUCCUGCCAAAUUUCCUAGAGAGCUUAUGAAUAUAUAAACAGAACUCGGUUUCCCUUUUCGUGAGUUCAUUUAUUGAAAAUCUGCACUCGGUUGCGUCUCUGAAAUUCAGUUAAAUUGAUUAAUGUGUGGAAGUCCUUUUAAUGGGCAGAUUAUUCCCCGCUAAAUGAUACUGCUGUGCAACUGCAGUUAGAGUUUUAUCACUGAUUACUUUGACAUUUACACCUUUCUGAAGUUGACACAUUUAAAGGUCUUGUGUCAUCACACAAAAAGGCUUUGACUUAAUGUUAUUUAUUACACAAAAGUAGUCAAUGAAUACUCCUUGAGCAUUAAAUUCUUGGGUUUUUCAGGCUUUAUCGGAUAAAUUUUGGUGUUUUCACAAAAAAAAUCAACUUGAUGAGUGUUAAAAAUUAUUGCUAGUUCUUUGUCGAUCUCCUGAGCAAGUUUUCAGCAAGUUGUAAGGCUUCAUCAUCGAGCACUUCAGUUUGAGUUUCUUAUUUCUAUCUUUGGGUGUCUGUGCUGUGGGGAUCUGCAUGUGUUUGUUUACAUUAGCACACAUCUGUAUGGAUAUAUAAGUGGAUGAAUGUGUUGCCAUGUGUUAGUCCUCUCCCUCUGGUGUUCAUUACAACCUACAUGUCUUAGGACCCUGCUGUGUUAAUUAAGAUGAAACAGGGAAGGAAAUUGGUUGAGGAGGAAGGGGGAGUUCGAGAAGAGUAUGGAGAGAUGAAACAGCUUAGGAAUAGACAGAAGAACGACUGGAGGGAUGCAGAUGUGGAACUGCUGGGAACUGUUUUUGUGAAUUAUAUAGAGCUGGAGUGAUAAGCGCUCUGUAAAAAGUGUCUUUAUCCCUUGUGGCCCGCAAGGGAGGUUGAUAUGCGACUAUAAACAAGCAGAAGCAGCUGCGAGCCUUUGUGUGACGUGCGCACACACGCACACAACUGCUGGACUAAAAAGGGGGCUAUUACAAAAGAUAACAGCAAGUAAAUGUUUUAUUUAUGCUUCUUGUGUGUUCACAUUGACUCACAUUUACAGUUUGUGCUGAAACUGAACCCUGGAGUCAUGGAGGUGGGGCAUGGAAGUGAUUUUAGCUUUGCCAUUGAUAGAAGGAAUGAGGCAAAGAUGAACAGAUGAAGGCAGUUUGAUAGAAAGCUAGAGAUGAAGGAAAGAGAGGCUGAGCAGGUAGGGGAUGAAAAUAUGGAGUCAUUUGCAUAAUGAAAGAAGAGAGCUGGAAAGGAGGAGAUGGGAGGAUUAAACUACAGUAUGCGGUGUCAGAUUGUGAGUGAACAUCUUUGUUAAUUGGGAAAAGAUCUAAAAAUGAAAUCAAAUAUUUAGGUCACACACACAAGGGAUGAGUAAAUCAAGAAAGAUGCAUCAUUUAGGUGCUGAAUUAAUUUGCUUGUUUGCACAGAACGUUCUUUGGUGUGUAAAUAACUUUCCUGGAGAGAGGAUCCUUUAAUCUCCAGAAAACUGCAUGUAUUCAUUUUAAUAUGGAUGAGGGGAUCACUCACAGUUGCGCAUCUUUCAUAUUAUAGAAUUUAUUGUAUAAGAAGUGAAAUUAUCUGAGGGAGAGGAAAGGGCAGAGGCAGCAGGAUACCAGGGAAGAAAAGCUAAUGAAUAUAAAACAAAAACAAAAGAUGUGCUGAAUAAGUGAUAAAACCUGGGAACGCUGGGAAAAACAAAGGCAACAAAAGGCACACAGAUUGCUAUAGGAGACGUUUCAGGGGUGUUUGUUGAGCUCCAGGAAAGAAUGAGUUGUCUUUGGUGGGUUAUGUAAUGCCGUGAGCUUUGUUUCGUGGAUGAGGUUACCUGUAGAUGAUGCAGGCGGUCUUUUGGCAGGUGGGGCAGUUGUUAAUGUCCUGACCAGUCCUGUAUGAGCUGCGACUGCAUAAACAACAGAUGUAAAACAUUCACUCACUCGCAUGAAGACUUCAGUUGAACACAUGUGUUUGCACAGAUAGCUCCAAAAUACCCAACAUUGCAUCAGAAAUGUUAGAAAAUUUGCAUUAACACAGACCUGGCGUUCCUUGCCUGGAGAGUUUCAGUGCCUGUCUGUCUUCAUCUGCUGUUGUCAAAAUGAUUUAUUUUUCUACCCACAUAUACACUCAAUGUUUCAAAAUAAAGCUUCUCUUGGAGUUGGCAAAGGCCAGGAGUAUUCGGGAUAUCACCUAAAUAGUCCUGCUGGGUUUAAAACUGCCAGCGUGUUUUACAGGCGGCUAAUAACAAGCAUUGUUAUAAGGCGGCUGUCUAGGCAGGCCUAGCUUGGGGAAUCUUAAAAGAUGAUGUCUACAGACUAUUAUUUUUUUGUGUCUUCUGUUAUAAUUCAAAGAGCCGGGUGAAAAAUUGGUGCAAUGACAAAAAACAUGAUCACAAAUGCCAACCGUGUUAUCAAGGUUGAACAGAACUACAGAGGAAGAGACAGCCAGAAUAGUGGGAAAAUAAAGCCAGAUACAAACAUCUGACAACCUCAUGCUGACUGCUGUGUAAUUAAAACGUUGUAUUUUGCCAAGAUAUUUUGGCUGGCCUCUCACUGAACUGUGAUGAGGGAGUAGCUGAUUUAUGUUGAUAAAAUAGACAUUUUAAUUACAUGGAGAGAGACACGGUGUGACUGGCAUCAUUUUUCCUCUUCUACCGAUGUUUAUCAAAGACAACAACAGCAGGACAUGACAAGAAUUUCCUCCAGGAGAGGAUACAAACGAAGAGCUGAGCAAAGCAACAAGCUUUUAUCUCAGCAAACGUCUUCAUCGCAGGAACUCAUUUAAAGGACUUUUAUAAGUGGCACACAGUCAGAUACAUGUCGUCCUUUUUGCCUACUGCUUCUCUCCCUCUUUUCUUUUAAUCUUUACUGCCUCCCUCUCAUCUACUCUUCUCUUUGCCCACUUCUGACACACUUUGGGCAAGCAUCCCAAACAACAUACCCACACUCUUACAGUCACACCCAUGGGCAGGGCUGCAUGUACACUGAGUUUAGGGGCCUUGUUGUGCAGCUUAAACAUUAAUUGCAUUUCCCAAAGGUAAUCUUAUUGGGAUUAGUUUGGAGCUUGGGACAUCUGUUACAGAAAGUAGUGGGAUAGAAGGAGUAAAAACAUGUCAAAGGAAGUUUAGGAGAGUAAAGGCUCAUUUAAACUCCAUGUCUGAUGCAUAUAUUUAUAGAGGCAAGGCCCUGUGUUUAUUUUGUAUUCCUGCAUGUUGUAAAGAAACAGACCCAAUCUUGUUGCGUCACCAAAACUGUGGGAGCAGUUUGAGUAAUGUAGCCAACAGCUCAAGACAGACAAACACACAAAGAAGAAGAGUACAGGAUUAGAUUAAUGUAGAUUAGAUUAGAUUAGAUUAGAUUAGGGAUAGUAGAAAGGAAAAAUUUGCUUUGACUGAAAGUGCAAAGGAACAUAUGAGUUUGCACUUAAGAAAAUUUUCAGAGCCAUUCAAGGCAAGAUUUAGCAGCUUGGUAAAAAACACUAUUUGACGCCUAUCUCUAUGACGCAUUAUGAAUGUAUGUAUAAUGUGUUAUAAUCAAGUUAUAGCAAGAUAUCUAUGUGGGCAUUGUCAGUGAGUUGUUAACACUUAUAACACAUUACAUUACCUGACCUUGUAAGUCAUAAUAAAAUGCUUUAUAAUGUGUUAUUAUUAUUGUUGUAAAGCAUUAUGAUCAUUUAUGAGUGUUUAUAACUAUAGCUAUACAUUAAUAUAACUUGAUUAUAACACAUUAUACAUCUAUUUAUAAUGCGUUAUAGAUAGGGGCGUCAAAUAGAGUGUUACCAAACUAUGAACACAUAUACUGUAAAGUGCUUUCUCGUCCAGGCAUAGUGACGGAUAAUUACAUCAGAACAGCAAAGGCAAAGUGCAUGACGCUUUGUUUAACGUGGAAGUAUGUGGGUAGUGAUGUUGUUUAAAAUGUACAUCUUAAUGUCUAUCUUAAUACAUAUAUAAAGGAAGCUUAAAUGAGCCUUUACAGUAAUGCUUUCUGACAUUUGACAAAAUAAAGCAAAGGCCUGGUUUCAGGAUGCUAGGAAUAAGAGGAGAAACCAGUUGAAGUAGGAAACAGGAGUGGGAAAGAGGAGUGGUAGAAAAGGGAUUAAACGAGAAAAACGAAAAAGAAGAGUAACUGACACUUAAGGUGAAGGCUGAAAAGGAGGUAAAGCAUGUGGAGCAAGAGGAGGGGGGUAAAAGGGAGUGAAAGUCAACACUUGACAGCAGGGGAGAGUGAUGGACAGGCUGUCAGGCAGAGGGGGGGAUAAAAAAUAGAGAGAGGGCAAAGGAGUGAUUUACAGUAGGGCUGAUUCACGUGUGAUGAAGGUGCAGAGAGAAAGAUAAGGAGAGAAAAAAGGUAUUAAUUAAGAAUAAAGGUAAGAGUGGUGAGAGAGUGGAGGUAGACAACAGGAUGAAUGACUCAAAGUCAUUUAAAAAGCAUCAGAAAAAGAGGAGGGUGUUGAUUGAAUUAAAGUAUGAACAGAAAGCGAACUAUGAGGAGGAGAGAAACAAAAGAAGAAGGAGGAGGAAGAGGAGGGGAUGGUUAAUGAAUAAAAAAAAUGAGCAGGAGGAAGAAAGAAGCCCUGAUUAAUUUAACUUGUUGGGUAUUUUAAUAUCUCCCUGGGUAAAAUCACCUUGGGAAUUAAAAACCCAAUAAGGUGUGCAAGAUAAAAGGACGCAGGAAGGAGCUGUUCGCAUUGACUACAGGCCGGCAGGUAUCAUACAUCCCUGCAGGCCUGAGUCACACAAACACACACACACACACAAACACACACACCAGCAAUUCUCUUCAGGCCUAGCUGACAUUUAAAAUCUAUUACACGGACUUGAAAGCCUGUCGGUGUAUAUUGCUAUGAAAACUCAAAUACACUCUCUUCUUAAUCCUGUGCACUCCCUCUGACACCUUCCCUUCUCCCUCUACUUAUCACUCCAGCUCACUCUCUAACACUCUUACUUCAACACUUUCUUUUGUAGCAUGUUAAUCUUUUUUUUCAUCCUUCGUUGUUUUCAUCUUUAUCUUUAUUUGUCCGUCUAUUCGAUCCUAGUCUUCUUGUCCUGCUCUUAAAGGUACAGCUUGUGGUUUUUAGUUCAGGCAGACAGGCGCAUUAGAGCAGUGGCUGUCUCUGAGAACCUGUCUAAUGUCAGUUUUAUGUGUAAUAUUGGUGGAAAACCACUGACGGCUGACAUUUUGCUGGUUUAACUAGAAAUUAUACAGCACGAUCUGCCAGCACAGCACUUUUACUCUAGCAUGAUGAAUCACUCAAAAUGAGGGGAUUAUUUUGCCCUGAUUGAUUAGUACAUUGGUGAAUUGACUUUUUUUACUUUUCAAUAUUCAACACUGUAUGGAAAGUUGUAUCAAAAACCACUGCUCUCUGUUACUGGAUAAGAUCAGCUCUCCUUUCCUCCUCCAACACCAUCGACUCUUCCCAUUCUCUCCCUUACAAGUUCCCCUCUAGACCCCGUCUCUUACCCUUCGCUGAGUGCCUUGCUCUUCUCCAGGUCCUGAAUCACAUUGAGAAGCACCUUGAUCUUCUCCUGGUUGGACAUCAGGUUCUCCUCCACGCUCUGUAACUGCCUCUCCAGCGGUGCGUUUACCCCGCGUCCAGUCAGCAAUCCUCCCGGAGCCCCAUUACAUUGUGCUUUCAGAUGAGUUGUACAAGGCAGAGUGUGGUCGUCAAAUGAUUUGCUCUUCUGUUUGGCGUAGCCCUUGAGUCUGGACCGCUCUGAGGAUGUUUGUUGGGGAUUGUUUGCAGUCUGCAGGGUGUUUUUGGUUUGAGCUACAGGUGAGGAUGGUUUAGAAAAAGUGAGUUUGGGAGAGUUUUUUGGUGGGAGUGUUGGGGUGUUAGAAGGUUUUGAGUCACUGGAAAGGGGAGGAGGUUUCGAAGUGAUAUCAACAGAUGUGUACUGAUGUGUGUGUUCAUCACUGUGCUCCUCAUGCUUGUGUGAGUCAGUUGAAUGUUGUUCUGGCACUUCUGCAGAUGGUGUAUGUGCUCGUUGUAUGUGAGCAGUAGCUGCGGUUUUCUCAGUGCUGCUGUGCAUGAGUGUUUCUGUUGUUUGUGUGGCUGAGUCUCUAUAAUGUGUGAAUUCUGCUGAAUGUGGCCUUGUCUGAGGCUUUGAGUUUUUACUUUUGUUUUGGGUAUGUGCUAUACUGUUGGAAUGUGAGCUGUGGGUUUUUGGUAUAGUAUGAGAAAGCUGUGGUAUUUGACCAGUCUUUACCGAUGUGUUUGUUGAGGUGUUUGCUGUGUCCGUGUUCUUUACUUGAGGCUUAGAGUCCACAGAAGUCUCUUUUCUUGACUGGUUGUGAGCCACAGACGGCUUCCGCAGUGGAUUAGGUAAAGUCUGGCUGGCUGUUAUUUGAUUGACAGCCCUCCUCCGACAUGCACCUGUGCACGGUGUAAUCUGGGAUCGUCUCCUCCCACAUGUGCCACAGAGGCUUGGUGGAGAAGUGGCCAUCAUUCGACAGGGCCGUGGUGGAGUGGCGUGCACAGUUGUACACACACUUCCAGUCUUUAAAACUGAGCGAUGGCCCUCCCCACGUAAGGACUGCACCCUCCUCCUCUCCUGAGGUUGAUCUAGACCUUCAGCUGCCUCAGAGCAAACCCCUCCCACUGCAUCAGAGGCAACCACACUGCCAUUUGUGUACCGAGCUGUCCUUUUCACUCGUAUCUCCUUUGGGUUUGUCCGUAUAGUUUUGAUCUGGCAGUAUAUUCCGCUACCCGACCCCUGUGACCCCAUGUCGUCCUGCGUCAGGCUGUUGAUCUCGUUCUGAGAUGUUUCCUUGGACACCGGCAGACUGCUGCUGUCACUCCUGCUCACUCCAGCCUUCUUCACUGGUGUUGUUUUGUCUGUUGCCAUGGCGGCUGGCCGUUGUGAGUUGACCAGUUGGCUUCCGUGUCUUUUGAUGGAAGGAAGAGUCCGCAGUCCGGGAGACGUUUGCACCCCGACGCUGCACAACGGGCCCCAUCGUCCCCCUGCCAGGGGGACCCCCAGCGCAGGCACUGGAUUGGUUGGAUCAGCCACUCUCCUGCCCAUGCUCCUCUGCAGGUCGCCUCAGCCCCCUGCAGAGCUGAAGGGGGUGGAGUCCAGCGGUGACAUCAGCAGAUGUCUGCAGGGCUGAAGAGGGCGUGAAUGAUUCCAGCUUUUAAUUAUACAAACAGAUUUGUUUGUUUGCGGCACAGAGAGGGUUUAUAUGUGUAAGCUAGGGACAAGACCUCAAUAUCCAAUAAACUCUCAGUGACCCUUUGUUAAUGAUCUCCUUACUACUUCGUCUACUUCUGAGUGGACAUCACGAUCAAGUCUUCUCUCAGUCUCUAACCAGUGGGCUGGAGAUGAUGAGCUGGAAGGAUUUUCCGGGUAUGGCAGGCUUGCUCUGGAGAGAGAGGAAAAACAGAGAAGCAAUAAAUGAGAGAAACGACAGAAGAAGGGGGAGACGGAGAAUCAGCGGUCAGACUGGCAAGGAGACACAGACAUUAGACACGUAAAGUACCACAUAAAAGCUUCGACCUCGGCUGAACGCACGCAUUGACCAGAUCGAUAGAACUCUAUCAACCUCUUAUUAGAGCUAAAGGUUUGGAGUUACGGAGGCAAAACACUAAAUCUCAUCAAGAUGUUUCUCUUCAAGGUGGUGAAAAGACCAGAGGUAUACUAAAGCUAAUAGUGUAUGUCUCCAUAAAGUUGCUCGCUGCACCCACAGCCCAGGAGCUGUGUCAAUAAGUGUCAUAAUCAGGACUACAGAUGUCAUUACUGUUUUUUAUUAAGCAACGCCACAAUUAACACAUUAAAAUCGUGUUAUGUUUGCCUCACACAGCAAUGUGCGGCAUCGUGUCUUGGCAUGUCUCAUGGAAGCAGUUUUUCCAAUGAGAUUCAUAAGAUUAUUGUUGUGUUUGAGUCUUUGCUCUCCUGCUUAUUUGUUUGUACGUUAAAAGGCUCUGCCAAAAUAAUAUGAUUUCUCCAAGAGCAAGCAAAUUUAUUUUGAAAUUUCAAACACACAAAAUAACUUUACAAAUGAUUUUGCACGAUGAAACUAUGAGCUGAUAAAAUUGAUGAUAUUAUAACCCAAUUUCCUCAGGAGGAAUUUGGGUCAUUGCAGCAGCCCCUAUUGGCAGGAUACACACAUAUACUCACACAAAAAAAGCAGAUACUUGAAAAGGGUGAAUUCAGGUUGUUUAUGCCUAAAAAUGCUGUUUAUCAGAUACUUCAGUGUGACAUUUAUCAUUCCAGGUAAAAUACUUGCUUUAAUUACUGAUGAGUCUCUAAUCACACACAUCAAGCUUGGAAGUGCUCCACUUCAUUCUGCUUUGUAGCAGUGUGACUUCAAAUGCCACAUGCACCAACACAAAACAUGUUCCAGAUCAAAGUCUGACAUUUUCAGUCAUUUCUAAUCUAUCCUUCCAUAUGUCUAAACGCGAGUACAGCCCAUCUGAUUGUAAGUGGCAAACAGAUAUAGAUGUCCGUUCAGGAUCAAUGAUGAACAAAACUGCCUCUAAAUAAAAGUCUGUGAGAAAAUUAGACUCUUUAAACCGCUCUAAAUUUUAAUUUUAUAUGUUAGGUAUAUUGCUCUGUUUUGUUUGCCACCUCCAUUAUAGUGUUAUCUUUAUAAGAAGAUCUAAGAAGGAUAUCUUCUUUAAGAAGAAGAUAUAUCUUAAAAGCUGGAAGCUCUCAAAGCAGAGACAAACACCGGACUAAUGUUUGAAGUUUUGAAAAUGCGCCCGUCAGCACAUGUUGGCCCUUUAACAAUUGAAACUGUUGGCACUCAUGGACAGUCACCAACUCAUAUUGACCGUGACGAGCUUGACUGCUGUGCUUACAGUUCAUAUGUAUUCAGGAGCUGCUCUGUGUGACCUGGAUUGAGUCACCUUAAGACCUGAUGCCACCCUCUCCUCUGACAGCUUGAGCAGAUUAAAAAAAUGUCAUCUGGGGUCUUUAAUUCUCUUUCUCCUGACAGAAAGUGUAGUUGAUAUUUUCAGACACUUUGGAACUUCAGGUGUUUAUUUAACAUUAUUAAAUAUUAAAACUGAAUGAAUACAGCUUGUAAUGCAGGUGGACCUUCUGAUGUGGCGCAUUAACAACUGGGGCAGCUCUUUAUGUAAGACUUCCAUAAGCAUUUGUCCCUUUUUUGUGAAACUUGUCAGCUAGUUUGCUAAAAAAUAAAUAAAUAAAUAAACAGGCUUUAUUUUGCAUCUUUGUACAGUCUGUGCUGAAGACUGAAGGUGCAUCAUUGUUCUUGAAAAUGUCACUAAGAGCCUUAAAAUGUAAGGUCUCUACAUCCGGCACUAUCAAAGGGUUUCUGCUUCGGUGACCUACUGCUGCUAUUUUUACAGAUAUCUUGGCAGACCUCCUGGCCCAAGGACUGCCACAUUGCCUGGAAGCUCAUGAAGGGUCACAUGUAAUUGACAGCCUAGACUGUUUAUGAUUGGUUACCAUGGUAACUUUGAUUACCGUGGGCCAACAGAGCACGAUCCAGAGGUCACACGUACUUCAAGAUCUGUGUGGGUUUUUUUUCAUUACGUUUUUAUAUAUUCAUAUAUGUGUGUUUAUAGAGGAGAGAAAAUGAGAGUUUGAGAGAAUAAUUCCAAAAGCAGGCGACUGCGCGGAUGAGAGAGAAGAAGAAGUGUUGUUUGCAGAAGGAUAUUGCAGAUGAUGAUGAUGUUUUUCCUGAAAGAAACGGAGAGAAAAUGAGAGAACAAUCCAGUGUGUGUGCAAUGUAGACAGGGAGGACUGCAGAUGAGCGUGCAUAAGUACCUGUGUUUGCGUUUGUGUGUAUGAGUGUAUGUAGUCAAGCAGUUUGCCUUGGGAUUCGGACUAAGUCAAUUGUAGGUAAUUUCACUGCAGCUUAUUUCCAAGCAUUUGUCUUUCCCACCAGCAGCUACACCAGACACCAAAGCACCUGCUGCAACAAACUUUCACUCUUUCUCUUCCUCUCUCUCUACUUCACUGCACAAUUACCCCCCGUCUGUGUUUGUGUGUUAGAUUGUGUGUUCAAGUGUGUUCCUAGCAUCUUAAGCCUCACCCCUGACCUACAUGCUGUCAGGAAAAAGUAACACCAACUUGCCAGGAUUAAGUACCUCUGGUUUAUACCCCCCGCACUCUAAAUCUUAUUGGACAUCACUCCCUUCUUGUCAAUCUUGUUUUUCAUCUUUGCUUGUGUUUGCCGUUGCACUUUUCUUCCCACCACCCACUUUCCCAUUGCUGUCAUGCUGUCUUUGAUUUGCUGCAUGUGUCUCGCUCUCUCCCCCUCCCUCCAUCUCUAUAUUCAAUCGAAGUCUCUCACACCUCCGGCUGUGCAAAAUGAAUGGGGAGGAGAGAGGGAGGUAACCCUGUCAGCCCAGGGGGGAUUGAAGAAGAAGGUGAGGGGAGAGGACAGAUGAAGAUGGCGGCACAAGGAGGCGCAGAAGGUGGAGAAGGGUUAAGGGGCAGAGACAGCAUGAAGGAGAAAUGGUACAGAGCAGAUGAAACGGAUUCUUGAGUAUGAGUGCGUGUCAAAGGGAGAGGUGUAAAAGGCUUUUUUUUUCGAAGCUUUAGUCUCUACAAGUGUCUGAUAGAGUUUGUAAAACAAUAAAGAGAGUGGCACUGAAGAGAGAGAGAGAGAGAGAGAGAUGUGUUAAGAGACAUUAAAGAGGAAGCAGGGGAACGAGGGAGCUGAACACGCUGUCUGCCAGUAAUCAAUACACUCUGAAGUGUGCCUGAGUAUGUGUCAUCACAUCUACGAACACAAACAUAUCCACACACAAACACACACAUGGAGCCUUUAAAGACCAAAGGGAGUUUCUUGACAGGAUGCAGCUUUUUAUGAAAUUUGUUUAUACAUGCAGUGAUUUUAAUUUACCAGUUGGUGGGUUCAGCUAGUCUCAGCAUGGGCUUGUGUGUGUGUGUGUGUGUGUGUGUGUGUGUGUGUGUGUGUGUGUGUGUGCGUGUGUGUGUGUGUGUGUGUGCGGUAACAUUUGUGUGAAUUAGUGUGCAACCGCGUCUCUACAGGGGUAACAGAAUGCUCCAAUGGAUUGAGUCCCCUGUCGUUUCAAGGUGAGCCUCAUUCUUCAACCCCCAAUUGAUGGGCCUGCUUCUGGUGUGUGUGAGAGUGUGUGUGUGCACAUUUCACUGAGUAUGGGACUUGCUUUACUGCUCUGUAAUCACAUUGCUUCACUCAUUCACUAUCUAUCGCCCACUCACAGCUACUGCAAAACAUGCAGCACAUUAUUGCCCAUGAGGCUCAAAGCAUUCUGGGUGUUGUAGUCAGUAUAACUCUCUUUUUGUCUGGCUUCUUGGUUCAAUAUGACUUUAUUUCAAAUAUGUAUUAAACAUUAGCUUCCAUCUUAAACUGUAUAUUUAAACUUUAAAUGUAUAUUUCCAACACAUAUUUGUUUUCUUGAUGAGUUCCUCAAAAUAAGUUUUCUUAUUCUUUCAGGAAACUUAUCUUGAAAAAUAAAAUUUUCUAAGCACAUCAUUUCAAUCAAUAAAGUCCUUUUUCUGGUUUAUAAUAACGAGCCUCUCCGCACAGCCAGUGAUGAUAUAAGUGUGCUGAAAUAGUUUACAAAGAACAAUACUGACUAAAGAAGCUAUAAAUAUAUUUUAUAGCUACACCCUGAAUAGGCACAGAGCUGAAAUUACUUUGUGCAGGAAUGGUGCUGGUUUUAUUAAAACAAUUAGUUUAGGGAAAUAUGCUUUUACAUAAGUUAAAUGGCAUAUCUUGUUCCUCCACCCCCACCAGCAUGUGUUCGGAGUAAUUCCUCAGUGAUUGUGGUCAAAUUUAAAUGAUAUUUACUUGAGUAGAUUUCCAGACAAGUAGUUUUACUUCUACUUUAAAAAAUUCUGUAAAAGCAACUUAACUUUUGCUUACGUAGAUUAUUUGUGUACUCUCUUCACCCUUAGUGGUAAUGAGGGUGCAACAGAUCACACAUCUCACAGUUUGGUUUGGUUCACUAUUCAGGGUCACAAUCUGUUCAUUUUAUAGAUCAGCCAAAAAAACAAAGGAAAAAAUAAGAGGCAUUUCUAAUUAAAUUUUUCUACUUUUCUUUAAACCAUGACUCACUCUACAUUUCAAGGCACAACAAAUCUCAGCAUCGUCAUGCUUUCCAGUGACUGGACAUUCCCCAAAUACUAUUCUACAAAAGCCUUUGAAGGCCACUUGCAACCCUAAAUGUAAGAAUUAUUCUGAUACUGCUUUCACAUUUAAUUAUUCAAAGAGGUUACACUCCUCAAAGCGGGCAAAUCACUUUGCUCGAAUCAGCAGUCAGUUCAGCAUCGAUCCCUCCUCCUGAUGUGUGUUUGUCAGUGAUCCAGCUGUGUGCAUUCUCGUUUCUGUUUGAUAAAUUAAAUGCCCUUUACGGUAUUCAAUUGUCCCUGUUUCCUCACAGCAGUGUUUGUGUAAGUGGAUGUUUUGUCCCUCACCAGAGGCUCAGAGGAGGGCAGGACAAACAGACGCUGUUUGUACUGGAGUAUAGUACCGUGAAAGUGAAGCUGUCAGUCUCAUUAGCUUACUUCAUCUAUAAAUGUCUAUACAGGGAAACUUUUAAAAAGCUUUGGGCAUUGUGAUGUUGUCAGUUUUUUCCAGUAUGAUCAAAAGGAGCCUGUGAUCAUACCCAUUUUGUAGCCUAAACACACUAAUAACAAAACAUUGCGAGUAGAAUCAUCUACUCACUUAAUUCGUGCCAAUCUAGACGCGUGAAUGAAUAGUAUUUACUUGCUUCAUUCACACGUCAACAGUUAUUUCAAUGGUAAUCCCUGCUAGGCGGAAUCAAGUAAAGGAUAAAGGUCUUUUACGAUUUACCAGGUAAUCCGACCUCCUCACUUACUUGCCUCCAGACGAGCUCCUUUUUAUUCAGGUUUCAGUAUUCGAAAGAAAAGGUAUCAUUUUUAGAUACCAGUGAACAACAGUCCGUUUUCAUAUGUCACCCGGCAACCUUCGUACAGAUUAGUUAUCACGACACGAAUAUCUACUCAAAUUGAGACAUUUUCAGCUUCCACCGAAUUCGUGUCAAUAAUAGGAGCGUCUAAUUGUGUCUUUGCACUGACUUAACAUGUAAUUCAUUUGCGGAGUGGCGCUAGUAGAGAGACAGCUGUCUUUCUCAUGCUUGUAUCAGUUUGAAGCAGGGGCCUGUGCUUCAGGGAAACAGGAAAAGCCAGUUGCAGUCUGUGUACACCAUGAUGAAAAGCCCUCUGUACUUCUGUGGAUCACACAUAGUCUGAACAAUGAGGGCUGGUCUGAAGGAUGACCAACCAACUGUGAUCUGUGUGACCACAAAGCAGUGCCGAAUUAUCAUGGUGUACUGUACAACACAUCAGGCAGAAGGGAGCCUUUGAUAAUGACCACAAAGGAUGGGAAGAGUGCGCAGCCAUCUGCAGACUCUUUCUUACACUUUAAUUAGACACAACUGUAUUUUCAGGGACAGGGCACUUUAAUAAGCACUUAAACUGAAGAGCCACAAGCCGAGAAGGCUAAUGUAAUGUACAUUACAAAAGCCAAGCAUCUCAGCCAACCCUGCAUAAUCCGUUCAAGAAUUAUUUGGGGCUGAUUGUGUUAACCUGAGUAAUUGUAAGGGACUCAAGUGUCUCUCCAAAUCAGCUAGCGUGAACAAUGGAAGUGGUUGUUGUCCAAGAAAAUGAAUAAUGGGAGUAACUGUGUUCUACAUCAGUGGUUGCCAAACUUUAAAGUAAUUCUUGCCCAGCACCUCAGGCCUGCCGACCCCAAACAUGAUAUGAUUAAAGGAAAGUUAGCUGGCUCAGGCUCAGUCAUCUCAGACUUUGUUGGGCUUAAAUGUAUGGACCUCAUCAAAUCUUGUUACAUGCUUACUCUGUUGGUCACGCCGCUCCUUGAAGACACAGAGCCAGAGGUUUUUGUGCACACUUGUGUAUUAUAAAACAACAACAACAGGUUCAUGGAGAAGUCUUAGCCCCAUAGAUGCUUACGAGUUUUCCAGGCUCAUCUUUCUGAACCACAUCUCUACAGUCCAUUCUGUAUGUUCCCAUUUUAGUCUGGCUCUUUUUAUGGUUGAUUUAACUUUGCUCAUAACGCGCAUGAGGAUCAGGAUUAUGAGUUUCUGCAUCAUGUGCUUCAUUUUCUGAUGAAUACAAUGAGGAGUGAGUUUCAGGGUCACAGCUCAAGAUACUUGAAGCUAAAGCGUGUUUUCUUCAGACAAACUCCUCCUACCAGUUCUUCCCAACAUGUACAAAUAAGUGUCCUUGCUUGGGUGAGAUUACACAUUAGCAAGAAAACCACUCAUACAUCACUUAAAUCAUUAUCUGACCUGUAAGCAAAACUGAAGGCUCUGCACUUAUGCUUUGUAUACAUGGUCAAUAUGAACAAACCUUAUGAGUAAUACCUGCAGGUUUUUUUUAUAGUGUUUGAAAUAAUUAUUUGAAGGUCUUGCCUUUUCUGAAAAAAACACUCCUGAAGAUAGAAAGAGAAAAGUGUUGAACAGAGACGCAGAGAGAGGAAUUAGGAGCUGCCAAACAACCAGCCUGUUAUUAAAUUAGUGUAUUUCAUUUGGUGAUGGCUGACUGUUUAAAGAUAUACAAAUAAUUUAGAUAUUCAUCUAAAACAAUCCCUGCUGACAUGAAUAAUUAAGGAUGUUUGAACUUGUCUUAAGCCCACUUUUGUGAAUCUCGCUUUUCUCCAACAUUCAAAUGCUUUUUAGCGCUUUAACUUUGCAUGGGGCGAUAAAUAGGCCAUAAUUCAGAGCAAUGGGCUGUCAGAUGGAUCUCUGGGGGGAAAAGUCUGUUUGGUUGUAUAGAACAAGCUUAUUUACAACUACUUAGGUAGCUGUACGAAGACAGGGGUGAAAUAUGGAGACUGAGCUGAGAAUCGACAAUCCCAUCCCCCAGCCUAAUUUAUUUGUUUUGAACGCAAGAGGAUUUUAUGUUUGUUAAGCAGCAGACCAUGGAAAACAAUGAGAAGCUGAAUAUUUAUGAGACAUUUCCCACCAAAUAUUUGAUCAUGGGAGAUAAAAAGGAUCAAAAUGAAAAAUUAGAUUGUGUAAACCAACAGGAAAGUUAAGAGCGGGAGCUGGAGGACCAUGACCACUCACAUCUUUGAAGCGCCACUAAAACAGACUGAUUUGUUUGGCUCUUACAUUUUAACACUGCCCUUUUUCCUCCUUUAUCCCGUUUUUUUCCUCUCACCUCAUCUUUUAAACCAUCCUUUUCUCUCGUCCUCAUCCUGUCCCUAAUCUGGCUGUCCCCCUCUAUCAUCUCAUCUCGGUUCCCCUCUUCAUAUCACUCAUUCUGUCCACACGUCCCAUCCAAUCUCUCCAUCAUUAACCCACAAUCUAUCGCUCCUUCUCUCAUCUCUCUAUCCUACUGCCCCCGUCGCGCUCCCCGCCCCUUCCUCAUCCAUCUUCCUGCCCUUCUGACUCUCGAGUCCUUUUUUUGUUUCACACCAUCUCAUCUUCUUCUCAUCACUUGUUCACAGUCCGUCUGGUUAGCUGAGUGGUUCAAGUGUCAGUGAUUCACACACAUACACAUACACACAUAAACACACAUAUUUCUUUUGACUUUGUCACUCUCUCUCAGUCUUCCUUAACUUUUUCUCUGCAUCAUCCGUCAUUCUCAGAAGAAGAAGGUGUAAUUAAUACCAGAGUAGUAUAAUAUCUUAACCUAUGGAGGAAGUUUUCGGUAACACUUUAUUUGACGCCUAUCUCUAUAACCCAUUAUAAAUAUAUGUAUAAUGCGGUAUAAUUACGUUAUAGCACUGUAUAACUAUAGUUAUAAUCACUCAUAAAUGAUCAUAAUACUUUAUAGCAAUAAUUAUAACACAUUAUAAAGCAUUUUAUCAUGACUUGCAGGGUCUGGUAUUAUAAUGUGUUAUGCUUAUUGUUAUAAAGCCUUAUGAUAAUUAAUGAGUGUUAAUAACGAUAGUUAUACAAGUUUAUAAGCAAAUUAUAACAAAUCAUAAAUAUAUGUUUAAUGCAUUAUCUAUGUGGGCAUCAUCAGUGAGUUGUUAACAGUUAUAACACAUUAUGAUACCUGACCUUGUAAGACAUGACAAAAUGCUUUAUAAUGUGUUAUUAUUAUUGUUAUAAAGCAUUAUGAUCAUUUAUGAGUGUUUAUAACUAUAGUUAUACAGUGCUUAUAAUGUGGUUAUAAUGCAUUAUACAUAUAUUUAUAAUGUGUUACAGAGAUAGGCAUCAAGUAAAAUGUUACCAAGUUUUAUUACUCUGUAAUUUGCAUUAUAGGCCUGCAAGUUAUCUUCCUGUUGUUUUCAGCAUUAUUUCUGAUAUCUUUGCUUGCAUGCUUUCAUUAUAAGAAAUAAAACAAGCUUUGGAGGUCAUUUUACACAGCGUUCUUAAAUUCAGUCUGAAUUUUGUCUUUAAUUUCCCUGAGUUGGCUUAAAACAACUAGAUGAUUUAAAAAAGUAAUCAACUUAAGUAUCAAAGUGGGUUUUCAAUAACCAUAACAGUGGAGAAAAAUCAUGAGCACAUUAGAGCAAUCUAUAGAGAUCAGAUUACUACCUCAGUGAAUUUCUUCUAGCAUACAUUGGCUGUGCAUCGUUCACUCAUCCCAGGGUGAAAACAGACAAAUCAUUCUAAUGCAUCACAGAUAACCACAAAGCCACAACAUGCUCCCGCCACAGUCAAGCACUUUGCCUCCACUCUAUUCUAUUGUAUUUAUUCCCACAAACAACAACCUCUAUCAACCCUUCAUAUAUUCUCUGAGUAAACUGAUUAACAUUUUUGACGUGUUCAAUUUCUCUGGAGUAGAGUAAACAGUAAUCUUUCCGAAAAUACUCUCCAGCAAAUACAUGACAGAGAGUGAGGUGAUUCUCAAUCAGCUUUUUGACUUGUUGAAAUGUUUAACUGUGCCUGCAACGGACAAUUUUAUACUGUGACACAGAUACACACACUCCUAUUUAUCAGCACAAACUGUCAUUUUAAAUUGUUUUUACCUGAAGGGGUUACAUAAGUAGAGCACAAAUAGCAGACCUACUUCUUUCCUAUAUGUAGAUCCCUUUACUUAUGUGCUUGUUCUCCCCUCUCUCUCUCUCUCUCUCUCUCUCUCUCUCUCUCUCUCUCUCUCUCUAUCCUCUCCAUCUCUCUCUCUCUAUCCUCUCCAUCUCUCUCUCUCUCUCUCUCUCUCUCUCUCUCUCUCUCUCCGCCACACACACACAUACACAGAUGCUCAGGGGCAGCAUUAGUGUAUAAGAGAAGGGUUAUUGCAAUAUAAUCCCAUAUUAGAGCCACACGAGCUGUUCUGAUGAUUGGUUCAGAGGCUCUUAAUAGUGGUCGGUCAGCAAACACACACACAUAUGUAUGCACACGUACACACUCAUGCAUGAACUGUUGAAAGCGUUUUAAGAUCUUUACUGAAAGCAAAAGUUGUAAAGUGAUUGUAAUUGUAUUUAGUGCUUGGUAAAACAUGCACAAAAUAAGCGCCACACACACACAUACUAACCUCAAACACACAGACGUAAUCAUAUGCAUCAAAUCCCACUGUGACAGAUGGAUAGGAUUACUCACCUGCUACACAAACACACACAGACACACACAUACCCACACAUGUUCACUCAUAGUUUCGAUGCUGUGGUCACACUACUCCUUUUAACCAAAAAAAAUACACAUACUGAUGUCUCUCUGUAGUUUAAGUGUAAACAAAGCUACUGAGUUUGGAGGAGAGAAGAUGACCAGAUAAGCCAGAAGCUGCUGGGAUUUUAUUUGUUUGUUUGUGACGUGCGCUUAAACCUUGGGAUUUUAUCUAUUAGGCUGGUUGGCUCUCUGGCUCUUGCUUCCAUACAAUCACCAUUACCCCUGGUCAAAUUCUGUUCAGUGUCUUAAAUAUUGCAUGAGUAAGAUAAAGUAUAGGCUGCGGGCGACAAGGCUGUAGAAAUUCUUCAGAGGGUCAUCACAGAGCAUCUUUACCCAGAGGGAAAUAUUACAAGCUUUUAAACAAACACACUUACUGCAAACACAUCGACUUUCUCAUUCACUCACCUGUUCUCAGUCUCCUCUUUGGUCCACAUGCUUCUCUUCUAUUUCUUGUUCUCGGUGUCUCCUUCUGGUCCCUGAUAGUCCUGUACUCCAGUGUAGCGCUCUCCUCACACUCUUCGCCGCUCUCUAUCUCUCUCUCCGUCUCUUUCUGUUGCUGCUGAUCCUUGCAUGCUCACGGAGCUCAGUGAUCCUCCCUCCCUCUCUCUCUCUCUCUCUCUCUCUCUCUCUCUCUCUCUCUCCUCUCUCUCUCUCCCUCUUCUUUUGCUCCCUCCCUCUCUUUCUACUCUUUUAUUGUUUCAUUACCUGCUGCCCCUCCUCUCUUUUUAGCACUUUCAUAUUUCUUCAAAUGUCAUGUCAGAGCUAGUGUUUUUAUUGUCUGUCUUAUUUAUUCCCAGAUGUUGUUCUCCAUUUCUGUCUUCCUUCAUUGGUUAAUCCCAUGCCCUGGUUUCUGCUCAUGUGUGUACGGUGUGUGUGUGUGUGUGUGUGUGUGUGUGUGUGUGUGUGUGUGUGUGUGUGUGUGUGUGUUUGUGUGUGUGCAUUGACCCUGGCAUGGCUGUAGACCUAGAGAAACUUUGGCAGCAUACAAGUGUCUGCUGCUGGGAGCCAAGCCAGGACACAAACAAACACAGGCACACGAACACACAGAAGCACACACUCUUGCUUCGAUCAUUCACUUUAUUUAUAUCUUUGCUUUUUUGUGUGAACUGCAUCUCUUGCUCUCUCUCUCUCCCUCUCUCUUUCUCGCUGUCUUACUCUGUCGCUUUACCCCCCCGGCAGCUUCACCUCACUCUCUCUCUUUGAGCGGUUUUGUCGCCUGUCCUCCCUCUUCUUUGCCCCACUUCAGCCUCACACCACAGUACCCUCUCCUCUUCUUUUAUCUCCAUCUCUCAUCCUCAGCUCGUCCCCUCCAUGCAUGACUGUUCCACCUCCCACCCUCCUGCUAUCUGAUUCUCUUUCUUUCCCUGCUCCUGCACACACCAGCCGAGGAUGACACUGCUUUCUCUUUUCUUGAGGCAAAUGAGACAAAAAAGUGAGAUAAAUUGACAAAAAGUGAGAUUAAAUGCUGCGUGAUAUCAGGUUCUAAUCAAGCUUAAUUACCCGCGCUUUGUGCGCAGCUGGAAUUUGUGUUUGCAAAUUAAUUUCCUUGUCCGUCAUGCAUCAGGAAAGAUGAAAAUAUCCUUCUGUUGUUUGUCUUAGAGGAAAUUCUAAAUUUUUAUUUGAAGGUAAAAUUAGGAGGUAUUAAAUUCAGGUCGAGUUUUAGCGAGAGAAAACGGUCGUGAAUUAGAUCUACAAUGACGAAGUAGAUGUUCUUAGAAAUGGACUACAGCUGUUUGUUUCUAUGAGCACAAGGCCUUAUGUAACUGCAAUCUGAGUUAUGAUUGCCAGGUAGAGUGUGUGUGGAGUGACUAUGUCCAUCUGUGUGUGUAUGUGUGUGUUUUAGUAACAGUCCCUUGCUGCAGCGUCCACGCCGUGUCCCUUUCUGACCCCUCCCCCAUCUUAAAAUAACCGGUGAUGUAUGCGCCAAAGCAAAGUGGUUGACUCACCUUGCGUUGUGUUUCAAGUGACCUCUGGAGGGACGAGCAUUGAGGUGUGUGUGUGAGUGUGUGAGUGUGUGUGUGUGAGUGUGGUGGUUCACAUUACGUAAGCAGCCAGGCGCAAGUCAAGUCACACAUGAAGCCUGCACAACCAUCAUACCUGUGGACAAAAACAUUUGUGUGGCACCACUAGAGCCAUCUGCCAGCUCAUUCUUAACAAUUUCCACUUGGUGUCAGAUACAGUAAAUCAAUCACAGUCCUUUAUUUAUAAAUGGAUUCUCUGGGAUGACGGCACAGGAGGGCUGCAUCAGCGUAUUUGUUCACCAGGGAGACAGUUUCUGUGAACAGAGGGUCUGUUGUUUGUGAUUUUUCUUUUUUUUAAUAAGAGCAUUCGUCAUUCAUUGGUAAUAAACCUGUGUGUGUUUCCUCUACAUGCCACCGUCUGUUUACAUUCCUUAUGCUAUACACUACGUCACACUGGGUUGCUCUUAGUCACACUCCUGCAUGCUGUGGUUGUUAAAGCCCCCUCAGAAAAGGUAAUGAAUCGAACAGACUGAUUCACCAUGUUGAGUCAGUCUGAUGAUGCCAGGCCACAGAAACAUGCAAGGCUGACAGCAUGAGAGAGAUUUACUGAAGCUGUGGCAUUGCAGGGAUUUUACUUUGGAGGGGAUGAAAAGAGAAGCAUGUAUUUGCCUGUAUUUCCCCUCCUUUUUUUUUUUUCCUUCGUAUAAUUCCUCUAUCCUUGACCUCUUUUCCUCCCCUGCUCUCUCAUCCUUGCUUGUAUCAGCUGAUUGUAUGUCUUUGCACUUGACAAAAACACACAUUCUGAGGACACGUUGAUCUGUUUUCUGGUCAUGUUCACAUUCAUGCUGACAUGCAAACACAUAAACAUCCCUGUCGCCACAUUUUGUCUCCCCUUAGACAAACACACAGCCACAUCAUCCCGACACACAACAACAACAACAACUCAAAUUACACCUCCACACGAUCCACCUCUCUCUUACAGCAACCCGCUACUCCACAGCAUCAGCCCCCGGGUACCAGAAAAUGCGUGUAAUUGAGUGUGUGUGUUUCGUGUAAUAGAGGGGGGUCAAAGAUGAGCAUGUGCCUGUGAAGAAACAGUGAGGAACACCGGAGGCUGCCAAAGAGACUGUGUUUUUGAGGUCUUUUAUUUUGAAAGAUGAUGAAAAAUCACAGUUGAGAGCAGUGUAAUGACAACUCACCUGGUGGGACAUCUCAAAAGAAGAGCGGGGAUAUGAAGAGAAAAAGGAAAGGGGUGUGAGAUCGGCACAGGAGGGACAUGGACCUGCUGUUAGUCAAGUUCUGUGUAAAGACACUGAUGGGAUUGCAGGGGACUUACAGAAUUCCCAAGUUUCCAGUCGUACUUACUAUGUUUUUCUGACUAACUGUCAAAUAUCACUUCAAGGUAUUUUUUAAGAGACUAAUGUCUAAGCAGAUAAAACAGAGGUUUUACUUCCAGUGAGCUAAUAGUCCAAAAACAGGGUAAAAACUGAGCACAGUGUUAAAAAAAUAAAAGUUUCAAUAAAAUGUACAGAUGGGAAUCAUAAACAGCCAUCAGUAAAACUCAUAAUAGCAAACCUACAAAAUAACCCUUUUCAGGCUGUUAAACUUUUGUGAGUCAUUAUCAAGCAAUUUUAUCGACAUUAUGUGGUGGUAUUUUUCCAGCAGCUUUAAAAAAUGUAUCUAAGAUGGUUACAUUCAGUAUGUUUACAUGCACAGGGAAGUCGUGCUAUGGUCAUAGCUAACAGGAGCAUGUCUGCUAGAGUAGUUGGCAACAUGCUCCCCUUUCAGCUUGUUACUAUCUGGUCGUCACCCAUUUGAUGUUUUAUGUACCAAAACUGUGAAAUGCAUUAACAAGACGCUAACAGGAUGGAUGUGUAACAAUGAAAACACUGUCACUUUCACAGAUCUGUGCUGUUUGUUAAGAGAGUUUCAUUUUUUUUUUUAAUUUACUACCUGGCUUCCUUGUGCUAUUUAACAUCUGGCUCAGAGCCUGGCGUGCGAACACUGCAUGGGGCAUGCGCAGAACUCUUGGUUUAAUUACCGUUUGAUUGUGCUGUUUACGUGACAGAGAAAAUCAAUCCCCAUCCACAUUUUCUAGUUAUGUUAGUAUGAAUAUGAGAAGUUUGAUUUAGUGUGAUUUCAGUCUGAGUGUGGUAAUGGUUGGACAUGGUCAAAUAAAAUCUUUGCAAUGGAGGAAUGACCUUCAUUUUGAGACUCAAAAGAGCAACCUUUGCAAAAACACGGGAGAAAUUGACAGUUUUUGUGACGGAGAAGGACAGUAUUACCUUCCUCUAACCCUCUUUGAUCAGUGAUGGACUCUGAAAAGAGGUGCAUCAUUUUCCAGUUGAGGUGUUCCCACUUUAUAUUUUUCUGUGUUGUUGCUGUGUGGUCAUACUCUUUGUCUAUGUGUAAAAUGCCAACAUGACUGAAGUUCCUCUACAACAAUAGAUAUCAUUGGGGAGGUCCAUAUCUGACCAGGAGUGCAGGCUAACAUUUGUGUUCCUCUUCAGUGAUUGAUCUCUUCGCCUUGGCUCCAACAGUAUUCAGAGUAUUCAUAGGAAUUCCGGCUCUUUAUAGUGAUCCAGAUCAUUUGGCUCAGGUAAGCGAUAACAGCCCACUCCUUCAGCUCCCAAAUGGCUCUACAUAGAACCAUUUGAGUGUGCCUGUGGCCAAGCAGUGUGAAGAGAAGAUCCUUAUAUUCUAUGGUGUAGUAAAUAACAGAAAAAGGGGAAAAGAAACUAGCUCUGAAAUGGAAACUCAUAUUGUUCACGGGCAAGACCUGGUUCUUAAAGCUGAGUCACACAUCACGACCCAAGCAUCCCGAGUAAAGAGUACUGGCAUAUACAGUCAAAUGGGGCUGAUUCAAGUAAACAGAUGUGCAUAAAACUUGACAUAAAACGAUCAAAUCACGUCCACGUUAAUGAGUGGAGUCAGUGAAUGGUGUGGUGUCAUAUAGACUAAUGUAUAUACAGUAAUAUGAAUAAGUACUUAACAAGUACAGUAAGAACUCACUUUAAAGCACUGCCAUGUAGCCCCUCAGCGGCUGACAGUCAAAGUGAGGAAGAGACACUUCUUACUCUAAGACAUGAACCUAUAGCUCCAGAGUGGGCGGGUUGGAUUCAGUCAGUUUUCAUGUGACAAAGAGUACCAUCUACAUCUGCUCUAUAUGAAAACUAUUCAGAAAAAACAUUCAUCCUGAAAUAAAAUAGAAUAAAACUGCUUAACUUGAUGAUGGUUGAAAAGAACCUUUGUAAGGAAACUGUCGAACUGUAAGACUUGUAAAAACAUAAUUUUAGCCAUAACUGAACUGAUCCCACAAUAACCCAUACCUGUGAGGUAGUUAUACUGAGAUAACGAGUCAUAAUUAUGGAAGUCAUGUGACUUAUUUAAGUCAUAUACUUAUGCUGCAUUCCAGUUGUCCAGGAUGUCGGAGCUGGGAAUGACGUUACACCCGAGUUGACAGCGUUCCGGUUAACAAGUCGGAAAACCAAGAUGGACGCCUACUGUUACCCAUUGUUAGCUGUUGUUUUCAAUUGUCAGCUGUCGUUUGCCUUGUCAGUUUUUGUUAGCAGUUGUCAGCGGUUGUUAGCCGUACCAGUUGUAAACAUCUCAUAACACAGUAUUUUACUCUUACAAACACCAUAGCAUGUGUUCACAGUUAGACAUUGUGCAGUACAACAUAUACCACUUAUUUAAUAUCACAAAAACAAAACAGAAGUGCUAAUAAAAGAUACAUUACAAGAGCUUUCACUGUUACUCUUUACUGUUGAUGCACUGUGCUGCCAUCUUGGAAUAUGGCGUUGUUGUCGAGUCAGGGUUGGUGAGGUUUGAUUUUUAACAAAAUACACCAUGAAUUUUGGAGUUGUACUCCAGUGAGGUAAAAUUAUUCACCUCCAGUAAUGGUGGUGAACAGAAAUGGGCUGGUCUAAAUCAUGAAACUCUCAGUCUGAAAAUGAGUCUCACUCUGGGCCUGUCGAGUGCCACACAUUUGAAUAAAACAUUUCCUUGUGUCCCUUUGACGGAUUAAACUCUACCUCUUUAUGCAUUUAAAUUAAGUCUGUCUGUCAAAGUUAAUGCUUUAAUGCGCUGUCUCAAUUUAAAAUAAAUUAGAUGUUAAUUAUAUUUAAUUGCAUCGCUUGUAUCUUAGUGUUUAUCCCACUGGGCAUCUCUUGGGGUUUAUGCAUUUGAAGCAGGGAAUUUGACUUAUAACUUAAGGUGUGCCUGUGUAACACUUCAAGUAUAAAGUGCAGCUUUUUUUUCUCUCCUUUAAACCAAAGUUUAAAGUAAGUAAUGAAAUGCAGUCUUGGUCUGUUGAGUACAGUCAGGCCAUUUGUUGCUACAGCCUUACUUUGACCAGCCGUUAAUAGAAAUGUCACAUAAGUCUUACUGUGUCGAGGAACUUUAUGAAUACACCAAACACUCUUCUGUGAUCAAUAUUGAUGCUGUUUGUUCAUCUGCAGAGGAGUUUAAUGAACACUGCAGCAUCCGGGGGCUUCAUGAGUAUUUCAUGUGGUGCAGGUGCCUCUCCAGAUAACUGCCAUUUUGAUGCAACUCUGAAAUUACAGCUCCUGAUACAUUAUUAAUGGGAUUGGUCCGAGUGAGAGAUAACUGAUAGAUAAAUGGAGUGACAGUGAAGGAGGGGAAAGACAGGAGAGAAAUCCCAGAACUCACCAGCAUCUGUGUUCUGUUUUGUCAGUAAUCUCUUCUCUGUUGCAUAAGGCUUUCGCCCCAACAAGCCCUGAGCUCUCUCUGCAUCUCUGCCUGCUCAACACACUGCAGAUGUCAGUAAUUUUAAUAAGGACAACACAUAUUUGCCUCCUGUAUGUCUUUGCAGGUCAAGAAAUGUGUUGAUGAAACACUUUGGCGAGUGAGGACACAGGCAGCUGAUGGUCGAUAGUUGGCCCUCUGAGGAUUUGAGUGUCUGAGAUGGCUUUAAAGUAAGAGAAAGUGGAAGUUUCUCACCAAUUAGUCUGAAGUAGGGCAACACAACAUGUGGCUGCAUGCACAGCAGCGCACACACACAGACCAGGAGAUAAGAACCAAACCAAAGAGAAAGUCUAGUGUAUGUAAAUGUGUGUAUUUCUAAUUUUAUCACUGAUUAACCAUCAGGCUCUGAGGAGGAAGGAGGCUGAGAGGGAACAUCAGAGGUAGAACUAAUGAUUCAGAGUUUGUUUUCUUGUUGUGUCUGCCUUUGGGGAAGUUAUUUUCGGUUUUCUGGUCAUUUGCUUUAGUAUAAUUACUGAGGAUGUGCAAUAUGGAUUUUCUUUAGCUGACAUAACCUAUGAUUACCUGCCCUUAAUGCCUGAUACAGGAAAGAUAUCCAAUGACUCAAAUAUUUGCAACUCUAGCAAAGACGGAUGGUAUCAUUAAUGUCUGUUCAUAAUUAAUUGACUCAUUUUACAUGCUCUACAUCUUUUAUAAAUACAAUAUUAAAACUCUUGCUAUUAUGUCAGGAAAACUUUUGGUAACAGGAGUCUAUAUUAGCUGAAGUAAAUAGUUAAGAGGCAACCUCAUGACUUACUCAUGCGUGAGUUUCACAGUGUAAUUCUCCCGGCACUUUUAGGGGAAACUCUGAUGGCGAGAGAAGAGAAGGAAACUGAGAUUAAAGGAGGGAGUGUGCUGACAGGGUCUCUGGUGUCACUGCAAAAAGGAGGUUGGGUAGAGGAGGAGGAGGUUUUACGCACAAAACCACACAGUACUCAUCCUCGGUGACGCAUCUCUGUAAUAAAGUAUCGAGUCCAGCUGGGGGCACAUCUUUAAUCAUUUGCGCGUCAGUGUGCGUCUUGCUGUUGGGUAUAUUUGCUGGGAAAUCGUGAGUUACGCCUGACUCUUUAUUAAUGCUAGAAAAAGUGUUUAAAUUAGAAGGUAGAGAGGAAAAACCCCACACAUACGUACAUGUUCACACAAACACACAGCUCGUUUUGAUCAGAUGUGCGCUGCCACCACAUGAGAAGCUCUUCAUCUUUCAUCUUCAAUUAGCCAUCCAUCAUCCUUUAUUUCUGUCACGUUCCCCUCUUCUGCCACUGACUCGAGAGGAUAAUUUCACUCAAACCCUGGCGUAAAUACCUGUGCAUCUGCCACGUCUCUGUUGAAAAGGUUUGUGAACUUCAUGCCAGCAAUUAAGCCGAGGGAGCAGAGGAGAAUCAAUCAGAAAACAUCAAUGCAGAUGCAGAACAAAACAAACUGACAGAGACGCUGUACUGGGGGAUAAGCCAAAACACCCAGAUGCUCACUGGAUAUUACCACUGUGGUCUUUACCAGUCUGACUGGUGUCCAUGUGGCGCCCUGACCCAUUUCUGGCUUCCCCUGCUGGCUCUCAUUACCAUCAGUAUAAUACGUGUAAUGCGUUCAUGAGCAGUUCAAGAAAUUAAAACGAAAAUGGAAAAUAAGGAGUUGGGAAAGUAAAAAGAGAGAAAAACUGAUUUAACAGACUUUUUUUUAUUGAAAAUCGUUUUCAUUUUCAGCAGCUGUUGAAAUUAUUUUCUUCUUUUGCUGAAAAGCAUUCAAUUAAAGUUCCUUUGAAGACCUUCAUUGCCUUUUGUAAGAAACAUAGUGGAUGCAUAAGCACUAAUAUCAGUUUGUUUUAUAACCAGAGUUUGUAUAUAGAAUGGACGCCAUCUGCCUCCUUGCUGGGUGAAGCCACUCCGAGAACAGCACCCUCUGUUGACGGGCUGCAGUAUAGGUCAUAAAUCCCGCCUCCGCCAGCAAAGCUUAUGGAGCUGUGGACAAAGUUUAGAAAUUUAUUACACAGAAUAUAGAUUUUUCUCCCCUCAGCUUGUGAUGUUGACAUGUAGUUACUGUAAGACUGGUAUGUGCUUAGUUUGAGCUGGGUGUCAUCACAGCAACUCUCAGCGACUCUCCUGCCGAAUGCGCACAAUGCUACUGCGCAAUGUUGGUUUCAGGAAAUGGAGAGAAAAUGCAGAAUUACCGAGAACUUUUUCGGCUUCAAAUUCGUAUACUGGCGGAACCAAGUUGUCCAUAGUAUAUAUAUAUAGACUAUGUUUAUAACUCACAAAAGAAACAAAGAAAUAAAGAAUAAUAAAGAAAACAUAAAAUCUGCCCAAAUUUGAGAAAGAUAAGAACCCCAACUGCUUUUCUGACCUUUCCGUUUCCAAGAGCUAUGACAGUGUCAUUUAUAUGUAAUUUACAGCAUGCAGUCUGUGUCCAUGUUCGUGUCAUUGGUUAUUUCGUCCCUCUCUUGGGUUCAGGCUUUAUCGUUCUCUUCCUUUUCUUCUCCUUUGUUGGAUGCUGCACCUCUGUGCCCUCUUAUCAGCCUCUGUGUGGGAGGUCCACACUAAAUUUUCCAUGAAUUCUGUGCUUUAAUCCAGCUGAAGGAGUUUCUUUUAGCAUGACUAGUCUUAACAUUCAUUUUGAGCUUAGACUGUGAUUUGAACUUUCUUUUCUGCUAUCCUCAUCUUUUAUCUUUUCUCGCUACUCCUUCUGUCUUUCGGCUUGCCUUCAUUUUCACUUUUCAUCCUAAAUUCUCCCUGUUUCCUCUGUCUGUUGCAGAGUUUUUGUGAACUCGAGGGGAGUCAUUUUCACAGUGAAAUGCUUACUUUGAGCAGUUACUCCCUCAUUAAAAACUCUAAACUUGUGAUGUGUAAAAUAGACUCCAAAGUUAAAGCAGAGUAAUAUUUAAAGAUGACGUUUUUUUGUUUAAAUCAGGACAUGUAUUGGUUGUGUUUUGGUAUGAUCUGACAGGUUUUUCAAGACAAUAAGAAGCUGAAUCGUUUCCAUUUCAUUACCCUGUCCACAUUGAGCACACAUUGAGUAUCUUGAAGAGGUUUUUCUGUAUGGUUACACCCUUUUCCGCCACAAUAACCUUUUGACAGCUUUUCAUUUAAACACAGUAUUGUACAACAGUCUGAAUUUAGUUUUGGAAAUCAUACCUUAGGUAGUAGUCCACAAUGUAAAUCAUUGAAUAAAAUUAGAAACUAGUGAGGCUGCCAGAACUUUCUGGCAAUUAUAAGAUGUGUUCAAAAUAACUAUGCUAAUCUGUGAAUAUCUUAACAACCUGCUUAUGCAGCAUCUCUAAAAUAACGACAGAUUGCUUCGAGUGCUGCCCCGCUGUUCCAGGUGUUGCAGGCAAUAUCUCACGAGGCUGAUCAAAUUAGCAAGUGACAGAGCAGGUCUGAGGUUUUCUUUAACAUUCAUUUUUGGCAACCUCUGAAACAAAUUACAUUAAGAGAUUUAAAUGUCUUUGGCUUAAGUUGUAGUACUUAGUUUAAGAGCAGCUGCACAGAACGUGAAAUGAAAUGGUGUUUCUCUCUCUUUCUCUCUCUCUCCCUCCCUCCCUCUCUCUCCCUCUCUCUCUCUCUCUCUCUCUCUCCCCUCCUGUCUCGCUCAUGUUUUACCUUUGUAGUCCAGGGUUGUGGCCUGCAUGACAGCUAUCCUCAGCCAGAUGGAUGACCAACACUAUGUUCUAUACAUCGAAACCUUCACUGGGAACUCGGAUCUGGUGGUAAGCAAAUAUGUCUCUUAAACACACACUGAUGGUUACAGACAUUUAAAAGUAAGUGCUUAUAAAUACUCAAACCUUUGUUUGUUUUUGCCCACAGGACUUUCUGAUGGAGUCCUUCCUCCUUUUUAAGGACUUGAUUGGGAAGCAUGUGUAUCCCUCUGACUGGAUGGCCAUGAUUAUGGUACAGAACAGGUACAGUACACCCCAGAGCAUCCAGCAUCCGCCGGCCUGCUUUUCUCACCGAACAGGCCCCAGCAUGACCUCAUAUUGUGACAUUGCGACUUUGUCUAUGUGAGUUAUUAAAAACUGUUGACACCCACAGAAACCCACACAGGGAAAAGUUAAAGAUGGCAAAGCCGGGAUCAGGACAGCAAAAAGCUGAGGUGGCUAGUGUGCGUCUGUGCUUGUGUGUGUGUGUGUGUGUGCGUGUGUGUGUGUGUGUGCGUGAGCAGAUGGGGAGAAUGGCAGUAGUGAACUUUUUGUGAUAUAAGCUGUAAGAGAGGCUACAGCUGUGUUACAGAGAGAAGAGGUAAAUAGGUGAAAGUGAGGGUGAGGGAGAGAAAAAGACAGGUGGAUAAGUAGUCUGGGAUUUGGGCAGAGAUGUGCAGGUAGAGAGAGAGGAAUCGAAAAAUAAAGGAGGGAGAGGAGUAAGCUCUGAAUAAUGAUGACAGAUAGUGCUGGAGCGGAGACACAAGCAGCAGAUUUGCCUCUAAACUCUGGAAAUAUACAAAGUCACAACUUACUGAUAUUCACUUGUGAAGUUGCUGUCUUGAUCUGUCAUCGUGACAGAAGUUUUGUAUAUGAAGGAAUGGUAGAAAAGCCAUAAAAAGCUAUGAGUUAGAGCAUCUGUCAUACCUUGAUAAACAACAAACAAGUUGUACUUGUGAUCAUUGUGGAGGUGUCAUCACUUGUAUUUGUUUUUAGACAUAACUUUCUUCCACCCUAAGGUUGUUUUUGCGUUUAUUUUUACAACCAGACCAUUGCAUGAGGAUUUUUUUUUUUCAUAUUUUUCUUAUUUCCCUUGGAACCAUUCUACUUUGCUGGUAUAUUUUAUUUGUGUGUAUAUGAUAAAUGUCUGUGUUUCUUUUCAUUAGAGUGUUCCUUCGAGCCAUCAAUACCUACGCAGACACAAUGAACCAGAAGUUUCUGAAUAAUGACGACUUUGAAGUGCAGGUGAGCGUGUGUAUUUACAGGCUUUCUCUGAUAUUGAAGGUCUCUUUUGUCUUUCUUUGUCCCACUUCGAACUGUGAUUCAUAUGAAUUCUUCUACAUUACUCCCUUUCCUCCCUGCUCUGUCUAGUUGUGGAAUAACUACUUCCACUUGGCGGUGGCCUUUAUUACCCAGGAGUCCCUGCAGCUUCAGCACUUCUCACCAACCAAGAGGAACAAGAUUCUGGCCAAGUGAGAGCGGGGCCGUAUAAUGUCCUUAUUUACCACACCUACUCCCCCUGCUCAAAUGAAACACUCAGUGAUUUGUCGUCUACUUUGGAGUCUGCAUUUACUGUUUACACUCCCACUGCCUAUUAAAACCCCUUGGUGCUCGUAGAUACACGUUCAAUUGAGCUCAUGUUGGGGCAGAUUAGAACAGCGUUAUCUUUUCCACUAGCCUGAUCAGGGUCUGCAGGGGGGAAAACAAUAUUGAUCAAGACAUUGUUUCCAGACUAAGGUGCUAAUUCUUUGUGUUUCUCUGUGUCUGUGUUGUGUUAGAUACGGAGACAUGAGAAGGCUCAUCGGCUUUGCUAUACGAGAUAUGUGGUACAAGCUAGGUAAGAAAUCGGGUUCGCGUAAGUGUGGGUUACCCGACAACACUUGGGUGAAAAAUGUGUUUUUACCCUCAUUUCAACACACCCACACAUGUGCCGGUGGAUGCGGGAGUCCUUUCACCUUGAGUUUGCAGUACAGCCAGGGGAAUGUGCCGGUGGAAUUUGUUUUCUGCACGGCAUGGAAAUAAGGGCCCACAAUGUCAACACUAUUUUGCAUGGACCAGACCUCAGGGUUACUUAACGUAUCACUUUUAAAAUCACAUCCACAGUAUCCCUGGGUAGUUGGUGGUGCAUUUUGAGAAUGUAGGGUUGUGUUAUGAGAAUAAAUGUGAAGAGUAAAACACUCCUUCCUGAUGGAAAAACUGACUGAAAAUAGAUGUUUCGGUAACACUUUACUUGACGCCUAUCUCUAUAACGCAUUAUAAAUAUAUGUAUAAUGCAUUAUAAUCAUGUUAUAGCACUGUAUAACUAUAAUUUUAAACACUCAUAAAUGAUCAUAAGGCUUUAUAGCUAUAACCAUAACACAUUAUAAUAACUGAACUUGUAAGUCAUGAUAAAAUGCUUUAUAAUGAGUUAUGAUUAUUGCUAUAAAGCAUUAUGAUCAUUUAUGAGUGUUUAUAACUAUAGUUAUACAAGUUUAUAAGCAAAUUAUAACAUAUCAUAAAUAUAUGUAUUAUGCAUUAUCUAUAUCGGCAUUGUCAGUGAGUUGUUAACAAUUAUAACACAUCACAAUACCUGACCUUGCAAGUCAUGAUAAAAUGCUUCAAAAUGUGUUAUGAUUAUUUCUAUAGAGGAUUAUGAUCAUUUAUGAGUGUUUAUAACUAUAGUUAUACAAAUGUGAUUAUAAUGCAUUAUGCAUAUAUUUAGAAUGUGUUAUAGAGAUAGGCAUCAAGUCAAGUGUUACCGAUGCUUCAGUGCUGACAGUCUUGUGACUUCUCGCUGAAGACAGACAUAGAGAAGUGGGCGUAGAUGGGUCAAAUAUAAUUAUUGUAAUUACAUUUAAAUCCCAUAGGAAGUCACAAGAUCUGCUUCAUCCCUGGAAUGGUGGGUCCAAUCCUGGAAAUGACUUUGAUCCCAGAGGAAGAGUUGAGAAGGGCCACCAUUCCCAUCUUCUUCGACAUGAUCACCUGUGAGCACACACACUCUGGAAACUUCAGCAAGGUAAAAACACCCACGUACCAUAUGCCAGAAACAAUGGCACACUCAGACAUUGUGCUCCUGCAUGAGUUCCCUGGGAGAAUACAGACAAAAGUAAACUCAUGACUUUGACUCUUUGUCUUCCCUCUUCUUCUCUUUUCUUUUCUUCCGCAGUUUGAGAAUGAGAUCAUUCUGAAGUUGGACCAUGAGGUUGAGGGAGGGGGAGGAGAUGAACGAUACAUGCAGCUGUUCGAGACUAUGUAAGCAGAAGUAUUAUACUAUACAGCCAGUAACACCUGAUGAGUGUUUCCAAUAACAUUUAUAACAUUUUCGAUAGUACUAAACUGUUAAAAUAGCAUGGGUUUGAAAACGUGGAAUCCACAGACUAGUUCAGUCAGAAACUGUUCAUUAUAUUUUGAUUACACUGUUGGUGUCAUCAGUGGGUGCACACAUAAAGCCAAUAAAAACAGAGUCAGAACUUUUGCUUUUGCUGGAGCCCUCAAGGUUGUUUGUGACAAUGCCUUCCAAGCUCUCUGGUGUACAGUCAUAUAAAUCCCACUUCACCAGAGAUAAACUGUUGUUAGAGUGCAGGUCAAAUAGAGUUAUGUCUGCGUGGGUGGAAACAAACAGAUCUGCAAAUAAAAAAUAAGCGGAUAGAUUUGUCCGGUUCCCAGCCAAAGGGUUUGAUAUGAAUAUAACUCAGAGUUAUUUUCCACAAACCGUCCAAACAUUUAACUCGUACUUAAGGUCCUUUGGCAAAACUCCCUACCCCCCCCCCCCCUUCCUGAAAGGCUGAAACUUCAAGUGCUGAGUGUUUAGUAAUUUCCUCCUUUCUUGAACUUGUUGUUGCCUGUCUGCCAGCCUGCUGGACUGUGCUGCAGAGAAAGCCACCUUGAAGCCACAGGUGCAGCACUUUGUCGCCUUGGUGAAGGGACUCCUCAUUCGUCUCCUUGACUACCGCACCGUGAUGAGUGAUGACAGCCGAAACAACCGCAUGAGCUGCACUGUCAAUCUUCUGGUAAGCAGCCGAGUUAUUGGCGUCUCACUCUUUGAAUUCCCGCAGCCUUAAUUAUCUUUAAAAAUUCCACCUCUGCAGUAAAGGUGUUCUAGUGGGCAUUUUUGAAGGCCACUUUCAGCUUGGUUACAAAGCUUGGAAAGAAGUGGCUUCAUCAAAUAUCUCCAUUUUGCUUUGAGCCUUUUUCCCAUUAGAAUUUCAUUAUUGUUUUGUUGUGUGCGUGUUUUACUGACCCCAUGUGAAUCUUUCAAAAACCCCCGUAUGCUUUGAAUGUGGCCAGCUUCACCACAGAUUUGCAUUUAUUGACACUGACCUUUUGAUUCACGCUCUGUGCUUUGUAGUCGUUGUAUUGAACCUCUCAGCAAAGAGGUGCUGAUCUCAGUCACACACACAGUGACGCACAAACACAUGCACAUCAUUAGAAUUAUUAUAAAUUGAAGGACAAAAGUAAGAAGAGAGAGUAGCGAGAGAGGUUGUUCCACAUAGACCUCGGGAAAUAAUCUCAUCCAAUGCAAAAGAGCCCAACUGAUUGAAGAGUUCAUUAAAAAACACCGGUUUUAUGUCUUGUCUUUGGUGCCAAGGUCUUUGUAAAUCUUUUCCACAUUUAAUUUGUGUGCUGAUUGAUCUGCAGGAAAACAUUCAUCUCUGUGUCUGGUCUGUGACUGUUUGCAGAGCGUUGCGUCAGCUUCUGUCUGUUCCACAUCCUUUCUCCUAUGUGAUCUUCUAAUCAGAUUCUCCCCCACAGUAUUCUCAGGUUCGGUAAUGGACCCCAUCUAGCCUCCCUUGAGACUGUCGCCACAGCAGAUUAGAUCAUAUAAUUCCUCUUCUAAAUGCUGCCUUCCUUCUUUUCUGAGGACACUUUUGGUUCAAAGUUGGAUAUUACAUGUUAAAUAAAUGCUUCAGUCUCUAACUCCACUGUGCCGUUUUCUCCCUGAGGACCAAAGGGUGCUCGCACAUGGCAGAGGUGUUAAGCUUGUUGCCUGUAGCAGCUGCCCAUUAGCUAGUCUCUUUCAUUUGUUUGGCUGACUAAAAAAAAUCCCCUCUGCUUGUGAACAAGCUGCUGUGCAGUCUCCUGCCCAUACCCCUCUAGGCUAAUUUCACUGAGGCACUGCACACACAUAUUCGCACACAAUCCCUCACAAGCACAAUCACAAGUAUUUGUUAUGCUUCUUCAUGCAAAUGCACUUUCAAAGAAGCACAAAUAUACAUUCUGAAACAUACAGCCAACACCAGGCUCAUGUAAAUGAAGCAAAAAGGAUUUCCACUAAAACUUCUAUCCUCAUGCUCACCAAAGCAUGCUUGUUUCGCAGGUAUCUCUACAUUCACAUCCCAUGUACCUGGAUUUUUAAUGGACGUAUAAGAGGAAGUUAAAGUUCCACUAAAGCUUGUUAAAUUAUUUGUUUUGGACAAUUUGUCCAAGUUGACAGCUAUGUGCAUAAGCAUCUGACCUUCAUAGAGACAGGCUGCUUCCUGCAGGAUAUUGGCUGAUUUACGAUAUAACCCACUGAUACAAACACUGAUGUAUCUGACCUUUUGCAGAAAAUAGAGCAACUACUUCUAAAUAUGCAUAAAGUAUGCACUGGCGGAUCUAAAAGUAAUUGAGCUCAUUUUUAUGCAUACUUGUGAUGGUCUUUGUAAGUAUGAGUGUGUUCGAGCGUGUUAUUGUGUCAUCCGGCUCAUGCUGGUGAUGGGAGGUGGGGUUACAUCAGUUCGUUCCUCUCCUCUGUUCUCUGUAGACGUCAUUAAACUUCAUUAAGCUGGGAGUUUGUGCUGCUAAUCUAACAAAUGCGCAUGCACACACUCCUACACAUUCACACAGCAAAGCAAUCAGAGGUCGACAGCAUUACACACACAUAACACAAACAUUUAGAGGAAUGCUUGACCACACAGACUCCGAAUUACAAACUUGCAGUCAGUGCAAAGCUUCAGAAUGAUUUGGAAAUCUCUCUCACACAUACACACACGCACACACUCUUGUAGACUGACACCGACUCUGUUCCUUUUCUUGAUUUUGCAGAACUUUUACAAAGACAUCAACCGUGAAGGGAUGUAUAUCAGGUACGUCAUUAUAUGUUGAAUUUGACACCAUAUGCAUUUAGUUAGUGCGCGUCUGUGUUCUAUGUGCAAAUAUGUGUGUGUUGGAAUGUGUGUACGUGUCUGUGUGAGUGUGUGCUGGUCCAUAAUCUGACAAGGGAUUAUAUGAGUCCCACUGAAUUAAUGUCAAAAUCCACAGGAUCAGCUCUUGGUCUGACUGGAGGGAGAGCAGAGGGGAAGAGAGGCAUGAUGGGCACGAGUAGAGGGAGGGAGAGGUGGAGGAAAACAGGAUGAGGAGAGAGCGGUUGUGGUUGUGGUGGUGCAGAUCCCGUCAGGUCCCAUGGUGCAUUUCUGUUAAUAGCUUAUAGACAUAAUUAGUUAUCUGAAAGAGUAAAUAUGAGCUUGGCUCUGUAGUUGAUCCCCUGCCUCCGUCUGUCUUGUGGAGAGUAUGGUAACAUUUGGCCGCCUCCAUAGUUAAUGUUGGCGAACUCACCUAGUUUCAUGUAAAUAGACAUUUAAGCACUCUCUGUCUGUUAUAUAACGAGCCAAAUGUUCGCUGCUACGACAGACCCUGCAUGGAUAAUAAACCCUAAACUAAUUAUGUUAUUGCAGUUCUUGAAUUAUGGAUCAUUAAAUUUGCAGCUCAACUGCCUACAACUAUUGGAAACGAUCCUGAGCAGCUAAUGCCACAUGACUACUGAAUAUCAACUCAUCCUGAACAUUACCAUUCAUUGAUCAAGUCAAGCACUUUGAUACUAAACCUAAGACUGACUAAAGAAACAGUGUUUUGAUGUCCCUCUCAAAUCAGAAAUAUCUUUUGUGCUGAAACUCACAAAAGAGUCCUGACACAUAUUUCACAGCAUGUCGUAAAACAGUGUUCAGAAAUAUAAUGAAACUCGCGGUGCUUUGAGUUUCCCAUGGAGAAUUCUGCAUUGUAGUUACCCGAUCCAAUAAAAAUAAACUGUCCAUAUCAAAACUCACUUCAUUAAAUGAAGUCAGUCCUAUUGAGCUACAUUAUUGGCUGAAAUAUGGAGAGAAGUGUUGAGAGGUGCAAGAGAGAGGUGAGUUACUGACACUGAGGCAGUAAUCUCAUUCCUGUGCCUGUAGCAACAGAGCGUGUGAACAUAUGUGAUCCGACAGUUUCCAAAGGUACUAAAACAUGAUUUUACUGAGAUGGUGUUUUACUGCUCUGUAUUAUUCAGAGAGUUUGUUUUGACGUAGUUAACACUUGAAACAAGAUUCAGUCUUUGAAAAGUCUUCUCCUAAAUUGGUCUUGAAAAGCCUGAGUCGACUUAUAACCAUGCAGGUCCAUCUUCUAUUUUGGCCAGGACAGUAUGCAGGACACUUCUACAAAAUCAAACUGACAUUUACAGAAAAUCUAAAUGGUUUCAUAAAACAGAACUCUCUUUUUCUAACUUAUCUCUCUCUUUUUUAAUGCUGUGCCUCAAAGACACAAAAUGAAACAUUAUACGGUAUCAUUUUAUUACCACCGCCUUUCCUGUUUGUGCAUAGAGCAGCUAAACAGUUCCUUAGUUGCUGUCCAAGAAAAUUAACAUUUUAUAGUAAACAUAAACAUAUGCUUACCCCGGGAUGUCUGGGGCAACUCGCUCAGCCAGAUGCCUCUGUGACUUGGCUAUGGGAGCAGAGGAGAAUAGAAAACCCACACUAACUUUUUAUUAUAACACACUGUGCACCAAAAGCCAUCCUUGACAAAGAGAAAUGCUUAUGUUACACCUUAAAAUAAUAUAAGUUUUCUACAUUUAUGGGUGCUACAUCGGUUGUGUUUACUGCAUAGUCUGCUCAGUCUUGAUAUAACCUUUAUCUUAGCUAAUUAAGGGGCCGACAUGACAUAGACUUAUGAUGAAAUGAAAUAUUUGUAAAUUAUAAUAUGUGCCCUAACCCUGUGGCAAAGAAUUAAGAUACCUUUUGAUUAUCUUGGCUCUGAAACCCCAUCACUUUUGUAACGAAGGAAGGAAGGAAGAGAAUUACAGAGUCAGAGGGGGUAAAAAAGAGAACAGGAAGUUUCAAAGUAGAUGAACAAGCACUCAGGAAAGUAAAAGAGGAUCUGAAUAUUUGUAUUUGUUGAUUACCUGAAAAAAACAGCAAACAAUUACAACAAAUACAGCAGCUAGUUUAAACUGUGAUUUAAUAUGAAACAAGGUGAGAUCAAGACAGAGAUAUGAGACUGAGAAGAAACAUUGGAUAUUAAAUCAAAUUUUAGUCUGACAGAAUUGCUGCCUGCACAUAUUACACAGCGGGGCUGUUUUUCUGCUCCUUCAUUAAUGCAAGCCCAACCUCAAACCAUGAUGCAGAACAUUUCCUCCAGACAGAAGGAGACAGAUAGAAGGAGGGAUCAAAAGUAAAAGCAAAAGAAGUAGUAGUUGGUUGUUCAGCAGCCCAGAGUCCAAAUUUUCCUCUUUAUCUGGCUGUGAAAACAGCACUGAGUCAUACAGUCAGUCAGCUCAUUUAAGACAGUCAUUUACUCGUGUUUUUGUGUUCUCGCCUUACAUAUGAUUACAUCUGCAUUUUCUACAUAUUUCAGAAAAACUAUGGGGGAGUGUGUGUGUGUGUGUGUGAGUGUGUGUGUGUAUGGAAUACAAAUUGAGCAACCAAAGAGUGAUGAAUGUCUUUGAGUUGUCUUCUAGUUGCACUACAGUGGCAUCUUGUGGAGGGACGUGUCUAUUGCAUGCAGAAUCCAUUUGACCUCUAUGACUUUGUGCGCUUGUGUGUAUGUGGUGUGUGUGUGUGUGUGUGUGUGUGUGUGUGUGUGUGUGUGUGUGUGUGUGUGUGUGUGUGUGUGUGUGUGUGUGUGUGUGUGUGUGUGCUUGUGUGUUCACAGGUACCUUUACAAGCUGAGAGACCUUCACCUUGAGGGUGAAAACUACACCGAGGCUGCAUACACACUGCUGCUCCACUCUCGCUUGCUCAAGGUAGGACUCUUAGGAAACUUUCGCACACUUCUGAGGAGAUAUCCUGUGGUUAAAUGUUUCCUCAGGGUCUCAGUCACCUAAUCACUUGCAGUAAAGGAAACAGUUUUUUUUAAUCAAAUGAAUAAUGGUUGCUAUGUCUCCAGCUUCUAAAUGAUGAAGCUGCGAGGUUAGUUUAUGGCACAGCAUCGGCCUCUGUGGCCUCAUCACUAUUGUGAUUGAUGUAGUGAGAGUGUGUGUGUGUGGAUAUGUGUGUGUGUCUGGGUGAGUUUGACCUCUUUUGUCUCUUUAUUUCUUUUAUGGGACACUCAGAGGCUCACAGAGACAGACAAAGGAAUAAGGGCAUCUCUUCCUCUCUUUCUCGACCUCUCUCUCCGUCUAGUAUCAUCACAUCAAAGCAGUUGAACCCUUUAAUGGUUUUUUAUAAUCUCCUCAGUUAUUUCCAUCCUCAGUUCUGCCAUCCUCCCUCCACAUUGUUGCAAAGAGCAGGCUGUCAUACAAAGUUUCCUCUAAUCCUAUUCCUAACCAUAUUCCAGAGCAGAUAGAACCGUUUUUCAAAUAUAAUUCACUUUUGAACGCUCAAGUAAGUUUCACAAAGAAUAUCUGUGUAAUGGAAUUUGUCAUUGUCUCAUUUGUGAAUUAAAUUAGCCCAUUGUUUCUUGAAGAGUGUGUUCAAGACCUUGACUGAUUUAUAAUAUCAAAGAAAAGCUCUAAGCUCUGCUCUCAUAUUUUAAUACCAUGAUGAAUGGACUGUAACACAACAGUUGUUCUGACUGUGACUUUUCUCUUUGUUUCACAUAGACCACAUCCAACAUAAAGAACUAAUGCUUCAUUUUAAUCUCCGUCCUGUUUUCCUUUAGUGGCUGGAUGAGAUGUGCAGCCCCCAGUUUGAGUCCCACGGCUCCCAAACCCAGCGGCAGCUCAAAGAAACGCUUUACGACACCAUCAUUGACUACUUUGAUAAGGGCAAGGUCAGCAUUUUCGAAGACUUUGAUAUAACUCUUGUUUCUUUUUAUUUGCUCUUAAAGAAUAAUGUGAUGUUUUGAAAAGUGUGCCUGAAUAAUCAAUUGUACUUUGAGUUUUCACCUUAGAGAUCGUACCCUUAGAAUUGCACGGCAGUAACCUUCUGUAUUCUUUCCACAAAAGGAUAAAGUGAACACAAAACGAUGCAAAAUAAUCCCUCAACUUUGGGACAGGCAUGAGAGGGUAAAAUCAGAAUUCAGUGCACAGUCCUUCAUUCUGGAGGAUGUGCCUUUUCUUUUCCACUCAGUGUCUGCUAAAGAUGAGACCGUUUUGCAAUCGUGCAGUCACAGUCUGUGAGCGGCACGUUGGUGUCACGUUAUCUUUUGUGUUCUCCAUGAGUGCGUUUUGUAUCCUCUGAUGCAGUGAAAGAGACAUUUCCCUCUACUCUCCAGAGUCCUGGAAACUGAGAUUUUCACAAACUGACUUUUCACCAGGACAGCUGUGGCAGAUUUAUUAGCAGAUGGUGUAAUGAAGGACAUGUUCUCUUUCCUUAUAUGUGUGUGUGUGUUUGUGUGUCUAGAUGUGGGAGGAGGCCAUCACUCUGUGCAAGGAACUCGCUGAACAGUACGAAAACGAGAUCUUUGACUAUGAAUUACUCAGCAAGCGACUGGUAAUACACAAUUAUUGUAUAUUUUUAUGUUUAUCUGUUCCCCUCGUGAGCUUUUCUUCUUUACACUUCUUCAGCCCUCUAGUUUGAAAUCUUUGUGUAGAUGUUUUGGUUGCCUUUGGAUAAAGAAGUAAAUUCUCACAAAGUGUUGGAUAUAAAUUUCCAGCUUUUGUGGAUAAAUAUAAAACACAAGUCAUAUGAAUUCUGGUUGAAAGUUUUAUUUAGGUCUUUUGGAAGAUGUGCACUUGGAGCAUAUUGUCUCCAGUAAGCUGUUACUUCACUUAAUUAGCCAUCUGCACUUGUACAUUACCAACAGCUUAGCACAAUAACUCAUCCCUCUUUAAAAAGAAAGCCUACUGUACACCGCCUUGACACAAAUUCUCUUCAAAUGAGGAAAAAACGUAGUUUGAGCUUCUGUAAUUACAAGAUGAUGCCAAAUAUUUGGCUCCUUUUUUCCAGCCAUCAGAAACUUUAAUCUCCUCAGAACCCUUCUCACUUACCCCUGAUCACAGCACAAGUGAUUCUCUCCAUUUCCAAAUCCUGACUUGUUCUUGAGCACCACCCUCUCCUCUGUCUCCCCUUCACUCAGCUCCUUUUUUCUCUCCCUAAAGAACAUGACACUUUAAGCAACGAUGAAAAAAAUCUCCCUUUAUAUGAGUGCAGUAGUCGCUCUGUGGGCUUAUGCUGAAUUUAUGUGGUUAUAUAAAUGACAGACAUUGCCCUUGGAUGCUUUGCACUUCAUUUUUUUUCUACAUCUAUCACCCUCAUAGGCCCGGCAUUCUGCUGAGGGUAGCUGUGUCAAUGGCACCAGAUGAUAAAACUGCUCCAGCUGCAUGUGGUGCACAUCUAAAAGUCUCCUCUAAAAACCACCCUCUGUCUCUCUCUGCAGGAGAAGCAAGCCAAGUUCUAUGAGAACAUUAUGAAGAUCCUGAGGCCAAAGCCGGACUACUUCGCAGUGGGCUACUAUGGACAAGGCUUUCCUCCAUUCCUCAAGGUUUUAGUUUGUCACUGUUGGUGGAGAGUGAUAGUGAACAGUGUGAUAGAGAUGAUAUUCUCACUUUGUACAGUACAGAUUCACAGUAUGUGCUAAAAAAACAAACAAACACAAAAGCAAGACUGAUCUCCUACUGUGUAUGGUACAUGAGGUGAAUAAUAUUCCUUUAUUCUUAAGAGCAGAGCUUUUCAAAGCUGCAGCAGUAGACAACUUUCCGAGCACAGGAGCAAGACUGUUAACAGAAUAAGAUAUAAUAGUACCUUAUGGGAGCAUUGUAGAUCUGUGGAUUUCAGCAAAUUGCAGAGUAAAAUAUUCCACUCUUGUUGCUUCUGUAUUCAUUAAAUGUACUCUAAAGAGUUUGACAAAGCCAAACUUCAGUGUCCCACUGGAGAAUGACAAAAUAUGAACUUAAGUGCCCUGCUGUUCACAAGGAUUCUCCAAUUCACAUCUUUUUAACAUUAUUGUAUGAUCUAUGACUUCAGAACAAAGUGUUUAUCCACCGCGGCAAAGAGUAUGAACGCAGAGAGGACUUCCAGAACCAUCUGAUGAGCCAGUUCCCCAGCGCCGUGGCCCUCAAGACAACCACCAUGCCGGCAGACGACAUCAGGAACUCUCCACUUCAGUGUAUCCUUCUGUUAGCACCACACACACACAAACACAUACACUGACACACAGACACACAGAUGUGAGGAUUAUUUAAGCACUGUAAAGGGUAAUUUUGUGAAUAUGCAAUAAUUUACAUCAGUAACCUUUGAGAGUGAUUGAUAUUUGGGUUUUUGAAGUAAAUGCAAAGAUAAAAAUGAAAUAUGAUAUAAAUAUAGAAAAGAUAAAAGCACCUAAUAUCUAUUAUUCCUGGAGAAGUUAUUCAGCUCAGAUAUCAGUGCAUGUAGAUCUGAGUUCAUGAAGUCAUCAAACUUUGAUUUUCUUGUCUUUUGGUAUAACUUUGUAUGUCAAAAGCCACUUACUGGUGCUCUUAGACAACUCUCAAAAUAUCAGUUUGUAGUUCAUGAGUUUGUUUGUACUUACUGCCACAGAGAUGUGAAAACUCUCUCAAUGAUCAUGUGAAGUUUUAACCUCAAUGAUCUCAACCAGACAUCCAGUGUUUCACGGUGCAGCCAGUCCUGGAGAUCCCUCCCCGCCUGAAGAACAAACCUGUUCCUGACCAGAUUAUCAAGUCAGUCAAAUAUGAUGUUUCCACUUCACUGCUGAUAACGUCACAUUUUUUCUCGUUGUGAGAGAUAUUCUUUUAUUUUGGUUUCUGUUCACAUCUCACACAGCUUCUACAAGUCCAACUAUGUGCAGCGUUUUCACUACUCCAGACCUGUGAGGAAAGGACCUGUGGACCCAAACAAUGAGUUUGCUGUGAGUGAUUUUAUGAAAGAUUUUAUGAACGAUGAACGGCUGCAGGGACCAUUAAAGUCUUAUUUUAAGAGCGUCUUUUUUACAUCCUUGUUUAUUAGUCUGACAGAUGAUUUUAUUGACCUGGAGGAUGAUGUUAUUCCACAGAGUUUUGCUGUAAUUCCAUAGAUCGAUGAAUACAGGGCUCCAUGUUGAAGAAAACACAUUUUUUGCUGUUUUUAACCUAAAUGGAACCUUUUCACUAUUAACCAUACGUGCUGACAGCUUGACUCAUUGAUUAAAACUGUCUUAUCACUACUCUUUGACCCACUUUGCAUAUGUGGCACUGUGUAUUUAUUCUCUGUAACUCAACCCCUCUCUUGUCUGUGAACUCACUUUAGCUCUCAAAGAGAACUUUGAACUAUUUUCAUCCACUUACUGCUGUUGUACAAAUCCUGCCAUCUUUCAUGAAGGAUAUAAAAUCAUGUUUUGAGUUUCCACGAGGGGCAGAGGCUAAUCUGACUGCUUUCUUGUCUUUCCUUUAUUCCUCUGGUGUUUUAGUCGAUGUGGAUUGAACGCACCACCUUCACCACUGUGUACAAGCUGCCAGGGAUCCUACGCUGGUUUGAGGCCACUGACGUCAAACAUGUAACUUGGAGCUUAAUUUUGCUUCAGUGUCACAAGUCCAGCUGAUCACAUCCUCUCCAUUUUCCUGUUACUGUCAUUCUUUCAUGGCUGCUCAUUAUAUUUCACCCAGACCACCCUGUCUCCACUGGAAAAUGCCAUCGAGACCAUGGAGUCCACAAACGAGAAGAUUCUGACCAUGAUAAACCAGUAUCAGGCCGACUGGACCCUUCCCAUCAACCCCCUCUCCAUGCUGCUCAACGGCAUUGUGGAUCCAGCCGUGAUGGGGGGCUUCGCCAAGUAUGAAAAGGUAAACUGUAAGAUUCCUCCCGUGGUUCACCCAAUUUUUUAGGUUGUCACAAUUACACCCUCAAGAUUAUUUAAAGAGUGUUGUUAUUUAAAGUUAGGUUAUGACAAUUGAAGCCAAAAACAGACAUAAAGGAAAAGAGAAUUUAAAAAUCCACAACUUUUGUUAAACUUUUCUGUUCUCUGCAGCCCUGAUUGAUGAAUCUUAAGACAUCAUAACUAAGAUUCAUCAUCACUUUUUUUCCUUCCUUUUUUUUAGCAAAGCCUUUGAAUGUGACUAAAACCAUGAUUCUUAUUAUAAAGCCCCUUAAUCUUAUCCAAACCUGUGAGAUUGCUUUAAUAUAAGUGCUGUCUCUCAUGAUGAAUAGCACCAGUUUGGUCGCUAAAAAAUCUGUAUCAUCUUUUGAGUCUCUCUGAAUUAUCGGUGUGAAAGCCACUGAGUGCAAUGAACUGAUUAAAUUCUGGUGUUUUAUAGCUUUAAGGUCAUCCUUAAACACCAUUCAGUUUAUUAAUUUCUCAUAUAGAAUCAGAUCAGUGAACUCAUUAAGUGCACAUACCAGCGGAAAACCCUGAUAUCAAUUAGCAAAUUGCCUGACCAAAGUGAAAUUAAAGCCUUGAUCCCUUAAAUGAGCGUUAUUAUUUUGUGUUUACCAGGCCUUCUUUACUGAGGAGUACACCCAGCAGCACCCAGAGGACAGAGACAAACUGCUGCGCCUCAAAGACCUCAUUGCGUGGCAGGUACUGAACGCAGUAACACACUUUAGUGAACACACCACAUAAAGCGGUGCCACUUUUAUGUGGAUGUUCUGUUGACAUUGUAAAUGUGGUUUUAUAGAUCCCAUUACUGGGCGGUGGGAUCUCUCUGCAUGGGAAGAGAGUGACGGAUGACCUGCGUCCUUUCCACGAGCGCAUGGAGGAGUGUUUCAAACAGCUGAAGAAGAAGGUGGAGAAGGAGUACGGAGUGAGAGAGUUGGUAAGGGAAAGAAAACAGUAAAUUCUCUGUUCUGUGUUCAUGGACUCUUCCUGUUUGGAGGUCUGCCAUAAUUAGCCAUUAUUGAGCUGAACUGGAUGGAUUUCAAAGUACUCACAAACAUGUCUGAGUUAGGCAUCCUCUUGGGAUCUGUACCUUUACAUUUUCACUAACUACAACACAGUGUGAUUGCAUUGGGGCUGAAAACGGUCAUUAACUUGUUAAACGACUCUGCCCUUCAGGAGAGAUUAAACUAAUGGAGAGAGGGAGUGAUUUCACUCUCCUUUUAACUUUACUUCCUUUUGAUUUUUUACACUUCUCUGAUUAUGAACUUCUGCUUUUUCAUAAUCACUGUCUGUGAACUUUACAAUCUAAGUGCUCUUGUCUAUAACUGGAUAAUCAAAAGUUCGACUCUCUUUUUCCAGCCGGAUUUGGAUGAGAGGAAAUCCACUCGUCCCCGUUCCAUGCUGCGCUCUUUUCGCCAGUCCAUCAUCUCCAUCUCCUCGCUGCAGGGAUCUGAAUGUGGGACUCCAACAAAGCUCAAUGCAGACAGGUAGCAUACACACAUGUUGUUUUGAUAGUGUAUUGACAGAUUGAUUCAACAUAUGACCUGAGCGUGUUUGGACGAGAGAAAGUCAAUUUCAAAACCGAUAAGCAAUCAUCAUACUGAAAUGAUCACAGGCUGUAUACUUUCAGGAACAGAUGCCAUUUGACAUUUCUUGCUUUAUUUCUCCCUCCUGAGUAAUGCUCAUUCGUCUGAUUUUAGUGAGUCUCAGUUCAGUGGUAGAUAGUUAAUUACACGGUGGCUUCACUCUAGCUUACUUAAGUUUGGCACUAUGGCCCCAAGAAGCAGAAUUUUACUGUGAUUAACUUUUAUGUGAACCACAAAAAACAAAAUCAUGACUCGAAUUUAUGAGGAAAGAUUUUUCAUUUCUCUGCAAAAAUCUGCAUAACGAGAAGAAGAAACAGGCAAAAGUCGAAUCUACUGGACACAUAAUUCAGUAACCUGUGUGUACUUUUCAAUUCUUCAACAAUAACCCCAAAACUUUUCGCAAAUGUAAACAAAUAGCAAACCUUUUUUAUUAACUUGACCUGUUUCUCUUAGGGAUCCCCCUCCUGAGUCCCCCAACUCCUGGUCCUCCACCCUGCCGCGCUCUAGUGGAAGUGUAAGUACAACGACUGGGGAGGAUGUGGUGACAGUGGGGGAUGCAGAAGUCAAACUGAGGAAGAGUAAGAAGAAAAAGAAGAGGAGUAGCAUGAUCUUCAUCACAGAGGAAAGAGAGAGGACGAGUACGCUGGACUGCAAACGGGUGAGAAUGAGGAGGACAGAGACAAUAUGAGGAAAGGUAGAUGUUGUUAAGAGAAGGGAGGCGGGCAGUAAAGAGACGUCUCAGAUUUUGCUGUGCUCUGUCUCCCUCUAGCUGUCCAAGAAACAGGAGUUCCGCAGUGACACCAACUUAUCUGAUCCAAAUGAGGGAAACAUGUCGCUGAGAAACGUCAACUCCAGAUCCCUGCCUGCCAUCACAGGUGACUAAUUUACGCACAUUUUUACCACUGUGAUUGAGUGGACAUGUAAAAGUUAUACCCUGAGAUUGUGUUUUUGGUCCUUUCCUGUGGAGCUGACAAUAAAAUACCACAUCAAGCAUUUUGGACUCUAGUGGGUUGUAAAAAAUCUUGGCAGGAUUUGGAAAUUUGCAGGAAUAGCCUGGCCCGACACGAACUCUGUUGUAAAGUAGCAAAGUAAUCAUACUGGUCGUAAUUUUUUGAAAAAUGUCCAGUUUAUGUCCCAUCAGUUCGGGAUCAUAACCCUGCUCUUCAAAAUCGCACAUUGGACCACAACUCACUACCAUCUCUCUGGCCAGCCGCCAUGUUGGAACAAGCCAGCUGAGCCAGCAUUGAUUGUUGUUUUAAUAGACUCCUUUGAUUAGCUCCACUGACCACAGCCUCACUGAACACACACACACACUCACGCACACAUAAAAAGGGAUGUUGACAUUUCCAAUAGUAAAUCAGUGGAACAGAUGCAGGAACACAAUUAGUCAAAACAAAUCCUGGCAGCAGGGAGUGUCAGAGGUUUUGUUGUAAUGCAGUUAUCAGUGCAAAACAAACACUAAAGUUGUUUACAUGUGUAGGUCUGUCCUUGACGGUGGUGGGGGCCACAGAGGAGGUGGACUCUGCCAGAGCGAGGAGGGACAGUAAAAGCAUGUCUGUCUCAGGGCCCUCUGACCGAACAGCAGACAGACGCUCAAAGGGCGUCAUUAAUCUGCUCUUCAAGUCUAAGGUGAGACACACAGGUUCUGCUCUUGUCGUGGAUUUGUCAUACUUCAAUUCAGAAUGCGAGAUGACGCUCUUGUGUGUGUAAGCUUAGCAUGAUGUUAUAACUAGCCCAGCACAGUAGGGCUGUCAAAAGAUUAAUCUUUUGUGAUUAAUCGUGAGUUAACUGGACUACCAUGUGUUCAACUGCGAUUAAAAAGAUUAGUCUUUUGACAGCCCUACAUAAUAGUGAUCCUUUCCUCCCUCAUUUCCAAGGACAACCAAGCAAAUUUUUCAUUUAUUUCAAAACACACUGAUUAAACUGAAAAAACAGGAGGAAAUAAAUGAGUUAAAUAGAUACCAUGAAUAGGACUGCUGUUGGUUUAACACAGUAGUGAUUUUUACAUCAACAUAAAGUUUAUGAUAAAUUUCAAAUAUCCUGUAGGUUAUUUCUGCACCUGAGAGCAAACUUUCUGUUUACAUUUAGCGUGUUUGUGUUUUGACAGAGCUCCAAAUCAGAGGAUGUGAAGCCCAGUGAUUCAUCCAAGGACAGUGGAAAUCACUUCUGAAAUCCUUCAGUUUAAUUUCAUUUUACCUUCACAUAUUUUUAUACAUUUGUAUUACAAAGUAGUCUGAUUAGGCCUGCAAGGAAAAACAAAUUACGCAUCCUCUGCCGGUCUCAGUUUGCCUGUCAGUCUGAGUGUUGCUCUUGCCUACUAUAAUUGAUUUUACCUGUUAAUAAAGGCUAUUUUGGAGCCCUGACCUUUUUGCAGGUAAUUCAAAUGAUUUGCAGGAAAGCCAAAUGUCAUCUUACGGCUUUUCAAUCAAUUGUGCUUCUACAAGAAUAAGCAAACACAAACCAUCCUGCCGACGUGCUUGAUUAAAAAGCUUCUUAUUAUACA